GCCUUGGUACUCUUGUUAGUCAUCAUAAAUAUAUCAUGCUACCCUUUUAAACUCCCUCCCCCCCACCCGAAUCCCCAUCCUCCCCUCCACUUUCGCCCCCUAUCUGUUUCCUUUCAUGGAUGUGUGGAAUUAUCCCUGUUUUCCAGUGCUAAAAGUUAUUUAGCUGCUGUAUUUAUAUGUAAAAUUAUCAUUAAUAUUUUUUUUUGUCAUUUUUAGCAAGUACAAGUUUAGCAGAACCACUUCUGGCUUAAAAACGUAUUUUAUUUCAGUUAUUUGAUAAAUUACCUAGAUUACAUUUUUCCAGAAUUUAUUUAUGGGUGUGCACUGCCACCAACUGUGGAUUAAAUUGCCUUCAUUAAUAUUACAUUUCCAGCAUCUGUCUGAUGACUCUGGGAAUACUUUCUUUAAAUGUUUCAGUGUAAGGUACCAUCUGUUUGAGAGUUUAAAUUGGGUUUCUGUAAGUGUGCAUAUUUAUUUAGUUUAUUUAGAGAGCUUAUCCACUCUUCUUCUUCUUCUAUAUGUACUUGUAGUUCUUUUUCCCCAUGUAUUUAUCAGUUCUAUCGGUUUAUUGUGUCUCCAUCUGUAUAUAACUUUAGCACAUUUUGCUGUUAGAUUUCCAUAGUUCCUUAAUUCAAGUAGAUGUUUGAGGAUUGUAAUUUUUCCCCCCUCAUUUUGAAGGAGAUAUUCUGCUAAAAAGCCCUUAAUUUGUGAUGGUUAAAAGUGUUUGAGGGGGAAUGUUGAAUUCCUCCAUAAUUUGAUUGAAGGUUUUAAUGUUAUGUUCCACCAGUAUAUUUUUAAAUUCCCUUAUCCCCCAGUCUUCCAAGUGUCUAUUUUUAUGUUGUCUAACAUAUCUGAAAUACUAGAAAAAGGGAGCACAUCUAUUAUUCUAUUUCUGAGUCCUAUGUUGUUUGUGAAUUUGUCCCACCAACCCGUUAACUCUUCGAGUAUUUGGGAUUUAGUUUGUGGCUCUUUGAUGAAUUUAUUUUAUUCAUGUCUAGGUACCAUGUUUCUUGGAUUGCAGCAAUAUUUUGUGAAAGCAAUAUAUGAAAAAGUCUGCUAGCCUGGUAACAUUGUAAAAUUUAUAAAAGUAACUUUGUAAAAUUAAUAAAAAGAUUAAAGGGUUCUGUACAAACUCUGGUGAACUGAAAUUGAACCUUUAUGCAGAUGUGAAAGUGACCUUAGAAGAACCUGAAAACUCCUUAGAAGAAACAGUUAAGGUUACAGAAUAAUUUUCUGAGGUGUCUGGCUAUAUGCAUAAUUUUAAUAAAACAACAGCUUUAAUAAAUAAUGUUUUGAUACAAACUAAAGAACUCUUGAAAACUAAAUACAAUUUUGUUUAGGCAUCAAGCAUAAAAAUACUUGGGUAUAACGAUAUGCUCUGACCCAAACAAAAAAUUGUCUUACCUCUUCUUAAACAUCUAAACAGUUGAAAGAUUGGGGAAAGAUGGAAUUCUCAUUCUGGGGAAGAAUAAAUAUUUUAAGAUCAUACGUCCUCCUCCGUAUGGUACCCCUUUUAGUCCCUAGCAGCUGGCUUUCUAUGAUUCAGGCGGCAUUUAGGAAUUUUGUUUGGCAUAGUAAAAAAAACUAGGUUAAAACUAGACUGUCUUACUUUCUUUACUUUUUUAGACAUUAGUGUUUCUGGCUUGUUACCCUUUGGAUACCACUUGGAUGGUAGUGCUUCUAGCUGUUUGGUUGCUUUAUUCAUUAGCUAAAUAUUUAUCUGUUUUUCUGUUUCUGCAAUCUUCCUUUCUAUUUGUGUGGAAGGUGUUGUUUUAUUCUGCCUCUUCUAUUCGCUUAAUGUUAUAUAUAGUUUAAAGAAAGGCGGUAAUUCUUUUUUAUUUGCAGUGGCUGCCAUUUUUUUCAAGUGGCCUCUAGCUAUGCUUUUAUAAGCUCACCAGACCGUGAUAUCCAGAGUACCUUUGUUUUUAUUUUCUAAAAAGAAAAUAUUUGUUAUAUUCUUAAUUCUUCAACAUUGUUUUUUUAUGUAAUAUAAAAUCUUUUAUACGCCACUCUUUAUGCAAUGUAUCAAAAUUAUCUUUGUAUUCCAACAUGAUUGGACUAUGGUCUGACCAUGCUAUAUCCUGUACCUCUAUUCUUUUAACUAGAUAAAGCAUGGUCACAUUACCCAGGAUAAGGUCAAUUCAGGAGUAUGAAUUGAAUGUUCUAGAAAAGGAUUUGUAAUCUUGGUCGGAGGGAUGAAAUGUUCCCCAUAUAUCUCUUAGAUUAUAAUUAUUUAGUACAUUUUGCAAUCUGUUUUCAGUUAUUUUCCUGCUUUUUCUGUCAUUCUGGCUCUGUCUUUUAACCCCUUAAGGACUGGACUGUUUUUGCGAUGUUGUACAUUUGCGACCAGGCCUCUCUUUACACUUUAGUGGUGUUUGUGUUUAGCUGUAAUUUUCCGCUCUCUCAUGUACUGUUCCCAUACAAAUUAUAUAUUGUUUUUUUCAGGACAAAAGGGACUUUCUUUACAUACCAUUAUUUAUAUAAUCUCAUGUAAUUUAAUUUAAAAAAAAAAAGAUGACAAAUUUAAAAAAAUACAGGUUUGUUUACUUUUACUUGAAAAAUCUUUUACUCAUCUACAAAAGCGAAUGAAAAAAAACUGCUAAAUAGAUUCAAAAUGUUGUCCUGAGUUUAAAAAUAUCCAAUGUUUACAUGCUUUUUUGCUUCUUUUUGCAAGUUAUAGGGCUAUAGGUACAAGUAGGAUAUUGCGGUUUCAAAACAUACAUUUUUAAAAUGUAUCAAUAGUGACAUUGUAACACUAUUAUCUGUCAUAAAUCUCUGAAUAACACCCCACAUGUACAUAUUUUUUUAAAGUAGACAACCAAGGGUAUUCAAUAUGGGGUAUGUCCAGUCUUUUUUAGUAGCCACUUAGUCGAAAACACUGGCCAAAGUAAGCAUUCAUAUUUGUUUGUGUGUGAAAAAAGUAAAAAAACUAAAUUGAACGCUAAUUUUGGCCAGUGUUUGUGACCAAGUGGUUACUAAAAAAGACUGGACAUACCCCAUUUGCAAUACCUUGGGUUGUCUUCUUUUGCAAAUGGUAUGCCAUCAUGGGGUAAUUCUCAUUCCUGGGCUACCAUACGCUCUCAAAGGCAACGUAACCAACCUGGCCUUUUUCAAUGUAAAAAUAUUUGACCCUGUAACUUUCAAAAACGCUAUAAAACCUGUACAUGGGGGUACUGUUAUACUCGGGAGACUUUGCUGAACUCAAAUAUCAAAACAGGAAAAUGUAUCACAACAAUUAUAUCAUCAGUAAAAGUGCUGUAUGUGUGUGAGAAAUGCAAAAAAAGUCACUUUCACUGACAAUAUCAUCAAUGUGAUAUGUUUUACUGUUUUGAAUCACUAAUAUUUUUGUUUAGCGAAGACUUCCGAGUAAAACAGUACCCCCCACUGGGUGUCAUAGAAAGUUACAGGGUAAAAUAUAGUGCUAGAAAAUUAAAUUCUCUGGACCUGGGUUGGCAGGCAGGUCCCUCAAAUUACAAUCAAUAAAAUUACUUAAUUAUGUAAAAAUAUUACAUAAAUACGCACGUAGAACUUAAAUACAUAUGCAUAUUUAUAUAUUUGAGGUCUACGUGUAUAUUUAUAUAAUUAUUUAUGUAAAAUAAAAAAUAAAAAUAUAUGGAUAUAUGUAUAUUUCGUAUUAUUUUUAUUUAUAUAUACAUAGAUAUAUAUACAAUUUAUUUCUAAGUGUAUUUUGAUAUAUAUAUAUAUAUAUAUAUAUAUAUAUAUAUAUUACUAUCAAAAUACAGUUAGAAUAAAAUUUCAUAUAGAUAUAUUUUUUAUUUUUAUUAUUUUUACAUUUAAUGUAUUUAAUUUAAAUUACUUAUUAUUUGUAUUUUAUAAUAAUAUUUAUAUACAAUAUAUGUAGUUAUUAUAUAUAUUAUAUAUAUAUACACACACGUGUGUAAUUUAAUUAUAAGUGUAUUUUUAUAUUAAUAUAUGUACAUAUUAAUAUAAAAAUACACUUAGUAUGACAUUAUAUAUAUGAUAUAUAGACAUUAUAUAUAUAUAUAUAUAUACACACACACACACACAUAUACAUACACACACACAUAUAUAUAAUUUAUAUUUUUAUUAACAUUAACGUUGGAUCAACAGCAAAACACAAAUGUGAUGUAGGCUGAACUUGAUGGACGCAAGUCUCUUUUUAGCUAUGUAACUUUGUAACUAUGUAACUAUGUAACGUUAUUGUUUUUUAUUUUUUUUAUUUUACAGUUGCAGGGAGACUGCCUGUCAGCACAGGCAGUUCCCCUGCAGGCAUACACAUGGACACCUAUUGUGACCAUGUGAUCGCUCUGUAUAGCGAUCACAUGGCCCCAGGGGUCCUAAUCCGCCAUGGGGAGACUGUUUGGGCUGCAGGCAGUCUCCCCACAACGGGAGCACCGCCGAUCGUCGCCGGGGGAACGACGGCGAUCGGGUAAGUACAUUGAACCGUUAGGACGGUUCAGGACCGUCACCGGUCUGCAAAGCAAAAAUGUCAAUGACUGUCCUGAACCAUCCUCGGUCCUGAAGGGGUUAAAAGGUCCACUAUGCAAUUAAAGUCCCCCAUAAUUAGAACCAACCCUUGUUUAAUCUGCUCUAUUUUCUUAAACACUUUUGUGAUACAUUUUAUUGUAGAUUUAUUUGGUGCGUAACUAAUGUGAAUGGCGUAUUAUUUAUUUCACAUAUUAGAAUAAUGUUGAUUUUUUUUUUAAUUUAUCAUUCUUUAUUUUUGUCACUCAGCAUGGUGUUCAAACAUAUAGUUUAUGGGCCAUUGCCUACGAGGUUUGCAUACAUUUUUACAUACUUAUUUAUUUGCAUUUGUACAUCAACAUGCAGGGUGAUUUUUUUGUGUGUUGUAAGCGUGAGUCAGCAGGUCUAAGACAGUAAAUUUAGCCCCUCGGGCACGUUAGUAGAUACCUCCGAUGACAGUUGUGUCUCUAGUUAGUUCAACGCUAUUGUGGAGAGUAGGGGGGGGGUAGAUCGGAGCCAUUGCUGGUAUGACCAUUACUCGUAUGUGAUUGCGUUAUGUGCGGGUGUAUUGCGCUUUGUUACAGCUGUGUAGGGAGUGGUGUCUCUGGUUGCACUGGUGCAUGGUACACCUUCAUGGGUCUAGUGUGGCAAAUGUAUGAGUGCGGUGUUGGUGCAUAGACCCAUGUGACGCAGACAUGCAGGGCUCUAUGUGUGGGAAAGAACUCAGGGAACUUGGAGGGCAACUUAAAACAAAAAAAAGAAAGCAUGAAAGUCCACAUAAAAUAAACAGAACAAAACUUUCAAGGUGGAGGGCAGUCCAUCAGGAACCCUGGCUGAGAGCACUGUUGGGUAAGUGGGGGCCUGCAGUUCUCUCCUCCUCCGGGAGCAGUCUCUCAAGUUGGCUCUCUGUCUGGUGUAGCGUGCUGUGGCUUCCAGGGGGUGAAUUCAGCGAUGGUGGCUGGGUUCAGCCGGGACAGUCCUGAAGCGGUUACUGGUUGGGGUUCUGACAGUCCCAUGGUGCGCAAGUGUAUCUCCAGCUCUUGGUGGCUUUGUGCUCGAUAUGUUUUCCCUUCGUGAGUGAUUAGGAGGAUACGUGGAGUGCCCCAUCGGUAGAGGAUGUUCCUGGAGCGGAGUUGUAGGAGUUGAGGUUGGAGGGAUCUCCGCCAAGUGAUGGUACCUUUUGUCAGGUCAGGGAAUACUUGAAUCAUUGCCCCUUCAAAGUGUAGCGGGGUUUUCCCAUGCAGGGCAUUGAGUAGCUGAACCCUGGCUUGGAGGCUCUGAAAGCGGAGGAUAAGAUCUGCAGGGGCCGACACUGGGGCAGUUGUAGGUUUCUGCAAUCUAAACAUCCCGUCAAUAUGCAGCAGUUUCACCUGUUUUGGAGGCAGUAGAGCUGUAAACAAGUGUCUGAUGAAGUGGGGUAUGUCUGCAGUGCCCACUGUGUCAGGAAUGCCCCUGAUUUUUAGAUUGUACCUCCGUCUCUGUUCCUCUAGUGGGUCCAUCCGCUCUCUGAUGUUGAGUUGCUGCUGUUGUAUGUUGGCCAUCUGUUGCUCUAUUACUGUCAGCCUAGCGUCUUGUGUGUUGGCCGAGGCGUGUGAUUUUUACAGUAGCCCCUUUGAUGGUGCCCUUAUAGUACGCCAUGUCUGCCGCUAUGUCCCCGCGCAGCUCAGCCAGCAUACUCCUGAGCUGCUCGGCGGUGACCGGGUCUCCCGUCCCCGGUGAUUUGCGGACAGGUUCUGCCGGUCGGCUACAUGUCGCCCCCUUGCCUAGGUCUGCAGGUGCGUCCUCCGAGGAGCAUGAGGAGCGCCAUCUUUGCCCAUGCGGCCUGUUGGGAGUGUCUCAGCAGCUCACCAAUGUCUUUCGUGUUGGGGCCUUUAUCGGCUCUGGGUUUUUUUGUUUUGCGACCCAUUUUCUGCUCCAGAGUGAGGUGCGGGUUAUGGUGCUGUUCUCUCCCCUUUAUUCCACCUGAUUGGCCGUGCUUUUCUCGAUUUUUAGCCGAUUUGGGCACAGAGCUCAGGGCUUUGUGUCCGCUCUGUUUAACAGUUGGCUCCGCCCCCCCAAUGUUGAUUUUUUUUUAUGAUUAGGGAGACAUUUUUUGCAAACAAAUGCUACGCCUCUUUUUUUUUUGUUUUCUAGAGCCGCACUUGUAAUAGUGGGGUAUCUUGAUGAGUUAAUUAUAUUUUUAUUAGAUCUUAUCCUGUGUGUUUCUUACAGGGCACAAAUUUGACCCGAUUUUUUAUCACGAAGUCCACAAUUCUAGACCUCUGUUCUCGAGGCUGUCUCUCUCCAAAAUUUCCCAAAGUUUAAUAAAAAAAAAAAAAUGUUUUUAAGUCUUUAUUUGUGAGUACAUAAAAAUAAGACAGGUUGAUCCCAAGCAAUGGCAUUAACCUAAGACAAACAUGAUGUAUGGCAAAAAAAAAAAAAAAAAAGCCAUACAGUAUUUCGAGUAAUACAAAACAUUUCUGAGAUAUAGGUCCCACGUGUCAUGUGGGAAAAGCAUUCUUUCCUCUCUGUGUGGGUGUAUACCUUUCAAUGAAUUUGUAACUUCCUUUUAUUCUAAUUUGAAUUUUAGUGUGCAUUGUGUUAUUGUCACGGCCCCCUGCGCGCCGCAAGGUGCUAUCGCGCCCGACUGGCACGAACGCGCCGACAGACUGAGCUUACCUGCUCAGCGGCGAGUCAGGAGCUGCUCCACCUGGCAACCUGCCCGAUUCAAAGAUGGUGCCAGUCAUGUGGUCGCGACCAUCGAUAACUCCGCCCCCAGGGUUACACGAACGUGCGUGUGAUGUCACAACGCCAACGCACACGCAUGUUCUAGGGUCAGAGGGUGACCUCUGACCAAUUACAGUCUAAGGAGGCGUUUUUAAAUCCCUGAAGCUUUCCAGUUCUUUGCUCUGUCGUGGUUUCCUGUCCUGGUUCCCAAGAGUGCGUUUUCUAUUCCUGUUAUUGCUAUUUCCGGUAUUUUGACCUUGGCUAUUCCUGACUACUCUGAUUUCUGGCUUCACUGACUUGGCUUGUUUUACGGUACAGUGUAUUCCUGGCUUCCUUGACCUCGGCUAUCCCUUGACACUUCUCUGUCUCUAACGUAUUAGUCUGGCCAUUCUAAGGACCGGUUUACGUUCUAUCCUUUCCGUUCUGUCUAUGUAGAUGUUACAUAUUUUCCUUCACUUUGUGCAUAACUUAUCUUGCUAAGUGUCUACUUAAUCAAUUUCUAAUCUAAUUUACAUUUCUCUAUUAUUUCUCUCUCUUUUCGUUUUUCAUUUACUUGUUGUGUAUAUUUCCCUGACUAUCCCCUUUAUCCCUUUGUGCUAUUAGUCGUUAAAGAGCAAAAAAAGCAACAACAAAAAAUAUAUAGCUGUAUUCAUGCAUUAUUUCCCUCUGAAUUCCAAAUAUGGUUCUUUUUCUCUUCCUAUUUUAAGAGGUUGAGUGCCGCUAAUGCCCUUUUCUUUCAUAAAUUUGGGGCCUCGCUGUUAGUUGGCUAGUGGUUGGAGCUGCUUCCAAUUUUGUUCUUAGUUAACCCUCCUUUUAGAUCUUCUGCACUAUUAAUGGGAGUAAUCUUCCCUUCGUGUGAUAUAAUAAUUUUCGUUUGGGAACCCCCAUACGUAAUUAAUAUUGUUCUGUCUUAGAAUUAGUGUACCAUCAGAAAAUGUCUUCCUCUUUUGUCUGGUUUGCCAUGUUUCGUAUUCCUCUGCGCAAUUAUUAAUUCUUAUAGCUCUUAAAAUUUGUGUCUUUUAGAAGAGACGCAGCUUAUCAGUACAUCUCUUGGGAGAUAUUCUGGGACACCUGUAGGUUUAUUCACUCUGUGGCAUCUUCCCAUCAUAGGGAUGCUGGGGUCCCAUUCCACUUUCAGAUGUUUAAAAAAUUCUUCUAUAUAUGGCUCCAGAUUUUUAGAAUUUAUUUGUUCUGAUACUCGGAUUCGUAAAUUGUUCCAUCUUGACCGGUCCUCUAGGUCUAUCAAUUUGUACUCCAUGUCAGCCAUCUUUUUUUAACAGCACCUUAUGUUCUAUCUUGUGGAGUUUUUCCUUGUGUUCCAGCCCAUCUAGUUUUUCUUCUAUUCCUUGGAAUUGUUGAUUAAGAGUCAGUAGUUCCUUCUUUUUUAAAAUUUUAUUUUUAUUUUUGCAGUGCUUUAAGAUAAAACAAACAAGCAUGUGGUACCCCAACGGCAAUCCUCAUGCUUUUCGAGAAACCGUUAUAACCGUUGUAACAUUAGGGUCCGAGUUAGUACUUGCACAUUUUUGUAUUAUAGGUUAAGCGAAGGUUUGGUAAACUGAAUAGACAACUUGGUGAGGUUUAAGCAGGCUUAUACGAUUCGAAAGCAUGUUAAAGGUUAAACAGGCUUAAUCUUACAACAGGUUAGGCACGUCAUAUUAAACAGCUUGAUAAUGCAUGGUUAUGCGCGGUUUCUACAGCACAUUUGAAGUGACAAGGUGGACUAUGUGGAUCAGUAGUUCCUUCUUAAUGUCCAGAGUAUUAGCUUGGAUUUCUUCUCUCAAUUUUCCAAAUUGUGUAUCUAAAGGUGUAAGUAGGUGGUCAUAUUCUUUUCUUCCUUCUCUUGCCUCUUGGUUUUCCUCCUUUUGUCCUUUAUUAAUGACUCCUUCUGAUGGGAUAUUUGAGAGAAUAGAUUCCUCCAGGUUUGAUUUAUUACCUGAUGGGUUCGGUGAGAAGAAAGGAAGAUGUUUUUCUGUUUUAUUUUCAGGCUUUUUUCCCUUUUUUUAGGUGUUUGUCGUUUUGUGUUUUUUUUCGUAGCCAUUUUUUUAAAAUGUAUUCAUUCUCUUUAGGCUAGUGCUUUUUAGGCUAGAGCUUUUUUUUGUUUUAGUGUAGUAUCUUUUUAUAUUUUAUGUUUUCUUCUCCGAAGGCCUCUCUCCUCCUCAUCUUUGUCCCAGCCUUCUCCUCUGCAACUAAGUUUUAUCUUUUUAUUCUAUUGUACGUUACCUUAUUCCUAUCUUUGUGCGAUAUUGGAAUAACCAAACUAACCACGCUAAAAAUCAGGAAUAGGGGAGUAAUAAGGUGGUAUGAUGCGACAACAAAAAAGAAAAUCAGAAAAAAGCCAAAUGGAAAAAAAAGGUUAAGGGAAAGCAAAGACCCUUAGGGCACCUUAACUCAAUUUAGAACUGACCAUAUAACUGACUGUUUAUACUAGCCUCUACAGAAUGUAAACAAAUAGGUGUAAUUUAUUAGAUACUCAGCUUCUGGAGGUGCACUCCGGUUCAGCUUCGCACUGCAUGUUUUUGUCCGGUGAAGUGUCAGGGUAAUAUCCUGCCCAGCAUAGGAAGUAGCUCCCUGCAUCUCCCUGCUUCUCAGUGCGACAUCGGGUCCUCUCUGUCCAUUGUACACAGCUCUAAGAGUUUCCCUGAGUGGCACGCCACGUAGAUCGGGUCGUCUCCCCUUUUCUUAGGGUCGGCUCCCUUAGCCGUGUACCACGAGGACGCAGCAAUACGUGCUGCGUCAUAGCGCUCCUCCCCCCAUCUCUGGCCAAAUUAAUUGCCAAGUAUAUUGGAUUCUUGAGAAAGUGCAAUAAUUACCUCUGAGGGUUAACUCCACAUCUAGUAUCUACCAGAAGGACUUCCUGAAUUGAAACAGACCAUUGAUCCGGUAUCUGGCACUGGACAUCUUCAUGUUCUGCAUGAGGACUUCCAGCAUCAGAUUUUUCACCAUAGGAAAGCCUUGAAUAUGGGGAAAUCCUAAUGUGAGUGCGGCCAUUGCCGCGCAUACACAUUAGGUCUUUCCCACCAGCUGACGCUGGGCAGUGCUGGAUUCAAGUAAGUUGGGAGGGGUGCAAAGGAGGGGGCACCUGUAGGAUUCUAUAGUGCCAGGAAAACGGCUUUGUUUUCCUGGCACUAUAGAAUCCUUUUAAAUAAAUCUCCAACGCGGCUUAGUAAGAAAUACUGACUUACGUCUAUAUCUAUCAGUGUUAUUCAAUAAAACGAGAAUUCAAGAUGAAAUCAAAGUAAAUUUAAAAUUUCAGUUCAAAAUAUACGAACUGUAAAAUAUCCUUAAGUCAGCCAUGCUUUCCAUUGAGUUACCCUGGCCUUAAAUUUGAAGUAAAUUUUUAAUUCUCACUUUAGUAAAUAUCCCUGUAUAAUUUGAAGUCAACUUUCAACUUACUUCUAACAACAGUUAAGACCAAUACACUACGAGUGAGAGAAAGAUAUGUGGUUUUAAAUAUAAUAUACAUCACACGCACAAAUUGGAAAAUACUUGGGGGAAAAAAGAGGUUUUUUUCACAGAUUUUUAGACUUUAUUUGCAUUUAAAAGACAUAUUUAAAGUGAUGUGUUUAUGAAGAGGCGUGUUAUGGUUUUCCUUUCUCUUGCUUCAGUCAUUUCAUGUUUUUUUGUUAUUUUUCUUUUCAGGAAAACCAUAUCAAAGAGAUAGAGUUUGCCAAGAAUAUAAAAUGAUGGGAAAAGACCAAUUUGAAGCCUCGUAAGUUCACUAUGAUGAAAUGCAGAUGACAAAUGAUACUAAACAAAACAUAAUACAGUAACUAAUCCAUGCAUGGCUAUAUGAUAACUCAGUAUUUAAAAAUUCAUGAUGCUUUGGCUCUGUAAAAUUGUCUUUACCACUCAAUAUGCCUGUCUUAGAAUUUAAAUGCCAUUUUUGAGUAUUACACUUUCCACUAAAUAAUAUAACAAUAUUUUACUAAUAGGUUAGGGUGAAAAAUUAUACAUAAGGGGAUUAUUUACAAUAAAAUGAAAAUGGUCAUUUCAAAUAAUAAUUGAUGUUUACAUAAUAUCAUAUAUUAAUAUAUUAUUUACAUUAAAGGAACACUAUAUAGUCACCUAAAUUACUUUAGCUAAAUGAAGCAGUUUUAGUGUAUAGUUCAUUCCACUGCAAUUUCACUGCUUAAUUCACUGUCAUUUAGGAGUUAAAUCACUUUGUUUCUGUUUAUGCAGUCCUAGCCACACCUCCCCUAGCUAUGACUGACAGAGCCUGCAUGAAAAAAAAAACUGGUUUCACUUUCAAACAGAUGUAAUUUACCUUAAAUAAUUGUAUCUCAAUCUUUAAAUUGAACUUUAAUCACAUACAGGAGGCUCUUGCAGGGUCUAGCAAGCUAUUAACAUAGCAGGGGAUAAGAAAAUCUUAAUUAAACAGAACUUGCAAUAAAGAAAGCCUAAAUAGGGCUCUCUUUACAGGAAGUGUUUAUGGAAGGCUGUGCAAGUCACAUGCAGGGAGGUGUGACUAGGGUUCAUAAACAAAGGGAUUUAACUCCUAAAUGGCAGAGGAUUGAGCAGUGAGGCUGCAGGGGCAUGUUCUAUACACCAAAACUACUUCAUUAAGCUAAAGUUGUUCAGGUGACUAUAGUGUCCCUUUAAUAAUAAACAUGUUUUAGAAAUCUACAGACUAGAAUUUGCAAUAAAUAUUUGCUUAAUAUAAUCACAAAUGAAUGUUUAUUAUAUAGGGGUCUAUUUAUUGUAACUAUUAUUGUACACACAAGUUGACCUUAAAAAGGACACUUCACUUCCCAAAUACAAAAAAAUAAAAUAAAUAAUAAUAAUAAUAAUCACUGAUUAGUAGAUAUACCCUAAACAUGCAUGCAUUUAAUUACACAUUUUUGUUUAUUGGGGGUCUAUUUAACCCCUUAAGGACCAAACUUCAGGAAUAAAAGGGAAUCAUGACAUGUCACACAUGUCAUGUGUCCUUAAGGGGUUAAAAACAGCUUGUUAAAUUUUCAGGUUUCUUCCCCAGCCCAGACUUGCUAGUACAGACUUCCCAAUGCAGCUCCAUGAGAAGUCUUUCCAAGACCAGUAUUCUGGGCAUCUGUCUACCUCUUGAGCUUAGCUCCACUGAGCUUAUUAACCAGGAAGUAACAAAACUGGUUGUCUGACAUCCAGGGAGGUGCAACAAUGUUAAUUUAUAAACGUGCCAAUUUCUAUUAAAAUCUGCACAUUGUGUAAGAUAAAAAAGGACACAGUAUUCAAACAUAAAGCACUUCAGCAAACUGUGCUUUAGGGGUCUGGAGUGUCCCUUUAAAUUAAACACCAUUUAGUUUAAUCUAUAUAAUGUGCUAGCAGAAAUGCUAGCAAAUGUAUAGAAGUAUACAUUUGUAAUGUAAUGCUAUUUUAAAGUUAGUUUUGGUCCCUAGCCCAUAAGUCAAUCAAUCCUUGUUAGGCAUGUAUGCCAACGGUUUACAGGUCUAAGGAGAGACCUAAAAUACAGGAAGAGCAAAACAGCCCUCUCUCAGGCAGUUUUUUUGCUCCUUGUCAGUGUGCUCAACCCCCAACAAGGAUUUUGCAUGCUUGUUGGAGGAAUAAAGGACCCAUUGAUGCCAUCAUGCUGGAAAGGAGUCAAUAUAUUUGCAUCAUUAUAGAGGAUUUUAUCACCAAACUGGGCCAAUCACAACAGAUGGAGUGGCAGUGCAAGGGGAGUGUUACAACAGUGUAUCAUACACAGACUUCCAAUAAUAGUGGCAAUGGAUAGAGGGGCAGCGGGUGGUAAAUAGAAUUUAUCACAAUGAGAAAUUACAUAUUUACUUGGGAGCUGUUAUAUAUUUAAAGGGACUCUCCAGUGCCAGGAAAACAAGCUGUUUUCCUGGCACUGCAGGUCCCCUCUCCCUCCCACCUCCCAUCCCCGGUUGCUGAAGGGGUGAAAACCCCUUCAGUCACUUACCAAAGGCAGCGAUGAUGUCCCUCGUCGCUGCUUCUUCCUCCGCUGCCGCUCCUCCCCUUCAUUAUGUCAGCCGGCGGGGGAGACUGAUCACGCCCACCGGCUGGGGAGACCUAAUGCGCAUGCGCAGCAAUGCCGCUCACGCACAUUAGACCUCUCCAUAGGAAAGCAUUGAAAAUGCUUUUCAAUGCUUUCCUAUGGGGAUUUUAGUGACGCUGGAGGUCCUCACACAGCAUGAGGCCGUCCAGCGACGCUAUAGCACAGAAAACCUGUGCUAUGGACCAGGAAGUGCCCUCUAGUGACUGUCUAGUAGACAGCCACUAAGGGAGGACUUAACCCUGCAAGGUAAUUAUUGCAGUUUAAACUGCAAUAAUUACAGUUGCAGGGUUAAGGGUAGUGGGAUUUGGCACCUAGACCACUCCAAUGCGCAAAAGUGGUCUGGGUGCCUGGAGUGUCCCUUUAAAGGGGAACUAUAGCUUUUCCGUCUGUCAAGGCCCCCUCCCGUGGUGCAGAAGGGGGUUAGUAAGCUCCACCCACGCUCCUCCCCUGCUGACGUCCGCCGGCAGGGGAGACCUAAUGUCGCGGCAAUGGCAUGGCUGACAUUAGGAUCUCCCCAUAGGAGAGCAUUAAAUAAUGCUUUCCUAUGGGGAUUCUGGCGAUGAUGGGAGUCCUCAUGCAUAGUGUGAGGACAUCCAGCGUCGUUUAAACAACCAAAAGUCAUAUAAACAUCCGGAAGUCUCUCUAGUGGCUGUUUGGUAGACAGCCACUAGAGGGGGAGAUAAUUAUUGCAGUUUAUAAAAACUGCAAUAAACAAAUACUCAGGGUUAAGGGUGAUGGGAGUUUGCAUUCAGACCACUUCAAUUAGCUGAAGUGGUCUGGGUGCCUACAGUGUCCCUUUAACCCUGACAGGUUUACUUUAAACUACUCGCUAUAGUAAUUUGAAAUACCCUUUUCAAAAUAUAGGUAAGAAAAGGCAAUUUAAAAAAAAAAAUUCCAUAUAAGAUUAUUUGUAAUAUGUCAUAUUAUCCAUUUUUUCCAUGUUGUUUUUAACUAAUUCGCAGUUACAACAUUUUAUAGUUAAAAAAAAAAAAAAAAAAAAAUCUGGUUAAGAGAGUUGUUUUUUCACUCAUUUUGUUAAAGGAGCACAAAUAUUUUGGUUUCAUUAUAUCAGAUGAAGUUAUUAUGUUCAUCUAAAAUUCCUAAUAAUUUAAAUUAAAACCCUAACUAACAAAACACUUUUCUAAUAGUUAGAAGACUGGUACAUGUUUCAUGUUUUUUAAAUUAUAUAUAUUGUUUUUUUAUAUGAAUCUAUUUUCUUUUUAUUAUACAUUACUUAGUAGAAUUAGGGGAAGUAAUUAUUUUUAAUAGAGAUUAGCAAUCCAAUUUGUGCAGUUUGUUUGGUAUGUAGUGUGGUAUUUUUAUUUUUUUCAAAAGCACUUCAAAUAUGUUUUUGCGGAGUAUGUUAUGCACGUCUACUUAGUAAGAGCAAAUAAAAAGAAAUCACAGAUGCUGCAGACCCUUUCAAUAGACUUAAUGCCCAAAAGAAUAAAAGAGAAAAAGAAAGAUAGAAAUCACAUAAAUACAAAGUUGCAUUCAAUCCGACAUCAGUCUUUUUUUGUGGUAUUUCUCUUUUGUGUUUUCUGCUUAAGAGUAACAUUUCCCACCAGGGACUCAAAGACCUCUAACUCUUUACUAUGACAGCAUCCAAUGUUCUAGAAAACGUCUGUAUAUAGAGAAUAAAGUUUAUGUCUAAAAUAAUCCUCAAUUUACUAUGACUCAAGAUAAUGGUAGUGAAAUAAUUAUUAUCUAUACUUGUCUGUUUAUUUCCAUGAAAAAGAUGUAUUAUUUUAAAAACGCCUAUUAGAACAUCAGAAAACCAAUGUAAAAAUGUGCUUUGUUCUUUCUUCUUUUGGAUUCUGCUAAUUCUUCCAACAAAAAUGCAAUUUAAAAAAAAAUAAAAAAAGUUUAAAGUGUUAGUUCAAACAACCGGACCAUUUCUCUAUAAAACAAUGCAGAUACACAAGUAUAGCCCUUUGCUGUAACUCCACCUAUGGCAGCUUCAUUAGUGCAUUAUUAGACAAUUUGGACCCACAUUUCCUGGCUGGUUCCAUGCAUAUUGGUUGUCUGACAUCAGGCACACAGCAUGCUGAUGUCUGAUGACCAAUGGCAACAUGGCCGUCCUCUCCAUGCUGGCCAAGUCACGACCAGCCUCCUGACAUCUCUGUCCCUCCAGCAAGGGAAAGUGACAUCGCUGGACGUGGAUCAGGCUGUCGCAAGAAAGCAGCUAUGUUUCCACUUUAUUCUUUUUUAAGGAUGGGACGUCAAUAAGAGUUAGUUAAUACACUUGUACUCAUCUCUUUAGGAAACUUAACAGCAAAAUAGACAGUGCACGAGGGCACAUAGACCCUUUCUAUAGUACAAAACAAAACACGGGUAACUUUUUUUACCUAAUAAAGUACAUCUUACAUAUAGCUACUUUUUAACUUUUUACAUUUCUUGUUGUUAGAUAUACAAAAAGCAUAGUAAAAAUAGUGGAUAUGUUAAUGCAGUACCUACAAGUUAUAAUGAGCCUUUAAACACAAUGCUUCCAGGGAGCACAGGAGUCAGCUGCUCAUUUCACGCAUCUUCAAAACAGUAGAACAAGAACAAACAGACCAUUUCACAUCACAAAAGUUCGGUUUGGCAAAAUCAUUUUUCACAAAAUGUUAAUUUUGUUAGGGACAUCCAACGAUCAUUCAUGUGAUGUUCAGUUUGACCAAAUAUUGUCCAUGGAAAAAUAUUCAUGGAAACAUUCUGAAAAAACAAAAAAGGUGAGAAAAUGUAACAAAUUACAGGAAAAGAGUUGGAUCAGUAUAGUGACAGCAUUUAGUGUUGGUCCCUUAGCCAUCAAUCAUCUUUUCCCCCAUCAAUCAUCGUUCUUUUUUGACACCACAGGUGGAUCUCUGAAUACGGAAUCAAACAAACUUCUUUGGUCACUGCACAAGUCACUUGUUCUUUUAUACAUCCGUAUACCAUAUACACAGAGAUACAGAAUUUGAGCUACCAAAAUGAAUGACAACCGGUAAGCUGACCUCAGGCUCAUGGGUGCUCAAGGCUCAUUGAUGCAUGUGAGGAGCGAAGGCUAGCCUACCUAGUACAAUCACACAGAAGAGCUACUGUAGCUCAAAUUGCUGAAAAAUCUAAUGCUGCCCAAGGUAGAAAGGUGCCAGAUUACACAGUUCAUUACAGUUUGCUGCAUAUGAGGCUGCAUAGCCGCAGACCAGUCAGAGUGCCCAUGUUGACUCCUGUCCACUAUCAAAUGUGCCUUCAGUGUGGACAACAAAUCUGAGUGUUCAAACUGGAGCAUGGAACAAUGGAAGAAGAAUGUUGCCUGGUCUGGUGAAUUAGGUUUUAUUUUAGAUCAGGUGGCUGGCUGGGUCUGUGUGCAUCAUUUCCAUGGGGAAGAAAUGGCUACAGGAUGCACUAUGGUAAGAAGGAAGGCCUGCAGGGGUACUAUUAUGCUCUGGGCAAUGUUCUCCUGGGAAACCUGGGUUUCUGGCAUUCAUGUGGAUUUUACUUUAAUAUGUAACACCUACCUAGAUAUUGUUGCAGACCACAUACACCCCAUUAUAGCAAUGCUGUUCCCUGAAGGCAGUGACCUCUUUCAGUAGAGUAAUGCACACCUCCACACUACAAAAAGUGUUCAGGAAUAGUUUAAGGAGUAUGAUAAAUAGUUCAAUGUGUUGCCUUGACCUCCAUAUUCCCCAGAUCUCAAUGCGAUUGAACAUCUGUGGGAUGUACUGGAACAACAAAAAAAGGCCCAACCUUGCAGUUUGAAGGAUUUAAAUGAUCUGCUGCUAAUGUCUUGGUACCAGAUACAACAGGACACAUUCAGAGGUCUUGUGGAGUCUGUGCCUCAAGGGAUCAGCACUGUUUUGGCAGCAUGAAGGGUACUUACACAAUAUUAGGCAGGUGGUUUUACAUACAGCAAGUUCCCCUCUCACACAUUACAUACAGCAAAAGAAAAAAACACACCACACACAUUGAAUACAGUCAGUAUACACAUUACAUACAGUUUAUAUUUUUUAGUAAAGUGAUCUAAAAAGAUGGGGGUCGAAGUUUGGACAGGGGCAAUUUCAGUAUUUGCCACUUGCACAAUUUUCAUUAGAUAAAUUUCCCUGAACAAUACCCAACGAUUGAAAACUAUUUUUUUUUUUAAAUGAGUGGUGUAUUCUCAUAUGAAGUCUCUUUGCUGGAGCACACUAUGCAAUGAGUUUUAGUUUAUCUCAUUUAGAAGGGGAAAGCAGGCAUGUGCUAGCUAAUGGAAGAGGAGCAAAACUAAGGUGUUUCUUCCACAAUUAUAAAACUGCUGAUUUCUUUUGAAAAAAGAAAUAAAAAUGACCAGUUCCGGAAAACUGAAGUGCUUUAUUCAUGUGCAGUGCUCCUUUAAAAGAGACACUCUAGUCACCAUAACAACUUCAUCUAAAUUAAGUUGUUAUGCCGCCAGAAGGUCCCCGGGCAUACUUUUACCUUGAGGGGUUAAACCAUUCUAGGGGUUAAACGAUUAUUGAAUGGUUUAACCCCUCAUGGCUACCUCCAGUGCCGAUCUCAAGGUUCCAAAGGUGUCAACCGGCUACUGAACCUGAGUUACAGGAAGCACGGAGUGCAGCCAGGCAGAGGCGCCGCUGAUUGGCUUAGAGAAUCAGCUGACCACUCUAGCCAAUCAUUAGCUUAGCUCCCAAUUCAUAAAACAGGUAUGUACUAGAGUGUCCCUUUAAGUAAGAUCAAUGUCCUACUACAUAAUACACAAUUAGCCAACGGUUGUAAGGAUUUCGUACCUUAGUAUUAAAUAUUAAAAAGUAUACAUACAAUCUAAUGUGUCAUAUUUAAUAGAAAUUAUAAGGUUUUAGUUUUUUCACACACACUCACACACACAACUCCACAAUCCCAGAUUGCUUCAAUUGCCAAAAUCUUGCACCCAUGACUACUCAGCAACCAUAUUCUCUUCCUUCUAGAAAUUUACUAGAGACUCAAUGAGACUCAAUAAGAACCGAUCCUCCAAAAUAGGCACACUUGGGAGGUGUGUCUCAUUUUCUGUCACACCAAUGCAAGGAUGUUACCUUAUCUUUUUCUUCACAUUGUCACUUAUUAUUCCAGGAAUUAUCCUUCCAUUUUCCAUUCACAUUACAUUAACCACAACUACAACUUCUCCAUUUAACACGUUCCCUGCAUCAUUUUGCCUCACACGAUCUUAAUCUCUUUCUUUUGCAGCAAGUCUACCCUCAUUGAAGCACUUUGAUUGUUACAGAAUUUGAGUUUUCUUUGCCUGUGAUAUCACAAGCUACAUUUGCAGAAAUGUCAUUUUAUUGCUUUUGUCUCUUUUUAGAGCAAUCAUUAUGAACAGCAGGAAAUAUUCAAAUGCAACAUUUGAAGAAAUAAAUCACAUUGUGAAAGCUAUAGUCACCUUGGUGGAUAAAUGUUGUGUUCAAGGAGCGCCUGCCGACUGCUACGACAAAGGGGUAGGUUUAUUCAAUUGUUUUAAUAUUACAAGGAGGUUUUAACCUGCAAAAUUAUUUACUUUUGGUUUUAAAAAACAUAUGUAAGAUUAUAAAUAUAACAACUUACAAAUGCUGACUUUAUAGUCUUGUUAUAAUGGCAGAUAUAGGCAGAGGCUUAAAGGACCACUAUAGGCACACAGACCACUUCAGCUUAAUGAAGUGGUCUUUGUGCCAGGUCCAGCUAAGGUUAACCCUUUUUUCUAUAAACAUAGCAGUUUCAGAGAAUUCUACCAUUUGGAGAAACUGCUAUGUUUAUAAUAGGGUUAAUUCAGCCUCUAGUGGCUGUCUCAUUGACAGCCGCUAGAGGGCUUCCGCGCUUCUCACAGUGAGAAGACGCCAGCGUCCAUAGGAAAGCAUUAAGAAUGCUUUCCUAUGAGACUGGCUGAAUGCGCGCGCGGCUCCUGCGCAUUCAGCCGAAGAGGAGGAGGAGGAGGAGAGCUCCCCGGCGCUGGAGAAAGAGGUAAGUUUAACCCCUUCCUCACCCUAGAGCCCGGCGGGAGGGGGACCCUGAGGAUGGGGGCACCCUCAGGGCACUAUAGUGCCAGGAAAACGAGUAUGUUUUCCUGGCACUAUAGUGGUCCUUUAAGCUUGUUUGGUGAUCCCCCACCUCUUGCAAAUAACGCAAAAUUAUUAAAAUCACGUUUUAUUUCAUGAACAGAGUAAGGCUAGAUAUUUCUCAGGUCUCAAACUGCCAUGGACUUGUCACCAAGUUUCUGCUUUUCUCUUAUCUCUCUCAGAUCUGGGGAAAAGUUCCAUUAGAAAUAACACACCCAGGAAAACUCAAUGUAUUUUAAUCAAGUCUUUCAGUUUAAAUCUUCACAGCAAAGGGGAUAUAUAGAUUUUCAAAAUAUAUAUAUUUAAAUACCCUUCGUCCCUGAUCAGCAAGCUGUUGAAUCAGAGACUAGGGUACAAAGGUCAGGAUGGUGGUACCAGUCCCACCUAAAUGUGGGCUUGAACCCAAAUAUUUACAUAAAAAAUGCAAAGAUACAAUAAUUGGAUAACUCCCCUUAAAAGAAGGUGAGGCUCCCAAUGAAUCUGGUAGUGAUGGUAAAGAGAACGCCAACUGAUACAAAAAUAUACCUAUAGAUUAGUAAAAAGUAUGAAAAAGGUUGUAACUACAGGGAAAAGCAUAUAUUGAUAUUUUAGACACUGAAUGAACAUGUAUCCUAGCAUAAACAGUGAUACACUGCAACUUUAUUAACUGUACUGUAGAGAGGAUACAACGUAUCAGUGUCUCUGAAAUGCUUAUAACCCUAAGAUCCUAAGUGGAUCAACCUCAGUGUCCAAAUCUCAAUUGAGACAUGUUAAGUAUUAAGACAAUGAGAUAUAUCACAUAGGGUGAUCCACAGAGGAAACAAAAUCAAUGUUUUGUUUCAUUUAUCCAUAAUAAGAUUUUAAGGUACUACAUUGAUUUUGUUUCCUCUGUGGAUCACCCUAUGUCAUAUAUCUCAUCUCACGUUGAAAUGAGUUUUGGUCGGGUGUUUGGCAGUAGUGUGAGGAACAAAGAAUUCCUAAUGAUGGGGCAAAGCGUCCGUGGCAAAUUUGGAGUAGCCUGUGAUGCAUUCCUAAAAGAGGAAGAACUGAAACUGACCGACGACCAGGACGGCCCACGAACUAGCUUCACGAUGGUCAAUGAAGAUGCUUGACCCGUAUGAAUAUAUGUCGCGGACUGUCCUGUUGUCUGUAUAACCUUUAACUGUCAUGCCCGACCAGGAUUCUCUACAUGAAUGCAGCCGCCACUUAUCAGGUAAAUUCGACAAAGGGCGGUGUUUCGCAAAGGACGGUAGACCGAGUCUCUUUGGCCAGAAAUCCUCAAUCAAUAGUUUGUAGAUUGCUGCAACCCACUGUUAGCGGCAGCAUCUGAACGUGAUACUGGGAAUUGGUCGGAUCCUGGUGGGAUAAACAGAGAACACAAUCCAUGGUUCUAAUGACUCUUACCACACGACCAGGUCUGCCCUUGCCAGAGGAUCAAAUAUUAAUCUCCGUCAGGCAGACCUGGUAAUACGCACAGAUUACCAUAUGUUACGGUACCUCCAGUAAUAAAUGCACAAACCGCCGUUUAGUGAAUGCUCCUCGUUCGCAAUAAUGUAGGCUGGUAGCGUGUAUAUUAAAACCAUGCGAAUCGCCAGCUAGGGAACACUCCAAACUCCCGAACGGUACCUGUACGGCUAUUUCCCUUCACGAGCUCCAAAUCCACGAACUGCCAAUAUUAGCCGAACGCUAAUAUCUCCCAAGCGGCAAAGAAUUCCAAUAAGCAGUCUCUAAGCGCCGGUAGUAAAAUCCCCCCCAAUAACGAGACCAAGCUCCGCUUUGAGGGUAAAACACGAACUGAUUUACUGUGGGCUACCUGUAUUUAUGCAGGUCUCCCACUUGGUGGACACUCCCCUAGGGGACCAAAUGGGAGACUGAAAUCACAGAAGGACAUGGGGACAUUUUGGACAUACAUCCCCACAAUAUUCCCAGCAUGCAUCACAGUUCCCUCCCCUCUGCUCGAGGGAUAAUUGGGAAGUAACUCAAUUAUCUCCCCGAGCAGAGGCAAUCGCCAUUUUCAACACAAGUCACAAAAACACAUGAAAAUCCAUAACUUCAUAACUGCCGAACAUAUUACAUUCAUAUUGCAUAUCCCCAGAUAGCCUGGAUCUGAGUGCACAUUAGUGGAGAAUAGCGCUCAGAUCCCAUUCGCACAGUUCAAUCGCCAUGGAGUCAAAGUCUCUUUCAGUUCUUCGGUAUGCGAUUGACUCCAUGGGACGGCUAUCUGGGUUAAGUCCAUUCGUGUGGUUGAAUCUCCCGAACGGCUGGCAUUCGUAUACUUUUGUCAAUUGAGAAGGGGAGGUCGACGGCUUCAGCGGUGUUCGGCUGAAAAAGUGUCCGUUUUCAGAUCCAUGAAAUAAUCGUCGAACACCGCUGGUCGUUCGCAUGGACAAAAUGGCCGCCGCCUCGUGGUCGACAUACGAACGACGACCACCCGGCAUUCGGUUUUAAUUGAGAAGUGUCUGUGGUUAACCGCAACGUUCUAAUUGGGAUCAAUAGGUUAACCAGCAGCACACUUCUCUUCUGGGUGGCCGUCCGUUCGGUAGUUCCGUUCGACAAAACCGACAUUCCCUUGAAUAAAGCAUACGAAUGGGGAAAUUCAUGUAACUGGCAAAACAGGCGAACAAAGCAUUUGUAAUCCAGACAGAUGGGUCUGUCACACCAUAAAUGGACUGAAGAGAUGCCAGAACGUAGUUUAGAAUACCUAAUACCUAAAUAUACAUGUGAACGCUUAUUCAGGGAUUCCUGACAGAUAUCAGUGUUACAAUGUAACACGUUAAUUGUGAAAAGAAAUGGUUUGGAAAUAGCAAAAUGCUACUUGUACUUAUAGCCUUAUAACAUUCCAAAAAAAAAAAAAAUAGGGAACACAGGGGAUGGGCAUUGUAACCUAGCUGUGUGAUACAAAAAGUGAAUACAAAUACAAAAAUUAAAGUCCUGCGCUCACUCCCAUCACUCCUGGGCUGCAGCAAUGACAACAUUGCGAUUCAGCUAAUACAUACAGUUGGUUUUUACUAUAUAUAUUAGCGGAUGUGUACUGUGGUCAUUGCUGCCGCCCAGGAGUGAUGGGAGUGAGCGCAGGACUUCUUUUUGUAUCACACAGCUAGGUUACAAUGCUGCCACCCAUCCCAUGUGUUACUUAUUAAGGGUUAACAAGUAUAUAGGGGUGUAUAUAAAAAAAUACCCCUGUCUCAGAGAUUUUUGACAGAAGCUCAAGGAAGCAAGGUGAAGGGUCAGAGUAGGACCCGUCUAGGGGGGUCUGCCUUGACGUUGGCAGGCGGGCAUUCCCUCCAGUGGCCAUUGGAGUAACUAAAUGACCUCCAUAUGUUUAAAUAUACAUAGGGAUUAAGGAGAGAGCGCAGGUAACUUUUUUUUCUUUGUUUUUUACUAUAUGUAUUAGCUGAUAUGUACUGUGGUCAUUGCUGCCGCCCAGGAGUGAUGGGAGUGAGCGCAGGACUUUAAUUUUUGUAUUUUUAUUUAAUUGAUUAUACUAUUAGAUUCCAUCUAAAAAGCCACACAAGCCCAGAAGUGUCAGGAAUACAGGUUUGUAUUCCUUUAAUGUUAUAUACACAUUUGUAGAAGAUUUCAAUAAAAUCUUUAUAGGUUAUAUUUAAAAAAAUAUAAUAUCAUCUUCCACACAGGUUAUAACAGAUUGACUUUGUUAGAAAUCCAAUGCAACCAAUUCUCCAAACCUCCUGGAACAUCUGGCAGUUACAUACUUGAAAAGAGACAUGCAUACAUCAAGUUCAGGCUUUCUCACAUCUGUUUUUGAGGUUAAUCCAAAAGAAGGCAAAAAAAAAAACCCCCAACACUUUGAAAUUCUUCCAAUUUUGCAACAAACUAGGAAAAUAUCCCUUCCUGACCACAGAAUGGCAGUCAGAUCCCUCCUUAGUUCAAGAAGCUAUUACCCACAAAUUAAAAAGUAUAUCGCUGAAUAGUAUGCUUUUACAAGUAUUCAUCCAGUUGCAGUUUAAACAUCUGUACAGAUUCUGAUAAAACCACCUCUUCAAGCAGAUAGUUUCACAUCCUUAUUGUGAAAAAAAAAAAAACAUUUAAUUUGCCUUAGACUAAAUCUCCUUUCUUCCAGUCUAAAUGUGUGACCUUGUGUCAUAUGUAUAGUUCGGUUUAUGAAUAGAUUUGCAGACAAUGGUUUGUAUUGGCCCAAAUAUAUUAUAAAUAAAUAUAUAUAUAUAUAUAUAUAUAUAUACAUACAUACACACACACACACACACACACACACACAUACACAUAUAUAUAUAUAUAUAUUUUUAUAUAUAUAUAUAUAUAUAUAUAUAUACACACACACACACAUAUAUAUAUAUAUAUAUAUAUAUAUAUAUAUAUAUAUAUAUAUAUAUAUAUAUAUAUAAAUAAUGCUGUCAUAUCACCUUUGAGGUGCUGUUUUUAUAAACUAAAGAAACUUCAAUUUGUUAACUUUUUUUUUUUAAAUAACUAAAAUGUUCCAUUCUUUUUAUUAGUUAUGUAGACUGCCUCUGCACUUUUUCUUGUGCAAAUUCAAGGUGUUGUCUUACCACUCAUUUAGAAAAAUUAUAUUUUCACCCUAAGAGUUAAUGCCUCUUUUAAUACAUGACAAUAUGUUACUGGCCUCAGCAAUUGCUGAUUGGCAUUGCACAUUGUUACUUAGUUUGUUGUCUAUUAAACAUGUGCACCAGAGAAAUUUUCCAUUUCGUACAAAUGAUCAUUCGUUUUCAAUCGAAAUUUGUUAAAAAAUAAUUUGUUUUUGUCCAUUAGGACGAAAACAGCACUGUGAAAGCGCAAAAACAAAAAAAGCAAGGAGGGAGCUGGCAGCACUACCAGCUCCCUCCUUGUAAUAAGCCAUUCCUACUCCCCACCCCCCCACAUUGAAACCCAUUAAUAAAAUGGAGGUUAAAUCCUCCCGCAUGCCCCUACUCGCGGUAUGCUGUGAGUAGGGGCAUGUUACCUAAACAGCCACAGUUCAUCAUUUAAUACUACUGGGCUAUUACACUCCCCCCACCCCCACCCCCACAUAUGAGUGGCAGAUGGGGACCCUAAAUAAAUAAAAUACCCCCUCAGUUCCCCACCCACGUGUGGCGGGUGGGGACCCUAAUAAAAGGGGAGACCUAAUGUCCCCCAUGGUCCCCUCCCAAAUCCUUUCGUAUUGUUAUCCCUAAUUCACUACCAUUUAGGGUGUGAGUUACUUGUGCACUCUUUACUCCAAAGUUCAUAACUUUGCAUUUUUCUACAUUAAAAAGUUGAACUGCCGUUUGAGUCCCCAGUCCACCAAUCUAUCUAUAUUCCUCUGCAGCUCACAUUAUCCUGCUCACAUUGUAUUACUCUACAGAGUAUUGUGUCAUCUGCAAGCACUGAAACAUGACUUUUAAUGCCUACUUAAAGAUCAUUUAUAAAUAUGUUGAAAAGAAGUGGCCCCAGAACAGAACCAUAAAGGGGCACUACAUCCAUAUUUGAUGUUAAGAAGGAAUUUAAUAUAUCUUAAUGGCAUAUCUACUAAUGACUCUUUCCAUUAUUUUAUUAUUGUGUUGCUACUAUCACCUUGCUAACUUGCAUCUUUUUUAUUCAAGGCAACUGAUUUAUCAGUAAAAUCAUGUGAUCCAAAGUCUCCUUUCCCUAAACAUCCUGGUAUUGAAAGAUGUUGCAUUCACAAGGGUCUAGAACGAAAGCUGUGUCUGGCAGAUCUUAAGCAGCCUCCAAAAGAAUUCCCAACCUAUUUGGAACAGUCUAAUGAAGAAUUAUGUGAAGCCUUCAGGAAAGAUCCAAAAUUGUUUUCUGCCAGGCAAGUCAGAAAUGUCUCUCUCUAACUAAUUAAAUCAUCUAUAUUUAGUGUGCCAAGUGCCAGUCUACAACACCAGACAAAUCCUGUAUUGAAUAUCUUAAGGUAUUAUUGAUAGCCUUGUGGCAGAUUAAUUAAAGUAGUCUAUUUCAACAGACACAACCUUAAAACUUUUGGAAAUAAGAAAUAAGUUUACUUUGACAAACAGGAUACUUUGUCCAGUAAAGUGCUGUAUACUCUCUAUUCUAGAUACAUAUCAGAAAAUUAGUUUAUUUCUACUUGGCUUUACUGCUGUAUCAUUGUUGUAAAAGGGUGAUAUAUCAAAUUUGUCAGCUGAUGGAACUACACAGUCUAUUUGUCAAAUAGUAAUGCUGAGUUGGCACAUGACAUCUACGCUAAAAUAACCUAAUGUUAAAAUACUUCAAUUUUUGUUAAGUUUGUAAGUCCCCCCCCCUCCCCCUCCCAAUAUGUCUAUCUUGGCCUACACUUUUCAAGUCAGUUGUCAAACGGCACCCUAAGUUUCAAAGCGAAUUUAGCUUAAUAAUGUGGUUUGGUGUGUAGAUUAUGCCCCAUGCAGUAUCAUUACUCUUUUUUUUUGCCAUUAGUUAAAUUACAUUUGUUAUGCAGCCACUCACACAGUUUUUUAUUUCGCUUUUUGCACAGUGUGUUUAAAUUAGAAUUUCUUAUCUAGGCCCUGUUGCCUGCUAAAGCCUCCAGCAGCCUCCUGUGUGCGAUAAUAUUUCAAAUAAAGCAGGAGAUAAGGACUUUUAAAGAAAAUACACUGUGCUGUAAAAAUAAAAUCUUUUUUAUGGAGGCUGUUUGAGGAACAACCAGGGGAUGUAUGGCUAGAGCUGCAAAAACAGAGUGAUUUAAUCCUUGAUGGCAUGGAAUUGUGCAGUGAAACUGCAGGGGCAUGAUCUAUACACCAAAACUGCUUUAUUAAACUAAAGUUGAUUUAGAGCAGGGGUUCUUAACCCAGUCCUCAGGACCCCCAGGAUUUGGGGAUUACCUGGGUGUGUCUCAGGUGUUUAGAAAAAGGGAAAAAAACACCUUAGACUCUAGCGUGUUUUUUUUCUCUUUUUCUAAACACCUUAGACACACCCAGGUAAUCCCUAAACCCUGGACUGGUAGGGGGUCCUGAGGACUAACGUUGAGAACCCCUGAUUUAGAGUAUCCCUUCAACUCAGCAUAAAGCCAUGUAGUGAAUAUAUAGAAAUUGUAGAAAUGGUUAAAUCCUUUUUUUUUUUUACUGUAUCACAUGACAGUGUUUGUACAUUACUAAAUUAUUGGGAAAUGUUGAAUAUUCAAAUUUUAAAAUGGAAUUUGCUUCAGUUCACAAGAUUGAAGAAUGUCUGUCACAUAGUCAGGCCUAAAAUGUACUCAUCACCUCAAAACGUAUGUGCCAGGCAUUUUAAAUUUAAGUUAGGUCACGUUCACAGCAUAAAGUGCUUGUGUGUCUGUGAAGGCAGUGAUGUGUGAGUGUAUUUAUAAAUGCAGGGGUGUACGCAUGCCUCUGUGUGAAUGUAGGGAUACAUUUUUGUGAAAUGUCUGAGUCAAUGCAGGGAUGCAUUUGUGUUUAGUGUCUUUCUAAAUUGUGAUACUUUGAGUUCUAUUAUAGAUAGAGAGUCAUGCCGGCUUGGACGUCGACCAAAUUAACAAGGUCCCCCUUAGAUGCUAGGGAACCAAGGAAAACUGACGACAAGUGGGCUACUGGAAGAAAUCAUUCCUGGACAUGAAGCAAGAACCUAGACCAGCUUAAAUGCUACUACAACAGCAGACUACAUGAAAUGUUUGUGGGAGAUAUGGAUGAGUAAGAGACCAUCAAAUACCCUAACAGCUGUUUACACACUGUCAAAAGGAAUCUAGUAUCACAACUGGCUUUAACAGACUACAGAAGAGAACAUCAACCAUGCAUCAUGAGGAUACAUUCCCAUACCCAUAUCCACACCUGCAGAGAAUUGCCAACUUUAAUCUUUGCCCCAAGAUGGCAUAACAGAUAAGAAAAAUCAUAAAAAACAAUAGUCGUUGACCAGCAAACAAGACUUCCAAAUAUCACUGGAAAAUUUCCACCAGACAGCAUGUUAGCUGCAGUUAAUGAUGCACUGUCCACAAUCCAAACCUGCACCAUCACAGAGACAAACAAGCUCAUAUAUGCCACAGCAUUAGUGGUCCUCCAGCUGCUUGACUACAAGGUCAGGCCCAGAGAUUUGCAAUGCCCACCAUGGAGACUAGAGGCAGCUCUCUAACUAGGCAAUUAAGGCGGCCGUCUAUGACCUCCGCUGACUGGGCAUCAAGUCCACCUGAAUUGCCUUAGGGCAGACUGACUUGUUGGGUUUUUGACCAAGGGCCUGACACAGGAGGGGGCCUGGUGACGUGCCCAUUAUGCUGCCAGAUGCAGGGCCUGUCACAACUCCCCCUACCAUGUCACAGCAGCCCCUACCAUGUCACAUACCCAUACCAAGUCACAGCCCCCCACCCUGUAACUGUGAUAGGGUAAGAGUCCCCCCUACCCUGCCACAGCUACCCUACCCUGUCACAGCCCCCACCAUACCCUGUCACUUCACACCCACUCUAUCACACUCAUCUUCUAUCAGUCUGCCCCACCACCUUCACCCUGCCACACUCACCCUUGCAAUCCUGUUCUCCACCCUGCCACACUCACCCCAAACCCUGUCACACACAGUUAGACAAUGCCAGACACAAUCAGAAACACCGGAACUUAUAAAUACGACUGAAAGGCUAUGUAACCACACCCUGCAGUAUUAACGAUUAGCAUAAUUGCUAGUUAAAUUUGUUUAAUUUAAAUUAAUUUAAUUAGCAAAUUAUGCCAUUACUACAGUCAGAGAACUCACAAUGCAGUGGCACAGAGACUAGCUCUCUGUAUCCAGUGCUGAAAACUUGUCCUUCAAUACAACUAUAGCACCUUAUACACACAAUGCAAGCCCUAUUUUUUACUUUGGGUGUUAGUGGAGACCUCAUUUUUUGAGUCUCACCAAGUCUAGUGCCGCCACUGAUGGAGACUACGACUGAAAGCCAAGAUAAAGACAACACAAGACGGAAGAAAGUUAGUAAACUGGAUCAACUUAACAGAGGUGGAAAUACCAAGGAUAGAUGCUGGCUACUAUGGAAGUACAAGGAUAGGCCCAUACGAGAGGUACUGGAAACAGGUAAACAAAGACUAACAGCAUUGGCCACUAGACUGAGAAGAUACACCAGAGAAGCAGAGGCUAAGGCAAUCAAUGUCCUCUUUAGCAAAGAAUCAUCCAAGGUGUAUGCACAUCUGCAGGAAUACCAUCACAUCUCCUCCCAAGACCCACUCAGGGCAGAAACUGAAAGAAUAUCUGGGAGAAAGAAGCAUCUCAUAACACUGAAGACCAGUGGCUACUAAACCUGAAAGCAGACAACUGCAUGCCACCAGAACAGGAACUAGUCACCAUAACAGUCAAAAGACAUCCAACAACAAGUAGCACACAUGAAGAGUUAGUUAGCCCCAGGAUCUGACAUAACCCACACCCUGGCUGGCUAACACGGGACAGAACACUAAUGGCCACAAAGUACCCUCACAAGGGAACAACGGCAUCCAACUACUGACCAAUAACCUGCCUCCGCACAACAUGGAAACUUCUGUCAGGUAUCAUAGCCUCCAUAUAAAAGUCAGUCGGUGAGCAAUACUUGGAAAGGGAUUGGAAACACCAGAGGAUCAAAACACCAACUACUGGUAGACCAAGCAGUCACAAGGGAUUUUAAGACCAGAGAGACCAGUCUCUGCACAGCCUGGAUUGACUACAAAAAAGCCUAUGAUAUAAUGUCACACACAUGGAUACUGGAAUGCUUGGUUAAAUACAAGGUCAACACGACAAUAAGAGCCUACAUCAAGAACUCAAUUGGCAAGUGGAAAACAACUCUAGAUGCCAAUUCCAGGACAAUAACACAAGUGAAUAUCAACUGUGGCAUAUAGAAAGGUGAUGCACUAUCUCCUGAGACAGAUCAUCAAGAAGAGUGGAUACGGAUACAGGUGCAAGAGUGGAGCUACUACUAUCUGCCACCUACUCUAGAUGGAUGACAUCAAGAUGUAUGCCAAGGAUCAGAGGGACAUUGAUUCACUGAUCCACCUAAAUAGGAUAUACAGCAAGGACAUUGGAAUGUCGUUCAGGCUAGAGAAGUGUGGGCAAAUGACAGCAAAAAGAGGUAAGGAGUUCAAGUACCAGAAGGCCAACUAGAAGAUGUAGAGAACAGAUACAAAUAUCUGGGGGUACCACAAACACAUGGCAACCAUGAAGAAGAGGCAAGGAGGAUAGCAACAUCCAACUACCUCCAAAGAGUCCUGAAGUCACAAAUCAAUGGCAAAAUCCAACCAGUGGUAUGAAAAAGCAGGACUGAAAGACAGCAUUGAGGCACUUAUUCUAGCAGCACAGGAACUCAGCACUAGGUCAAUAGAAGCAGGUGUCUACCACACCAGGCAAGACCCAAGGUGCAGAAUGUGUAAAGAGGCCUCUGAGACAAUCCAGCACAUAGUAGCCGGAUGCAAGAGGUAAGCAGGCACAGCAUACAUGAAGAGAUACUACGAAGUUCCUGGGAUUGUGUACCAAACCAUCUGUACAGAAUAUGGGCCGGACCUGCCUAAGUCCAGAUGGGAGAUACCACAAAGGGCAAUUGAGAAUGACAAGGCUAUAAUCCUGUGGGACUUCCAUAUCCAGACUAACAAGUAAGUACUGGUCAACCAGCCUGACAUCAUGGUGGUAGACAAGGAACGGAAGACUGCAGUUGUGGUGAAUGUGGCAAUACCCAGAGGCUAUAACAUCAGUAAGAAGGAACAUGAGAAGACAGACAGAUACCAAAGACUGAAAAAAAAUCUAGAAAGGAUGUGGAAAGUGAAGGCAGUAGUAGUCCCAGUUCUGAUAGGAGCACACGGGACUGUGACUCCUAAGCUGGAGGAGUGGCUUCAACAGAUUCUAGGAUCAUUGUCCAGAAAAAUGUAGUUCUAGGAACAGCUAACAUGUGCUUAGAACCCUCAGACUCAAAAUCCUCUGGUAGAGGACCUAAGAAAGAGGAAUUAACAUACCAGAGAAAAAUCAAUUUUAAUUCACUCAUCCACUAAACAGGAACGUCAAAGUUCACAUAUUUUAUAAGGUGUUUUUUUUGUUUGUUUUUUAACAAAAACCAUCAGAUCAAAGGGGUUACAGUAUAUGAUCAUACAUUGCAACAUAUGCCACAACACAUAUAUAUUCUAUCCAGAACUCAUCAAAUUAAUGCAAGGACCACAUUAAUGCAAUGUGCCUAGGUGCUAAACCAAACUGAUAUGAAUAAUAAAAAGUAAAUUGUCAGCACCCAAAGCACUUAAAAUUGUAAAAAGAAAAAUGUACUAAUACAUGCCUACAAACAAUGUUUUGAUCCUAUAAGGUCAUUAUCAAGGCAAUGAAAUAAUCAUACAAGUGUGUAUAUGUAAAAUGGGUAAAUAAAAUCUAACAAUUACACCAAUUGAGGCAUCAUCCUUACACCAUCGGCAGUCCCGAACACCGGAUGUAGCAUCUACUUCAUACAGAGUCAUGUGAUGAUUAAACGUUAAAACUACAGCGUUCAAACUGGGCAAAAAUAUAAUACAAUAUCAUGAAAGUAGCCCAAUUUAAAAAAAAUAAAAAUAAAUAGAUGGCAUGGUCAUGAAAUGUUUCCAAAAAUCUGUGAAAAGUGCACAUUACAAGAUAAAGUGUAUAAGGAUCAAAGGUAACCUAUAAACAAACAAACAAGGGCUGAAUACACCUAUUCAGCCCAACAUAAAAGAGCAGCUAAACAGACCAGAAAACUCAUUAGUGAAGCUGCCAGAAACAAGUAGUAGAACAAUAAAAUGCCCCUUUUUAUUCAAUAUAUAAAGAGAAAAAUACAUCCUAUUAGGAAAAAAAUAUUGCACCAGCGCUACAAAGCGUUGAUUUUGUUGCACGGGAUGUGUAACUUGCAGUCAUAUGUUAACGGGAAAUACUUUUCCUCAUCCAUAUUUGAGCAUCUGAACAAAAGAUAUCCUAUCCAAUAAUAUAUCACAUGUACCUUAGUAAGGUUUUUUUUUUUACCCACUAUUUGAAGUCCUUUGAGUGUGGGCGAUUUUACUUUUUAUAUCAGUUAAAGUCUGAAAAUAUAUUUAUAGUGAUAGAGAUACUUUGAGCUCUAGAUGUGUAUAUACAGGGCCAGUUUAAGAGCCCAGUGGGCCUGGAGCGGACAAUUAUGAUGGGCCUAAUUACAGAAUCUUAUCGGCCAAAAAUACUAAAAACAACCAUACCUCCCAAGCGUCGUGUAUCUGAUGGAGAUGGUGUUGGAGGGAAAGGAUGCAGCUAUAUGAAAACACAUACUCUAUACUAAUCUCUCUCUAAUUUAUGCUUUCAUGUUUCAAGUAAAUCCAUACCCCUUAAUAGCAGUGUCCAGUGAAGCAGGAAGUCAAUGGGCAGCGUAAAAGGGUGUGCCACUGACGCGAAUCACGUGACCAGACCUGCCAAAAGGGGUGAACAUGCCCAAAAAGGGGGCAUGUUUGUCCAAAGAAUUGGAAGGCCAGCCUGGUAUGAAUGCAUGUCAGGCUGCCUGCCAAUCAUGCAGGCUGUCCAACUAAGGGCAUACUAUGCAGGCAGCACCCUGAGCUUGACAUAAAUGCAUCAAAUGAUGUGCAUACUCCACGCUUUCUAAGGACUGUCCCCUAGCACUCGCUGGUCCACUUGUCUCCUUAUCAUCUUACUAGCAGGCAGAAGUUCCUGGUAUAUCGUAAAGGUGUAUGUAGUGAGUGUAGAAUAAAGGGGACAUGCCACAGUGUUAGAGAAACCAAAGUCUGCAUUACCUAAACUAAUUUUAUUGCUUUUAUUUGCUUCCAAACUUAAAGGGACACUAUAAUCACCAGAACAACUACAGCUUAUUAGAUUUGUUCUGGUAAGUAGAAUCAUUCCCUUCAGGCUUUUUGCAUUAAACAUUGUCUUUUCAGAGAAAAUAACUCCACUAGCCACUCCUUAGAUGGCUGCUAGAGGUGCUUCCUGGGGCAGUACUGCCUAGUUCCCCCCUUUGCAUGCAGACACUGAACUUUCCUCAUAGAGAUGCAUUGAUUCAAUUUAUCUUUAUGAGGAGAUGCUGAUUGGCAAGGGCUAUGUCUGACUUGUGCUGGCUCUGCCCCUGAUCUGCCUAGUUGACAGUCUCAGCCAAUCUUAUGGGGAAGCAUUGUAAUUUGCUCAGACCACCACUUUUGAUGAUAUCAGUUCAGAGGCAGAGCCAACAUCUGCAGACUUGAAUACAAGUAAGAUUUUACUAUAUUUAGGGAGGCAAGAGGUGGUCAGGGAGGCUAGAUGGUGGUUUUUACAUAAUAGAGUCAGAAAUACAUGAUUGUGUUCCUGACUGUAUAGUGUUCCUUUAAGCAAGAGUAUGUGAAGAGUAGUUAGUGUUGCCACCUUUCUUUGAAAAAAAUACCAUCCUUAAUAAUUUGUAUAAUUAGUUAUGCAUGACAUCACAUGAUGUAAAUCACAAGGAGUGACAUAAGAGAACAUUCUGUAAAAUCACCAACAAAGUACUGACAGUUUGAUUCUGCUGUAUAGAUGGAUUGCUCCCAGUGUCUCCCUGUCUCGCAGUCUCGUAGUCAUCCAGUGUCUCAGUGUCCCUAUUUAUCACAGGGUCAGUGUCCCCAUGUUGCCCAGUCCCAUAGUCUCCCAGUGUCCCCAUGUCUCAGUGUGUCCCCAUGUCACUAGGAUACUUGGGGACACAGAGACAUGGGGGCACUUGUGAAUACAGACAUGGGGACACAGACAUUUGGGGACACUAGGACACAGAGACUGGGAGACAUGGGGACACUAAGAGACAUGGGAACACAGACACUGGGAGACUAGGGGACACAUGGGGACACAGACACUGAGAGACUAGGGGAAACUGGGAGCCAUGUGGACACUGAGGCACUAGGGACACUGGCUGGGAGACAUGGGGACACUGUGUCCCUAGUGUCUCCAUGUCCCAAUGCCUGUGUCUCCCAAUAUCCCUAUGUCUCACAGCAUCCCCAUGUCUCACAGUGUCCCCUAGUGUCUCAGUGACCCCAUGUUUUCCAAUGUCCACAAGUAUCUCAGUGUCCCCAGGUCUCCCAGUGUCCCCUAGUCUCCCUGCUGCCUUUCCCCCAUCUCUCACCUGAGCUGCUGUCUGGACUCUGUGCUGUGUAGCUGCUCCCCCUGUAACUUCCUAUCCCUGCCUUUCUCCACACACAGGGACCCCUACUGGCCGGUGCUGGUAUUGCAGAGUAAUCUCUGUUUAUACUGAGAAAAAUACCUGCAUUUGUAUUGCCAGUAUUACUGCAAUGCCUGCACAGCCAGGCAGCCUCAAAUACCGGCUGUGCCAGUAAAAUACCAGUCAGGUGGCAAACCUAAGAGUAGUGUGUAAGAAAAUGGGCCUAUUCCAUGGGCCUGCAGCUCCAUCAGCCCCUAUGUUUUUUUUUUUUAAAAUCUGUUUUAUUAAGAUUCUGUGUGUAUAGAAACUGAGUUUUGUCAAUACAAACAUUUUCAACAGUGAGGAUUCGCAGGUCCUGGUUGCAUAUAGCACAGUAAGGUUGCAUACAUAGCAUGUGAAGUGUUCAUUGGUGAAAUCCAUGAUAGGCGUGAAUGAGGGAAUUAUAGUGCUGUCUUUCUAUGAUCGCACUGACUGGUUCCCGGACAAGAUACAGGCUUAUCACUAUAGCAUGAGUGUGUCUUAUCUAUUUGCUCGUGUGUAUGUAAAGGUUACAGGUGAAAAUCAGAAGUAGGUUGGUAGAGAGGGAAGAAGAGUUGCCCCAGGGCCUAAGUAUAGGUUAGGUAGGGUAGAAUAAAGCAGGCAGGAAUGGUCACGCCCCGUCGGGCCAGCUGUCCCCCCUGUGCAUCAGCCCCUUUGUUAAUUAUAUUAAUCGGUAAAAGUAAAAAUAGGGGAACAUAGAGGAAAAUAGGUAAGAUUCUUAAAUAAAAGCAUAGUUUUUAAUAUAAAAAGGAGAAGUCCGUUUUUUUCUGCAUUCUACAGUUUUAGCUGUCCACUCAAUAAGCAAAAAAAAUGCAGUAUUUUCUGAGAAUACAUACAGGAUAGCUCACACCUUUUCAUCAAAAGUUAUUAUUUUAAUAUAUAUAUACUGCAUAAAAAGUAAAUGUAUACACACGUUUAUAACUGUUACAAAUUGUGAGUGCCUUUUGUGCACUGAAUAACUUACUUCCAGAGAAUUGUGCUUAGGCUCUACAUGAUGCUAUUUAGGUCAUCCACUUAAAGUGAACCUAUCAUCCUCAAAUUAUGUGAUACGGAUCACGAGCAGGGGCGUACCUAGAGCAUAUGGCACCCGGGGCGGGUCCUUGGUUUGGCACCCCCCCUCUCCAAAAAAAAGAUCAAACCCACCUACUACAUUUUUAAAAUGUGUUUGUUUUGUUUGUUGUUGUUUUUUUUACAUUUUUUAAAAUGUAUUACACAAAUUUGUAAACUUUUUAAAAACUCCUGCCCCCUUCCACAAAAUCCCUGCACCACCCUCACACACAGUUACAGGCAGACAGUCACACGCACACAGUCACACAUAUAGUCACACACACAGUCAGUUACAAGCAGUAACACACAGUCACGUACACUGUUACAGGCAGACAAUCACAUAUACAGUCACAGGCAGACAGUCAUGCACAUAGUUACAGCCACACACACACAGUUACAGAGUAAAACAGGAAAAAGAGUAAGUGCUAAAUAACAAAUAGGCAGCAACCCUUUAAGGGAAUCCCUCAAACACCCUUAAAGUAUAACAAAAGGAGAGAAAAAUAAGAAAUAAGGGCUGCUCCAGAAAUACUUAAUGUGGACUAAAAAUAACAAAUAGUCCAAUAAAAAAAAAAAGAGUCUUAUCUAAAAUGCUCUUAUUGGAGUCACAGAGUCUAUAGGUGCUUGGUCAGGAACAAAUGUCCUCGCUGUUCUCCUCCGUAUAGGUCCACUCAUUUGUAAGAGAUAAAACAGAUAGAGAACCAAAUAGUGCAAUAAGUCUAAUAAUAAAAAGAAUAAAAUAUAGAAGGCUGGUAUAAAACUCACAUUUGCAAGAGCUAUAACUCGCUCGAGUGUAAAAGGCGUACAGCGGUACAAUCCCCGCUUAUGGGGAAUAGGGUAGACUUCCUCCAUCCGUGGUAUGUUCAACACUCGGAUAAAAAGAGACAACCAAUAGUGCUCACUGGAUAAAAUACUGGAAAUAAAAUAUAUAAAAUGGUACUCACAAGGAAGGAGCAGGCCAACUGCUCCAUGAAGAUAGCGCUGGUGGUAUGAUCCCCACCUAGGAUUACUUGGAGUCCAGGGUGAUAAAAAAUGCCAGGUAAAAAAAAAAAACAAUCUAAAAUGUAUCAAAAGAUAAAUGGCACAAGUAUAGAGUGACCAAAUAAUCUUUAAUAUAUAAAAAUACACAAUAAAAUAUCCAUAAACGCGUUUCGCCAAUACGGCUUUAUCAAUAUGGAAUAAGAUCUUACACACAGUUAUAGGCAGUCACACACACAGUCACAGGCAUGCAGUCACACACACAGUGAAUGGCAGACUGGUACACACAGUCACAGGCAUGCAGUCACACACACAGUUACAGGCAUGCAGUCACACACACACAGUUACAGGCAUGCAGUCACACACACACACACACACACACAGUUACAGGCAGACUGGUACACACAGUUACAGGCAUGCAGUCACACACAGUUACAGGCAUGCAGUCACACACACACACACAGUUACAGACAUGCAGUCACACACACAUACAGUUACAGACAUGCAGUCACACACACACACACACACACACAGUUACAGGCAUGCAGUCACACGCACACACACAGUUACAGGCAUGCAGUCACACACACACUCUUACUUACAGACAGUGUGGGCUGGGGGAGUGGAUUAAUUGAAGUCCUUCCCUGGCUGGAGCCUGUUAGGUGGACGAGCAGGGAUUUCUUCUUGCUGCACCUCCAUGUGCAGCAGUAACAGCAGCGGGUAAGGGCCGUGUUAACCCCCUCCCCUACCUACGGAUUGGCUCCGUCCCCAUAUAGUCGUUGCUCCACCCCCUUCUUCCUUCCGUGCGGCCAGUUCAGCUUGCUGGUCUCUCCGUGUGAGCUGUGUGACACCCCAGCUGCCAUGGGGCGCAGCUCACACAUCUUCCUCAUUUCUUAUACAGUGGAGCUCUCCUGGUGUUAGUUUCCCCUUGUGGGACUCUAUACAUUACCUACUCCUAUUUCCUACAAUGUAAAGUAGUAAUGGUACAGCCUGUAUAACAGUGUAAAUUUGCUGUCCCCUCAAAAUAACUCAACACACAGUCAUUAAUGUCUAAACCGUUGGCAACAAAAGUGAGUACACCCCUAAGUGGAAAUGUCCAAAUUGGGCCCAGUAGCCAUUUUCCCUUCCCGGUGUCAUGUGACUCAUUAGUGUUGCAAGGUCUCAGAUGUGAAUGGGGAGAAGGUGUGUUAAAUUUGGUGUUAUCACUCUCACACUCUCUCUUAUACUGCUCACUGGAAGUUCAACAUGGCACCACAUGGCAAAGAACUCUCUGAGGAAAAAGAAUUGCCAAUACCCUGAAACUGAGCUGCAGCAUGGUGAGCAAGACCAUACAGCGGUUUCACAGGACAUGUUCCACUCAGAACAGGCCUCGCCAUGGUCGACCAAAGAAGUUGAGUGCACAUGCUCAGCAUCAUAUUCAGAGGUUGUCUUUGGGAAAUAAACGUAUGAGUGCUGCCAGCAUUGCUGCACAUGUUGAAGGGGUGAGGGGGUCAGCCCGUCAGUGCUCAGACCAUACUCCACACACUGCAUCAGAUUGGUGUGCAUGGCUGUCGUCCCAGAAGGAAGCCUCUUCUAAAGAUGGUGCACAAGAACGCCCACAAACAGUUUGCUGAAGACAAGCAGACUAAGGACAUGGAUUACUGAAACCAUGUUCUGUGGUCCGAUGAGACCAAGAUAAACUUAUUUGGCUCAGAUGGUGUCAAGUGUGUGUCAACCAGGUGAGAAGUACAAAGACAAGUGUGUCUUGCCCAGUGGCGGACUAAGGGGGGGGCAGCAGGGGCAGUCCGCCCCAGGUACCACUUACUAGGGGGGUGCUCGGGGCUAACAUGUCUUAUGUAAAGGGAUCGGCCGCUUAGGAAAUUAUCCACACGAUUUCCUAUCCAGCAGCAGCAGUAGGUCCUCUGUUCUCGCGAUCCGCGAGAGCGUUACCGCGGGUUGCGAGAACAGAGGACCCUGCUGCUGCUGCUGGAUGGGAAACAAGCAUGGAGAGUACUGGGCCCCUCUUCACUGCCACCGGACCACCAGUUGAGGAGAAUGGGACAGGCAGGUAAGUGUCAGCACUUAUUCCACACAACAUACACACUGCAUCUGCAUACACUAUACACACACUGCAUACACUAUACACACUGCACACUUCAUACACUAUACACACACUGCAUACAUUAUACACACAAGCUGCAUUCACUAUACACACACUGCAUACACUAUACAAGCGCACACAAUGCAUCCACUACGCAAACACACUGCAUCCACUACACAAAUACACUGCUUUCACUAGGCAAACAAACACUUAUACAUGUGUAUCUGUAUGUCUGUGUAUCUGUAUGUGUAUCUGUUUGUGUGUUUGUGUAUCUGUUUGUGUGUCUGUGUUUGUUUCGGUGUUCAGUGCCAAAUACAUUAAAAAAGAAUUGCAGUUGUCUUCUACAUUUCAAAGUUGGGAGGAGAGGGGAGGGGGUGCCCGGGUGCCAAAUACUCCAGGUACGCCCCUGGUCUUGCCUUCAGUCAAGCAUGAUUGCAGCCGGCACUGUGGAGCUACAGUUCAUUGAGGGAGCCAUGAAUACCAACAUGUACUGUGACAUACUGAAGCAGAGCAUGAUCCCCUCCCUUCAGAGACUGGGUCACAGGGCAUUAUUCCAACAUUUGGUUAGCAAGCCCUAUAUUUAACCCUGUAACUUUCCAGGACAUCAUAAAACCUGUACAUAGGGGGCACUGUUUUACGCAGGAGAUUUCGCUGAAUACAAAUAUUAGUGCAAAGCAGUAAAACAUAUCACAACAAUGAUAUCGUCAGUAAAAGUGCUAUUUUUUACAUUUUUCACACACAAACGGCACUUUCACUGACGAUAUCAUCGUUAUGAUAUGUUUUACUGUUUUUAAACACUAAUAUUUGUGUCAGCGAAGUCUCCCGAGUAUAACGGUACCCACCAUUUACAGGUUUUUGGUAUUUUCAAAAGUUACAGAGUCAAAUAUAAACCUUGCAUUUCCUUUCCUCACAUUUAAAUUUUGCCGGAUUGGUUAUGUUGCCUUUGAGACCGUAUGGUAGCCCAGGAAUAAGAAUUACCCUCAUGAUGGCAUACCAUUUGCAAAAGUAGACAACCCAAGGAAUUGCAAUUGGGGUAUGUUCAGUCUUUUGUAAAAGCCACUUAGUCACAAACACUGACCAAAAUUAUCGUUCAAAUUAGUUUUUUGCAUUUUUCACACACAAACAAAUUUAAACGCUAACUUUGGCCAGUAGUUUGUCACUACUAAAAAAAGACUGGGCAUACCCCAUUUGUAAUACCUUGGACUGUCUACUUUUGCAAAUGGUAUGCUAUCAUGGGGGUAAUUUUCAUUCCUGGGCUUCCAUACGGUCUCAAAGGCAACUUGACCAGUCUGGCAAAUUUCAUGGGCAUAAACAAAAAAAUUUAAUGGGCUAUAUUUGACCUUGUAACAUUCCAAACCACCAUAAAACCUGUACAUGGGGGAUACUUUUGUACUCGUGAGACAUCGCUGAAUACAAAUAUGUGUACUCUAUUGCAGUAACAGCUAACGGUAUUAUAACAUUCACAGUUAAAAUGCCAUGCAGAACUAAAAAAAAAUUCUUAAUUUCUCAAAUGUUUUAUAUUUUUUCAUAUUAAAUUAUGUUUAAUAUAUAAAUAUUUGAUUUGAAAUAAAAGCCCUGUUUCUCCUAAACAAAAUGAUAUAUAAUAAUUGUGGGUGCAUUUAAUAUGAAAGAGGUGAAUUAUGGUUGAACAACAUGUAGCGCAAAUUCCAGGUUUUGUUUAUGUUUUGUUUUGAUCUAAACUUUUACAACUGCCUCCUUCCUUAACCCCUUAAGGACGGAGGGCGUACUAUUACGCCCUGCAGGAGCCGGCUCUAAACGCCGGCGGGCGUAAUAGUACGCCCUCACUUUAAUGGCCGCCCAUGUGGCCGGCGCUAUUCGCCCGCUGCAGAUCGCGGUCGGGGGGGAUGCCCGGCCCCCCAGGCAACCCCCCCUGUGGCCGGUGACCGCGAUCUGCAGUCACUGAUCGCAGUGACAGGCUGUCACUGCGAUCAGUUUUUAAAGUGUGUCAGCCGAUUUCAAAUCGGCUGACACACGUGGCCAGCGGCUUUCUGCUAUGCAGAUCGCGGUCGGGGGACUUACCUGGCCCCCCAGGCAGUCCCCCUGGGGUCAGUGACCGCGAUCUGCAAGUCUGAGAUCGCAGUGACAGGCUGUCACUGCGAUCUCAGAGCGCUCUGAUCGCAGUGACAGCCUGUCACUGCGAUCAGUGUUACAUGUGUCAGCCUAUUGGCUGACACAUGUAACUGGCACAAAGAUCCCCCUGCAGAUUGGAAGGGGGGAGUGCUUGUACCACCCAGGCACUCCCCCCUGUGGCCAAUUACCCAAUCUGCAGGAGGUGAUCACAGUGACAGGCAGUCACUGUGAUCACUGAUCCUGUGUGUCAGCCAGUGAUGUAAAAUCACUGACUGACACUGCCCCCUCUCCUGUAAAAAUAAAUAAAAUAUUAGUUUAAAAAAAAAAAAAUUACAGUUACAUAUAAAAUAUACUUAGAUCAUAUAUAUUAUAUAUAUAUAUAUGAUCUAAGUAUAUAUAUAUAUAUACACACACACACACACACACACACACAUUUACACAUACACGAAGUGUAUUUAAAUAUUAAUAUAUAUAAUUAUUUAUAUAUAUAUUACUAUCAAAUUACACGUAGACUAAUACUGAUUAAAUAUAUAUAUAUAUAUAAUUAAUUAUUGUUAUAUAUAUUUAUAUAUAAUAUAAAAAAAUGUAAAUACGUAAAAUAAAUAAAAUUAAAAAAAUAAUUAAAAAUAAAUAAAAAAAUAUAUAGAUGUUUGUUUCGUUCUAACUGUAUUGUGAUAUUAAUAUAUAUAUAUUUAUAUCAAAAUACACGUAGAACAAAAUAAUAUAUAUAUCUAUAUACAUAAAUAUAUACGUAUAUAUCACUAUAUAUAUAUACACCUAUAUAUAAAUAAAAAUAUUUUAAAAAAUUAUAUAUAUAUGUAUAUAUACACAUAUGUGUAUAUAUAUACAUAUAUUAAUUCUACACAUAUAUUUAUGUAAUAUUUUUACAUAAUUAGGUAUCCUAAUUAAUUACAAUUAGCGGGACCUGCCUAACAACCCUUGCCGAAAGUAUAGGGAAUUUAAUUUGCUAGCACUAUAUUUAACCCUAUAACUUUCCAAGACACCAUAAAACCUGUAAAUUGGGGGUACUGUUUUACUCGGGAGACUUCGCUGAACACAAAUAUUAGUGUUUCAAAACAGUAAAAUGUAUUACAACAAUGAUAUUGCCAGUAAAAGUGAAGUUUUUUGCAUUUUUCAUGCACAAACAGCACUUACACGGAUGAUAUUAUUGCUGCAAUACUUUUUACUGUUUUGAAACACAAAUAUUUGUGUUCAGCGAAGUCUCCCGAGUACAACAGUACCCCUCAUGUACAGGUUUUAUGGUGUUUUCAAAAGUUACAGCGUCAAAUAUAAGGCUUGUGUUUCAUUUUUUUCACAUUAAAAUUCCCCAGAUUGGUUACGUUGCCUUCGUGACCCUAUGGUAGCCCAAGAAUGAAAAUUACCCCUAUGAUGGCAUACCAUUUGCAAUAGUAGACAACCCAAGGUAUUGCAAACAGGGUAUGUCCAGUCUUUUUUAGUAGCCACUUAGUCACAAACACUGGCCAAAAUUGGCAUUUUUUGCAUUUUCACACAAACAGAUACUAACGCUAACUUUGGCCAGUGUUUGUGACCAAAUGGCUACUAAAAAAGACUGGACAUACCCCGUUUGCAAUACCUUGGGUUGUCUACUAUUGCAAAUGGUAUGCCAUUAUGGGUGUAAAUUUCAUUCCUGGGCUACUAUACAGUCUCAAAGGCAACGUAACCAAUCUGGCGAAUUUCAAUUUCAAAUGUAACGUGCUAUAUUUGACCCUGUAACUUCCCAAAACGCCAUAAAACCUGUACAUAGGGGGUACUGUUUUACACGUGAGACUUUGCUGAAUACAAAUAUGUGUAUUUUAUUGCAGUAAAAGCAAACAGUAUUAUGACACUGACCGUUAAAAUGUCAUGUAGAACUAAAAAAAUCAAAAAAAUCGUAUUUUCUCCCAUUUUUUUCAUAUUAAAUUAUGUUUCAUAGCUAAAUAUUUGAUAUUAAAUGAAAGCCCUGUUUCCCCUGAAUAAAAUGAUAUAUAAUAAGGGUGGGUGCAUUUACUAUGAAAGAGGUGUAUUACGGUUGGACAGACAUGUAGCGCAAAUGCCAGGUUUUGUUUACAUUUUGUUUCGUUCACAACGUGUACAUUUGGCUCCGUCCUUAAGGGGUUAAGAGGUUGAGCUGUAGUUGUUCUGGUAACUAUAGUGUCCCUUUAUAUAGAAGAUGCUUGAACUCUUUAACAUGUACAGCAUUUAAAGGACCACUCUAGGCACCCAGACCACUUCAGCUUAAUGAAGUGGUCUGGGUGCCAGGUCCAGCUAGGGUUAACCCAUUUUUUUAUAAACAUAGCAGUUUCAGAGAAACUGCUAUGUUUAUAAAUGGGUUAAUCCAGCCUUCAAAUCCUCUAGUGGUUGUCUCAUUGACAGCCGCUAGAGGCGCUUGCGUGCUUCUCACUGUGAAAAUCACAGUGAGAAGACACAAGCGUCCAUAGGAAAGCAUUAUGAAUGCUUUCCUAUGAGACCGGCUGAAUGCGUGCACAGCUAUUGCCGUGCGUGCGCAUUCAGCCAAAAGGGAGGAGAGGAGGAGGAUCGGAGGUGGAGAGCUCCCCGUCCGGCACUGGAGAAAGGUAAGUUUUAACCCCUUUCCUCUCCCCAGAGCCAGGCGGGAGGGGGACCCUGAGGGUGGGGGCACCCUGAGGGCACUAUAGUGCCAGGAAAAUGAGUAUGUUUUCCUGGCACUAUAGUGGUCCUUUAACAGUUUCAAAACUUAAUAUUUAUCCUAUAAAGAAAAUUUAUAUUUUAAUAAGAAAUGUUUAAACACCAGUAACGGAGAGGUAGACAUAGAGGGGUAGGCUUGCACUGAUAUUUUUCUGGUGCACACACAAUAUUGCUCUAUGUUUAUUUUAUAUUUACAUGUAUCUUUUUUAUGAAGGUGUGCAUUAUUUAUAAAUUAUGUUAAUGUAAAUCUAUGGAUGCUACCGCUAUAUACUCACCCAACAUAUGCAGUUCCUCCAUUCCAAAUUAAUGCAAUUAACAUUCCACAAUUUGUAGCCCUUAAUUGAAUAUUAGGUGCUAUGAUAUUCUUCUGCAUCUCUUGCUGUGUGCCCAGUUGCAUUUGAAUUUCACAAUUAUAGUCAUUAAUACUAUGUCUUCGUCACACGGUCACCUAUGACAUAGCUAUGAAGCUCCAAAAGACCAAACUAGUAAAUAGUUUUGUUUUACCAUACAUUAGGAAGCACUUGGCUGGAAUAAAGUAUAGGAAAUCUUCUCAACAAAUUGUGAGAUACCUUUAUUUAGAGAGUAAAUUGCACUUUUUAUAAUAAUUUACUGCAUACCAUGCAAGACAGUGAAAAAUAUCACUAUCCUAUUACUAUUAUCAUAUGAGUAUAAAUCAUGUCAAUAUUCAUAACAACAUUAAAAGAAUGGAUGAUGCGGGAAGUGAGGGAGAUGACUCAGGUGAUAUAUUUACAACUUAUCUGAGCAAUAUUCAAGUGAUUAACUACAAAUGUCAAUGGCUUAACACUUUUUGCUGUUAAAUGUACUUAACCAACAGAAAAUAAACAUACAGAUGUCUUUUUAUUAAUCUUUUUUAUUACAUCUGACAUCUUACACUGUCUUUUUAUUCAUUUCUUUGCUUACACCUUUUUAAUACAUUACUUAUAUUUACCUUGAUAAGGUAAUGAGUUCAUUUAAAAUAAAAAAAAGUGUAAUAAUAGUUUAACAAAUAAUUAAGUUACAGAUAAGUAAACCAUGCUGUAAAUAGAUAUGUAUAUAAUUAUUAUAUAUGUUGUCACAUGACGUUCCCCAAAACAUAUCACCUUCAUUGCUGCCAGACUGGUGCAAGGAUUUUUGGAUACACAGGCAAAGCUGCAUUUUGCUGCUUCUCCCUCCAAAUAAAUGUAUCUUCAACUAUGUCUUUUAACCCUCCUCUUUAGAUUUUUACCUCCUUUUGUGUCUUACCCUCUAUACCAUGGGUCCUCAAGCUCUGGCCCCCCAGAUGUUGCUAAACUACAACUCCCAUGAUUCUUCGAAUUACAUAGAUAGCCAUAGAAUCAUGGGAGUUGUAGUUCGGCAACAUCUGGGGGGAGUUUGAGGACCCAUGCUCUAUAUUAUCCACCAUUUUUUUCCUUUGUGUGUCUUACAUUCCCUUGUGUGUCUCUUCCCCCAAGCUGGGAGGUGCUGUCAGAAAUGGACAAAUAUUGUGAUCUAUCCAAUAUAUAUGACUAAAGCAGCUUAGCGGAUGAUCACCAAAUACCUGAGUUCUUAAAGGAACACUACAGUCACCUAAAUUACUUUAGCUAAAUGAAGCAGUUUUAGUGUAUAGAUCAUUCCACUGCAAUUUCACUGCUCAAUUCACUGUCAUUUAGGAGUUAAAUCCCUUUGUUUCUGUUUAUGCAGCCCUAGCCACACCUCCCCUGGCUAUGAUUGACAGAGCCUGCAUGAAAAAAUAAACUGGUUUCACUUUCAAACAGAUGUAAUUUACCUUAAUAAUUGUGUAUCUCAAUCUCUAAAUUGAACUUUAAUCACAUACAGGAGGCUCUUGCAGGGUCUAGAAAGCUAUUAACAUAGCAGGGGAUAAGAAAAUCUCAAUUAAACAGAACUUGCAAUAAAGAAAGCCUAAAUAGGGCUCUCUUUACAGGAAGUGUUUAUGGAAGGCUGUGCAAGUCACAUGCAGGGAGGUGUGACUAGGGUUCAUAAACAAAGGGAUUUGACUCCUAAAUGGCAGAGUAUUGAGCAGUGAGGCUGCAGGGUCAUGUUCUAUACACCAAAACUGCUUCAUUAAGCUAAAGUUGUCCAGGUGACUAUAGUGUCCCUUUAAGUAUUUGCAAUAGAAUGCCAUGGUCUACUGUAUGAAAAGCCAAUUAAGAAUCAUCUUCCAUAUCAGUUUGAAUGUUAUUGCAAACUUUUAAGAGGGCAAAUCUAGUUUAGUGAUUUGGAUGAAAGCCUGAGUGAUCAGGGGUUAGAUAGUUUAAUUGUUGAUAAUACGCACAUAGUUGUGUGUGAAUGCAUUUUUCAAGAUUUUUGACAAUACAGGGAUCGAUGAUAUUGGAUGAUAGAUACCAAAGUAUUGUCAUCAUUUUUAUGGAUAGGUACUACUCUUGCAGUCUUCCAACAUUUGGUUGGGUGUUCAGACACCAAGGACCAAUUGAUUAGGGCCCCAACAGUUUAAUAAUCAUUCAAAUAAUUUCACAAACACAGAUUUUACACUCACAAGCUUGUAAUUUCCAGGGAGAUAUGUUGGUCACUGAAAAUGUGUGCACUACAUCUGUGUUCUUGACAAUUCUUUGGUGUAAUUCCUAAUGGGGAAAAAAUAAAUCUUGAGCGAUUAAAAAACAAGUGGUUUGGCACUUGGCAUAGAUAGAGGGUUACUCCAAGCUAAAACAGUGUUUUAAUAAAACUCUAUUUUGGAUGGAGAAAUCCUUGCUGGUACAGUUCCUGCCAAAAUAAGAUAUUAGAGAAAAACAUACCUGUGAUCCUGUGCCAAGGCCAAGUUCUCCCUGCAGCUAGACCUCUGUAACCUCACUCCCUCUUUCUGCAAAAGGAGGGAUGUUGGGAUGUCAUAGAUGAUUCAGGGCAGCAUGGAGGAGGGACUGUGCUGCCAUUGGUGGUCUAUUACCAGCAUGCUAUGCAUGCUGAAGAUAGAUUCAAGCAAUGCACAGAAUUGACACUAAUAGGGCAGCACUCUUACUGUACCAUGACUACUUCAAAGUCAUUUUUGCAGUAGAAUGCCAUGUUCUACUGUGCCAAAUGCCUUGGCAAUAUCAAUCCAUGAUGCUUAGAGUAACCUUUAAGUGUGUUUUAAUUUGAACAAACUAUUUUUUGUUUUGUUUUUUUCUAAUACCAGAAUCUAAGUUCUCAUAGUAAUAUUUUUGUUUAUUACCUACUCAUUCUCUCUUAGUACCAUAUGAAAUAAACAUUUAAAAAUAAUUAUAUUGCAUCAUAUAUUGUGAUUAUUGUAUGCAUGUAUUGCAUGUACAAACAGAUUAGCUAUAAACAUAAUUUAAAGAAAAAUAAAAUAGGCACAAAAAAUGAAAUGAAAAACAAAUGGAAAAAUGAAAAGAGCUGAAAUUUUAUGUACAAAUUAAAGAAUGGAUAAAAUAUCACUGAACAUGUGGAAUGUGGAAAGAUAAAUGAACAGUAAUGAACGAUUGCUUCCGAUUGCUUUGUUAUUAUUGUUGGAGAUGCAGGAGGAAGGCUUACUAUGUGUGGUCCACACAUUCAUAGAUACGCGCAUUCCAAUCGGUUCUGCUCCAAAACAAAUUUCAAUGAUAAAUUGAAAAAUUAUUAAUAAACGUAAUGUUGUAAAAAAAGGAAAUUAUGAUAAUCUAAACUGAAAUUAUUUUAUACAUGUUUAAACAUAUUUAUUUUUUUACUAUUUUUAUUUUCUUAUUGUGACUCAAUUUAAAAUGUAUUUCUAUUUACUUAAUUCAGUCUAUUGCUUUAUAUGGUAAGCUGUGAUUGAAUUUGCUGUAUUGAACUGUCUAAUGGCUAUUAUUGACUAUUUAUCCAUUUAUUUAUUGCUGGUUUUCCUUUCCAGGUUUUUGUAUGAAUAUGCUAGUAAUUAUGCUCAAGCGCCACUACUUGUGGUUGCUAAUUCUACCAGCAACUAUAUCAGUAUGGCAGCAGCUUGUUGCACAGCUAAGAAAUCUGCCACGUGUUUCGUGAAACAGGUUUGUUUUACUUAAUUUGAUGCUAUUACAUUGGCGACUAGUGAAGUUUUAAGAUAGUGGGGUGCCUGACUUAUCUCCCAGAAUUUUACUCUUCACUGUACAUUUCAGAGAUACACAUACAAUACAGAGAGCUGAGCAUAAUACAGAGAUGCUCAUAAAAUAAAACACGCUGGGCACAACAUGAAGAUGUCUAUAAAAUACAUAGCGCUGCGUACAAUACAGAGAUAACCAUACCACAAACAGAACAGAAAAAAAUGGAAAUGUAACGCACAGAGCUGGGCACAAUACUAAGAUACCCAUUCAAUGCACAGAGCUGGGUAGAAUACAGAGAUACCCAUACAGCAGGUAGAGCUGAGAAAAAGACACAAGAAUAACACAGAGCUGGGCACAAUAAGAAGAUAUAACUAUCCCACACAACCAGGAUACAACCACAGUACAUGUCUGUGCAAAAUGUUCUCUCUCUCUCUGGCUUCUAUUUCUAUCUCUCUAGCCCUCUCUUAGUCCACCAUUACAUGGUCUCAUUGUAAGUAGUGCUUCUGUUAUGAUACAUUUAGCUUUCUAUUAAAUAUUGCUGCUGUUAUGGAAUGUCAGCUAUUCCAUCAGCUCUCAGCACAUAGUGUGCACAUGGUUAAAACAUUAAGAUAUUGACUUCAACCGUGUCAGCUACUCCAGACUAACUAUUAGUUCUGAGCACACAGUGUACACAGGGUUAAAGUAGCAGGGUACUGAUAGACUCAUUAUUACCUUUGCAACUGGCAAUAUAAUUAAUCUGCAGAGGUAAUAUGGAUCAAAGAAGUUGCUGACAUGGUUAACAGAAGCAACAAUCAUAACAGAUUAAAAACGAAUCAGAUCAGUCCUCAGAGUCACAUCCUCAGUCCUGCAGUUUGAAGCUUCACAACUAUUCAACUAACCACAGCACAAAUGUCUCAGAUCUCAGCUGUAGAGAGAUCUAAUGUUUACACUUGCCUUAUUGCACAUUCUGUUUAAUUUGUUUACUUUAGGAAGGGUCUGCAUUGUUUCUAAUUUUACAUUUUGCGUCAGAACAUGUAGAUUGCUCCUUUGUGCCUUUUAACCUUUGUGCCAUAGUAAAAAAAACAAGAAACGAAAAAUUAAAAAUACACUUUCAAAGUGUUAGGUACCUUGUGUAAAACAAAUAGUUAAAUACUAAUACACCCAUUUUAAUUCUGGUUUAUAACACAUCAAAAUGUGAACACAUCCAAGGAGGGUGAAUACUUUGCAAGACAUUGCAUUUUUGUUGAUAUGGAAUAAUAAUCCUUAUUUUUUUUUAUUCACAUGCAGAAACUCCAGAGACAACCUAUCCAUUUACUUACAGUGAUGUCAAAUAGACUGUGUGCACGUUACAGUUAUGGAGAAGAAAAGUUUAAAUUCAGGUAAAACGCAGCAAUAUAUGUGUGUGUGUAUUUUACGUGUUACAUUUUCUUUAUUUUUGCAUAAUAUUGUUUUCCUGUUAAAUAUGUUUUUGUUGUUGUGUUUUUCUAUGUCUACAUGUGUGUUUUAAGAUUCCACUUUUAAUUACCAAUGGCAUGAAUAUAUGUUAUAACAAACUACCCUUAUAGAUCUUAUGUCAAUAUGCCCCACUAAUUUAACACAUGCAUGGCGCUAUAGAGCUACAAAUGCAGAAUAAGCAGGACAUCCCUUAUUGGCAUAUGAUACAUAAGGGGAUGUGGAUGUACUCUUUAGAGGGCUAAAUAAGAGUAGCACACACCAGGCUUUUCAAAUUUGCAUGCAUAAUUAUUUCUUUUUUUCUCCAGUGCCUCAAUAAUGUUCAGCCAAAAAGUACCUUCUGCAGAAUAUAAAGAUAUAAUACCAAUUGUGGAACAGGGCACACAGGUGCUUGCUAAGUGCUGCAGCUCAUUGACAGAUAAUUGCAUGGAGAGUGAGGUAUGUAUAUCAAAACAGUACUGUGUUGUGACUUAUUCUAACAGUAAUGUUCAUGUUGCAUUGUGUACAAUAGCUAUCUGUCAGACAAACCUCUUCGCUUUUUUUAAAGUUAUAGUUCUAAAAACACAGUUGGCGUUUUGUUUGUUUUUUUGUUAUGUUAAGAAUGUCUGCUUUGACACACAUUUAUAAAAAAAUACAGUCUAGAAAAUAACAUUAUUACGGAAUAACAAACUGUGCUCUUUUUUACUCUGAUGGUUAAUUCUAGUUGGCAUCCCCAAUGGUAUGCAAUGACUGAUUAUAAGAUUACAUAGUAAAUCGAAGCAGUGUUAAACCUUUGUAACAUUCAUUUGUUUAUGAAAGCAAACACUUUUCGCAGCUUUAUUCUGCAUGUUUUUCCAAAUAUGGUUUUUAUUGAAUUUUUAGAAACAUGACAAAUAAGCAUUGAUUUAAAGUGCAAGUAAUGUAUACUGUGUAACAGCAAAUUUUCACCAGACAAGUACAAAAAGCAAACUAAAACAAAAAAAAUACUAUAGUAUUGAAAUUUCAGACAAUUGUCUUGAGAUAUAUAGAAAUAAAAUGCAUUCUAGCCCCCUACCACACUAUUCCAAUUUGUGGUUGUACAGUUAAUGCCUCAAGUUCUGGUAAUGUACUUUAAUUACCCUGCCAAUAAUUUGCAUGAUUAAUAAGUAAACAUUGAGGAUACGUCUAUUGUCAUCCUUUGCCUACAGCUUCUCAGGGUUAGAUUUCAUUUUUAAACUAUUAUACAGGACUGUCUGAAGGGCACAUGGUAUCCACUGUGAGUUUUACCCACAUGUACCCACUUGUGCAUAUCUAGCACAUUUGCUACUGUGAGUUCCUUCCAGGGCUGUGUUUGAAUCAUGCUGGCUCGGCCCUGAUAUCCACUGUGAAUUUUACCCACAUGUACCCACUUGUGCAAAUCUACCACAUUUGCAACUGUGAGUUCCUUCCACGUCUCAAAUGUCAUUUUCUGUACCUCCUCUCACGGGCAACUUGCACAUACUAACACACUCACAAUAAUACUUGCAUGCAGAUUUAGAAACAUAACACAGACUCACACGCACACAGUUACAUACACACAGAGCAACACACAAACCAACAAUGUAUGUUUUAUCAUGCUGUCACUUGAAUCCCACUGUGAGUUGGAGGGGCAGGGCUGUAACUCCAUGGAGCUGGAACAUGGCAAUUGUAGUACUGUAGCAAUUUAAAGGUCUACGCUUGGCCACCCUUUGUAUAGACCAGGGCUAGGCAACCUUAGGCACUGAAGAUGUUGUGGACGACAUCUCCCAUAAUGCUCUUACAGCCAUACUACUAGCAAAACCUCAGGGAAAAUGUAGUCCACAACAUCUGGUGUGCCAAAGGUUGCCUACCCUGGCCUGGUAUAGACUAAUAGAGGCCAAACAAAUUCAAAUCACAAUAAUGUCUCAACCAUAGAUUUUGAUUAAACUGUGUUUGCUAUAAAGAGACACCACGUAAAGUAUGUCAUGAUGAGUGAAAAUUAAAAUGCUCCACAAGUACCACUACAAGGAUACAUUUACAGGAUCACUAUAGGGUCAUGAACACAAACAUGUAUUCCUGACCCUAUAGUGUUAAAACCACCAUCUAGCCCCCCUGGGCUCCUCAUGCCUCCAUAAAUAUAGCAACAUCCUACUGUAUUCAAACCAGAAGCUGUAGAUUUGCAUGUUGUUUGCCUCAGAAAAAAAGCAGUCUGCUGACAUCAUCAGAAGUGGUAGCCUGAUACAAUCACAAUGCUUCCCCAUAAGUUUGGCUGUGACUGACAAAAAGGCAGAUCAGGGGCAGAGCCAGCAUGAUUCAAACACAGCCCUGGCCAAUCAGCAUCUCAUCAUAGAGCCAAAUUGAAUCAAUUCAUCUCUAUGAGGAAAGUUCAGUGUCUGCAUGCAGAGGGAGAAGACACUGAAUGUUUGGAUGCAUUUUAGGCAGCCACGACCCAGGAAGGAUCUCUAACAGCUAUCUGAGGAGAGGCCAGUGAAGUUAUCACUAGGCUGAAAUGUAAACACUGCAUUUUCUCUGAAAAGACAGUGCUUACAGCAAAAAGCCUGAAGGUAAUGAUUCUACUCACCAGAACAAAUUCAAUAAGCUGUAGUUGUUCUGGUGACUAUAGUGUCCCUUUAAAUUAGAAGUUUUUGCGUGAAGCAGGAUAGGAUAUCAUUGCAUGCUUGCCUGUUAAUUAUUCAUUAGGAGCCCCGCAACUAUGCCUUUCUGCUAAAACUGUUUUUAAUUUUGCAGCUCUCAGUACACAUUAAACAAGUGUGCAAAACACUUUCAACAAAAGACAGCAGAAUUGCCGAGUGCUGUAAGAAGUCACAUAUAGAUACCAUUCACUGCCUGCAUUCCUUGCCAGCCGCUGAGCCUAUUUCACUUCCAAAGCUACAGCUGCCGACAAGCAAUCAGUUCUGCAAGAAGGGCAAGAACCAGGAAGUUGAAAAGUAAGUGUAAUAUUUUUUUGUUAUCAUAAAAGUGCAUAUAUUAAAGAAAAUUUGAAGUUUUCAUAGAGAACAUAAUGAAAUGAUAACUACAAUGAAAAUAAUACAUUGCGAGCGGCUGAUAUAUAGCUGGCAAAGGGUUAAGUUUAUUAAUGCAGUCAAGUGACCUAGCACCAGCGACGCUCCUAAACAUAAAAGAAUGGGCUUGCACUGUCCAAAAAUAAAAUUUUCCAAAAAAAGAAUAAUAAUUUUGCCCUUCUUGCUACAAAAACCCAUUUGAUAAAUCAACCUUAGGCUGUGCUGCCUGUGGUUCUUCCCUUUCAUUGUGUUGUUUUAUUUAGUAUAAAUGGAAAAAAAAACCUUCCUCAAGUAAACAAUGCCGCUGUGCAGCUGGAAAGGGAACUAUGCACAAAAAGAAUAGUAAUAUUGCCUAAUACUCCCCUUUUGUACAACAUUUUGGGGAUGAUUUUUUAGCACUGACAUUUUUUUUUACAUUUAUACUUUAUUUGAAAGUUUGAGGAAUAACGUUUCAUGUGUCUGGCAGCUUUUGAUUCCAGACUCUUGUUGAUAAUAUUUUGUACUGUUUAUAAAUCACACUGCGCCUUUUUCAUGCCAACACAAACCACUUUAUCAAUGUAUAGUGUGUCAAUGUAUAAUGAAUAGUGUGCAGCUCGGAGGCAAACUAACAAUUCAGAUGCUUUGUGUAUGUGCAAAACCCAUAGAAUGUUUGCAGCAAUACUUAGGCUUAUAAGGAUGACAUCAUUAUACACCCUGUUCCAAAUUAUUAUGCAAAUUAUAUUUUUCUAAUUUACCUAAAUAAUUGAUGUAAAUAACAGUCAGCAUAGUUCUCAUGUUAUCAACUAUUAAGAGUACAAUUCAAAUGUUAUUGAACAAACCUCCUAAUGAUAAAAGUAUUUUUUUUAAACAUAAAAAAUUUACAAUGCACUGUUCCAAAUUAUUACGCACAGUAAGUUUCAAAACACUUGAUACGUUGUAAAGAACUGAAAAUUGUCAUUUGUUGUGUUUGCAGCAUAUUUACUGAAAUCAAAAGCUAUUUCAAUCAAACUUAUAACAACAUUUUAACUUUUUAAACAUUUUAACAGGUCACGUUACAUUUUAACAUAGGACCCCUUAUUUGAUAGCAGCUUCACAAGUCUUGCAUCCAUUGAACUUGUGAGUUUUUGGACAGUUUCUGCUUAAAUUUAUUUGCAAGAUGUCAGAAUAGCUUCCCAGAGCUGCUGUUUGGAUGUAAACUGCCUCCCACCCUCAUAGAUCUUUUGCUUGAGGAUGCUCCAAAGGUUCUCAAUAGGAUUGAGGUCAGGGGAUGAUGGAGGCCACACCAUGACUUUCUCUCCUUUUAUCCCCAUAGCAGCCAUUGAUGCAGAGGUAUUCUUUGCAGCAUGAGAUGGUGCAUUGUCAUGCAUGAAGAUGAUUUUAUUACGGAAAGCAUAGUUCAGUCAGUCAGAAACUCCACAUACUUUGCAGACGUUAUUUUUACACCUUCGGGGACCCUAAAGGGGCCGACCAGCUCUCUUCCCAUGAAUCCGGCCCAAAACAUGACUCCACCACCGCCUUGCUGACGUCGCAGCCUUGUUGGAACAGGGUGGCCGUCCACCAACCAUCCACUACUCCAGUUUCACGGUACUCAUCAGUAAACAGGGCUGUUUGAAAAUUAGUCUUCAUGUAUUUUUCUGCCCAAUGCAGCCGUUUCUGCUUGUGAGCAUUGGUUAGUGGUAGCCAAAUAGAAGGUUUAUGCACAGUUGCAAGACUCUGGAGUACUCUACACCUUGAUGUCCAUGGGACUCCAGAGGCACCAGAAGCUUCAAAUAUCUGUUUGCUGCUAUGUAAUGGUAUUUUAGCAGCUGCCCUCUUGAUCCGAUGCAUGGAUCUGGCAGAAAUCUUCCUCAAUUUGCCUUUAUCUACACAAACCAGUCUGUGCUCUGACUCAGCCACAAAUCUCUUAAUAGUGCGAUGAUCACACUUACGUUUUCGUGAAAUAUCUAAUGUUUUCAUACCUCGUCCAAGGCAUUGAACUAUUUCACUCUUUUCGGCAGCAGAGAGAUCCCUCUUUUCUUCCCCAUAUUGCAUGAAAAUGGUGCUCUGCUUAAUAAUGUGGAACACCCUCCUUUAGUAGUUUUUCCUUAAAUUGGGCUCACCUGGCAAUCUAAUUAUCACAGGUGUCCGAGAUUGUUUUCAGUGAUCAAAAGAGCCCUGAGACACAAUGCCAUCCAUGAAUUAAACUGAAAAUCAAAAUAUUUAAUCUUUGUAACACUUAAAUAGAAUUUGCAUAAUAAUUUGGAACAGGGUGUAGAUGCACACAUAGUAACACAUUAAAGUGUGUAUAUCUAGUUAAAAAAAACAAAAAAACAGAAAACACAUACUACACAAAUUUCAAGCACCUCAAUUAAAACUAUAGAAAUGGUGUUAAAACACAAGAAGUUCUUUACCAUGAUUCAAUAUAAACUUUGCUAACAAAAGCAUUCUCAAUCUUUACUGCCUGUUUUGCUAAACUAAUCUGUGGUCUCUGAUCUUACUUUAAAACAGAUACUCCUGAUUUGUCUGCAUCCUCCUUAAAUUAUGUCUCCAGCUGCCUUUCUGUUGCAUCUAACUAGAUACAAAGCUAAUUUUCUUAAACUAAAUUUCUACAAAAUAAGUUUCUUGCCUUUCUUUCUUCAAGCACUACUACCCCCAUGUCUAUCUCCCUCCAGGUCAAUUGUACUAUCUAUCCAUAGCACAGGUUUGCUGCCUUUAUAUUAUGUUCAAUUCCAAUCUCUUCUUCACAUCUCACAUUCUGUCAAUUACCAAAUCCUGUUGCUUCCACCUUAAAGGGACACUAUAGUCACCAGAACAACUACAACUUAUUGAAUUUGUUCUGGUGAGUAGAAUCAUUACCUUCAGGCUUUUUGCUGUAAACACUGUCUUUUCAGAGAAAAUGCAGUGUUUACAUUACAGCCUAAUGAUAACUUCACUGGUCACUCCUCAGAUAGCUGUUAGAGAUCCUUCCUGGGUCAUGGCUGCCUAAAAUGCAUCCAAACAUUCAGUAUCUCCUCCCUCUGCAUGCAGACACUGAACUUUCCUCAUAGAGAUUCAUUGAUUAAAUUAAUCUCUAUGAGGAGAUGCUGAUUGGCCAGGGCUGUGUUUGAAUCAUGCUGGCUCUGCCCCUGAUCUGCCUCUUUGUCAGUCUCAGCCAAUCCUAUGGGAAAGCAUUGUGAUUGGAUCAGGCAACCACUUCUGAUGAUGUCAGCAGACUGCUAGUUUUUCUGAGGCAAACAGCAUGCAGAGUUACAGCUUCAGGCUUGAAUACAGUAAGAGUUUGCUAUAUUUAUGGAGGCAUGAAAGGCCCAGGGGGGCUAGAUGGUGGUUUUAACACUAUAGGGUCAAGAAUACGUGUUUGUGUUCCUGACGCUAUAGUGAUCCUUUAAGAACAUCUGAACCUACCUAAGACCGGAUGAACAUUCAUUGUACAUUCAUCUUACAUCCUGACUAGAGUAACCCACUUCUUAGUGUUCUUACGCAUUCCCAGCUCAUCUCAUAAUACAUACUGCAGUCAGACACAUCUUCCUGUCUUCUCAUUGGCUCAAUACCUCCCCCUAGGUUAGUCUUCGGCUUCUGAUAAGAUUUAGGGUUCAGUCGAUAAAUCCAGAUCAUUCUUUACUUAUCACUUGAUAAUACUGCCCCUGUCCACUUGUGUUCCCUAUUAAAAAGCAUACCCCAUCCAGGAAUAUUUUGAUGUUUAUAGAUAAUAAUAAGAUUUCUCUAUCAUUAAUGUUUUAAGGAAUAAUCCUGUUUGUUUGUUUUUAACAACCAUUUAUUUUUAUUUUCGAAGAGGCAACAUGCAGUGUAGCAAACAUAUUUGUGCACAGUGGAUUUUCUUUAUUUACUGCCAAAAAGUACAUAAACAACUAAAGAACAGAGAUAUUUCUGCAAUGUCAAGUGAUACAAUUGACACAUCCAAUGUUAUGCAGUCAGGUUUUACAAUAACACUUCUCUAACUCUGAAACCUGGGCCUAAUUAGAGCACAACUUUCUUAAUACAACUGUCUGCUGUGUUUUAUAUCCAAUCUAAGGUGUUCUUCCUGAUAUGGGAUAAUUGGGAAUAAUGUGAUUUAGUGUGUAAAUAUGUAUGUACAUCCAUAAUAAAUGGAAGGGCAUCAGGAACCGAAAAUAUUUUUUAAACAGGUACAUUUAUGUUUUUCAUAUAGAUGUUCACUUUCAAAAGAGACUUACCCUGCUGUGCCAUUUAUUCAUACGUAUACGCCAUUCAUGCAGGGCCGGCCUGUCCAUUGGUCCAUGGCUCCAGGCAGCACUGUGACAGGGGCGGCAUUUUGCAUAAUAUUUAUAUGGUUGAACGCCUUAGUUUUUCCCCCCAUCAGCACCUCUGCAGGGCAGGCUGCGAGGCUUCCCAAAAUGUGAAAAACUCAAAGUUGUUGGGAGAUGGAAGCUGACCUGAGCUUGCCGGGCACAUCUUCAGCACUGAAGUUCCAGCGCUUGUACGUGUAGUGCGAGCUGGAGCUACAGUGCUCAGUUUGCUUUGCAGCAAGGCUGCUCCUGUUUCUGUGAGCUGGUCGGAACGGCAGGGCAAUGAACCUCCUAUGACAGGAGCAGGUAGACAGAAGUCAUGCCUUAGCAGCAGCAGUGGGGUCGUGAGGAGUGGAGCCACGGACACAGGGAUAAGUUUCUGUGCCCGUGCCUGCCACCUUGUUUAGCCAACUCCCUCCUAGUCUGCCAUGUACCCUCAGGAAUUUCUCCCGAAACUACUUCCUACCCUCCUCAAUCCUUCUCCAAACUGCAAACUAAAAAUCCUAAUUCCCCCAAAACCUGACACACAUGUUCCCUGAUCCCUUUCCAGAUUGAUACCUUAACUCCUUAGUCCCUCUCUAAACUGCCUUCUAGUCUUCCUAAUCCUUCCCUAGUCUGACACCUCGACUACCUAAUCCUUCCCCAGUCUGCCACCUCAACUACCGUAUCCUUCCCCAGUCUGCCAUCUCAACUAUAUAAUCCUUCCCCAGUCUGCCAUCUCAACUAUAUAAUCCUUCCCCAGUCUGCCACCUCAACUACCGUAUCCUUCCCCAGUCUGCCAUCUCAACUACAUAAUCCUUCCCCAGUCUGCCAUCUCAACUAACUAAUUCUUCCCCAGUCUGCCACCUCAACUACCAAAUUCUUUCCCAGUCUGCCACCUCAACUACCUAAUUCAUCUCCAGAUUGCCACCUAACCUCCAUAAUCCUUCUUUAGACUACAACAUAAUCUCUUUCCAGCCUUUUCUCUCUCUUCUGUCUCUCAGCCAUCCACAUCAUUCACAGCUACCAACACACAUACACAUGAUUGGCUGCAGUGCACACACAUGGUAAGCCAGUCCCCAGCACACACACAGACACACACUUCACCCCAAGCACACACACAGAAACACACUUCACCCCAGCACACACACAUACACACUUCACCCCCAGAACACACACAGCACACACUUCAACCCUAGCACACACACAGACACACACUUCACCUCCAGCACACACACACACACUUCACCCCCAGAACACACACAGCACACACUUCAACCCUAGCACACACACAGACACACACUUCACCUCCAGCACAAACACUCUUCAUCCCCAACACAUACAGACACUGGUUCUGAGCACACAGACAGACACACUGCCCUCAAACACACAUACACUGCAGCACAAACACACAUACAAAUUACAUCCCCAGCACAAACGCACUGCAUCCAAAAGCACUCACACAAACACUGCAUCCUCCAGACACACAGCAUCACCAGCAUACACAAACAAUACAUUCCCUACACACACUACUUCCCCUAUCUCAUUCUACAUCUCAAACACACACUGUAUCAUCAGCACACACAAUAUAUUCCUUACACAAUGUCCCCUAUACAAACGUUGAUGUAAUCCGCUCCGCACAAACACUCACGCUACAUGAAACAACUACACUAAAAAUUCCAAAUGGCAGCAACAUAACCUGAAAUGACGAUUAUUAUUCAAAAUCAGCCUAAACUUCCACUCCGCUCAUAUUUACAUACACCACGGAAUAUCAAACAAAAAUGCAACACUUUAUUAACAGCCGAAACCCUAUUUGUUGGGCAUGUAUUCUUUAUUAACAACUUGACUGAAGCACAAUAGUCACAAAAUCCCCUAACAAUGCUUGAGAGUGACGUUCUGUAUGCAAUCUAUGAGUAAGGUGACCACAGAGCAAUAUUGCAAUAUGACUUAUGCAGGGAAGCAUCAAAUCCCAUACUGCCCUAUGCAAUGUCCAUAAUAUUCUAUAUAAAAUAAUAUACAAGUAGAGAUUGUAGCCAUAUUAGUCCAGUGAUGUAGAUGUAAAAAACAGAUACAAUUUGUAUCUGGUAUUAUCUGUUUUUUUACAUCUAAAAUAAUAGAGAUGGGCUUGGUACAGAAAACACUUAUCUAAUAGCAUACAUCCGCCAUGACAAUUCAGUUUACUUCUUUUUGGAUUAUUAUUGUUGGUAAAUUAUGUAUAUUGUACUUGGCUAAUAUUUUAAUACAAUUGAAGAAACAUCUAUGUUGUGAUGUCUAACUUAGCGUGCCUUACUCUAAAUAGGUUACUGGAAUGUAUUGAUUGAAUGUGAUGAAGGGAUUGUGAUACGUUUAAUUGUUAUUUUAAUUAUUAUGAUUCAACAUAAUGGAUGUUGGCGUGUUUUGGUGGUGUGGUGGCGCAAGCGGUGGGGGCUGGGGCAGCACAUUGUCUUGGACCAGCCCUGCAUUCAUGCAUAUGUAUGGGUAUGGAAACUCAGUGAUUUUUGUAAGUGCUUGAAGUGUGUGACUCUUUCACUCUGCAGGGGAUAGACGGGGAUUAUACCGUCCAGGCGUUCUUACAGCAGAGCUCUGUUAUAGCUCAUCCAUAUGUGAGUGGAUUGAACUUAGCCUUAUACUAUCUGCUCUAAAGAAUAUAUUUACUGUAUUGCACUAUCAUUUGUUUCUUAAUCUGUUUCCUUUGAGGUUACGAUCCGUUUGGAAUAUUCAAGAUAUAUGUAUGUAUAUUUCACAUAUAUAAAUUAGGCGCGGUAUACGUUUUCCUUUUUUCAGGGGAUAGAUAAUGCCUCUUGUACAGAGGAGUUUAAAGAGGUCACAUACUGCUCAUAGACCUAAGGAUGCUAUACAUAUACGAGUUAUGUUAUGUAGUGUAAAUGUCUAUCAUUUAAAAGUUCAUUGUGCAAUGAAUUCAGUGCAGGAGGUUCACACUGAAUUCAUUGCACAAUGAAAGUAGAAUCUUAUAGGAAAUUAUUAUUAUUAACUGUUCAAGAUCCAAACCAAAUGUGUGACUAGAGUAGUCAAUAGUUUUAAGAUUUUAACUGUGUAGAUAGAUUUUUUUGGCUUCUAUUUUGUUUAAUCAUGGCUAGAUUGUGUAAAGUCUUCAAAUUCUCAAGUCUCCCAUUUCCUAUCUCUAAACGUGUACUGUAUUACAGUAUAAAUCAUUGUAAAGAUGUUUUAUAAUGACCCAGUCUGUGGCCCCUUAUAACUAUUUAAAACAAUAGCACACUAUUGUAUGGGCACUGUAAAAUCUAUAGUCAGUCAGGGAGGGCUUUCACACUUUAAAGUUUUGAUAUAUGCUUGACUGCUGACCUAUAUCCAUCCCACUGUUCCCCCAAUGACACACUGGACACCUUUUAAAGUGGAUAAGGGCAACGGUCACAGAUUUAUUAAACAUCAUAAGAAAUUCUUAACUCCUGUCAGCUGUUGGGUGAGAGCCCAACAGACAGUUCUCCAUACUUAUUCUCCAAGAGCCCAACACAGCCAUCACUAGCCAUCAGCACUGCACCGACUGUAGUCCCCCAAAGGUGACCUUGCUUCAUACUCCUUCCUUUUGAUUACGCUGUCCAGGGAAAAACCGCCAGUUGUGACAAUAAGAGAACACAAAUAUACCCCAAAUACCAGGGAGGGAGGUUGGGAAAUUCAGUCAGGGUUUUUCAACAAUUCCUGCUGACUGGUAAGUCCUCUCCCCUACUCUCCUUUUUUAACUCCUUCAAUUCUUGCAAGAUUGCUGCUACUUAACCUCGAGCCCCCCCACCCCCCCAUCAUGGGCAGCAGUCAUGCUCCCCCUUCCCUAUAUUGUCCAGGGGGCGAACUAACCAGCCUGUGGGGAUUGAGCUCUCUGCGUCACUGCAGGGUUAUUCACUUUACUGUAAGAUGAAUAGGCGCUGUAAGAUGAACACUAUGAUACUCAGCCUCAUGCCUCAAUUUGAUUUGUCAUUGUGUAGUACUGUAAUAGUUAUGUUUCCAGGACUGUCCUUGCACAUCUCUCAGUGUAUGUAGUCAAAUGUAGUUCUUUUUUCUCAUGAAAUAUUUAAUAAUGUGUCACAAAAAUACACAGACAAUAUUAAAAGUAUAUGAUGCAUAAUACAAAUAAUCUAGGAAUCAAAAUCAUUAACUAACAAUAUCUAAUCCAGCAAUUGUAGAAGGGAUCUUUAAAACUUACAGUUUGUAAAAGACAAAACAAAAUAAAUCGUACAUUCAGAAAUUCAUACAAUUCAGGUCCUACACACUUCCCAAUGCAUUGUGGAGUAUGAGGUUUAGUCGACUACGUAAGUAAAGGUUCAAGUGUUAUCCGAUCAGGGAUCGAUCACCGUAAAUACAUUUAACUCAAGGAGCCCAUAUCUUGUUAAAUAAAAGUAUUUUCUCAUUCAGGGAGUAAAAGCCAAAUUCAAUUUGCCCUUAAAAAGAAAAUUGAUUAACAACUACUGACAAAGCAGGAGGUUUAGGUUUACACCAUUCUCUUACGAUACAGAUUUUAUUGUCAAGCAAAAUGUUAACUACCAAAUAUUCCACAACUUUUUUUUGCCCUUGGAAGUUCCAAAUGAAAUAACCAUAUAUAAGAGCAUGUUUAAAAAUAGAACUUAAGACUUUAUUUAUUUCAAUUUUGAUACCCUGCAGCUAUGGGCACUCCCACCAUAUGUGGUACAAGGUGCCCUUAUCCUGAUUACAUCUCCAGCAGGUAUCAGAAAUAGUUUUGUUGAACUUAACAAUACGGGAAGGUACAAGGCACAGCUUCUGAAACAGUUUAUAGUAAGUUUCUUGUAAGUUAACGGAAUGCACGCUUUUUUAACUAUUGCCCAAGCUUCAAACCAACUAUUCACAGAGAAAGUGGUCUUUAAGUCGCAUUCCCAUUUCACUAUAGAAUAAGUUGUUGGAAUGUUUUAAUUACUACAGAUCAGCUUUUGUACUCUAGAAAUUAACUUGGAAUUAAGUCACUUACCUAUAAAAUUGUCUAAUGAUGUUGUAGUAGCUAUAGGAUUAGCUUUUUUUAACAAAAAUUUAACCCUCGGAUAUGGAAACGUUUCUUAAUUUGAAAGAGAAAAUUUAGCUUGAAUUUUGUUAAAAGUUAAUAUAUUAUUAUUUGACUUACUUUGCGCUAAAGUAAGAAUUCCUUUACUACUCCACCUAGAUGGGUCAAUAUCUUGCAGAUAAUAUUUAAGAACUGUAAUUAGGGUGGCAGGUGUAACUAAAUUAUCGAUUCCCAUCCUUGUUUUGCCCUGGUCUUAACUGCCCUUUUCAACAUUGGAUUGCUACUGUUUAAAGAAUUAAUUGAGAAAAGCCUGAUCCAACAUAAAUUAAAUAGAUUUAUAUCCCUAACUUGAGAAGUAUCACAUUGAAACCAGCCCAUGUUAUUAGUCUUUUUAACAUCCCAACCCAGGGUAUGUGUAAAUAUAGUCACAUUGUGUAGCAAACUCAAAUUGGGGGAAACUCUGACCUUUUUGAUUUUGUUCUAUUUUAAUAAUAUUUUGUGUAAUUCUUGGUUUCUUACAUUUCCACACAAAAAAGUAGUAAUCUUUUUAAAUUAUCUAAAAUUUUUACCAAAACACGUAUGUGAAUCAUUCUAAAAAAAUUAUUAAAAUCAUUUAAUAAAUUAUUAAAAUCUUAGGAACCAAAUAAGCUUAAUCAUAUUGAUCCUUCCCAUCCAUUAAACCUUUUAAUUCUUUCAUUUUAUUAAUCUGACUGGUAAGUUCUUCAACUAAAAGAGCAUACUUAUGUGGAAGUCAAACUGGUUUUUAAUGGUUUAACUUGUUAGCUGAGAUCUGCCUGGCUUUUUUCCCUGUCUGCCAGAGUGAUCUCUCUUUGAGAUAAGAUGGGUGGUGUAGGCCUAGCUCGGUGGUGGCCAACCUUGACACCAUACAUUGUUUCUGGACUACAUUUUCCUUGAUGCUCAGCUAGCUUUUAGAUCAUUCAUUGAGAGUGAUCACUUGAUGCUCUCAACGAAUAGGCUGGCCCUGCAAUUCAGAUUUAAGCUCAGGAGAGCUAACAGAAGCUCCUAGCAGUUUAUUACGGCUCUCAGGCCAGAGGGAAAAGGGAUGGUAGCAGUGCCUGCCAGACCCCAGGUAAGACGUCAUAUGAUUAGAAGACACUUUGACUACUUGCUUUGAAAUAUGUCAAAUAUAAAUAACAAGCAACAACUUGAAUAUGAAGCUGUUAACUUUCACUUAACAAAUCACUAUAAGAAAUGAGCUAAACUACUUACUUCACUGGCUGCUUGUUACUAAAGGGAGAGCUGAGGGUUUCUUAUUCUACUUAGAAGAUAAAUGGUUGUGUGAAACAACUCUAAUUGACGCCAUAACGUAUUUUCACUUCACACAGAAGAAAAGGUCCAUUAUAAUAAUUGCUCUCACUGCAACAGUUCCUACCUGUUUGGCUCCAUAUGCAAGAGCUCCUAGCAACUUAGUUCCACAUAUGGAAACAGAAGAAGAAAAACAAAUACAAAAAUCUAAAUUGAUUUGACAUCUGGAUCUUAAACCCAGAGCAAAACCCAAAGAACUCUACUCUAAGGCUACAUUGAGGAGCUAUAUUCCAGCUUUCUCUGCAUACUUUGUCAGCAAUACGAGCCGAGAUGUCAAUGAAUGAAAAAUAGCUAACAGCAAGAACAUGCUGUAUUGCCGGGAAUCUAUUGCAAUACUGCCUAGACAUACUACUUCAGCAAUAGAGAAGGGGUAUUACGCAAUUCCUCUGUCCAGCAACCUUUCGUAAACCUGACUGUCACCCGAGGGGCCCAUUCCUUCUUCUUGGCAGGCUGGAUGGGCAUUGUAGUCGUGGUCUCCUUUUAGAUUAGGUAUUUGUUGUAAUAAAAAAGGAAAGAGAGAUCCAGGGCUAAAAAAAAAACACAAUUUCUGAAUGACAAGCCACAUUUUGCAUGCUUUUACAGAUUGGUAUUUCAUUGGUCUCAGCAUUUAUUGUUAUGCCAACUGUUGCAGGCUUUCAAGUAUGUAUUUUAUUAUAACAUCUGUUUCAGUGCAUGUCUGCUUAAUUUUAAGCACAUUCUGAUAUAGAACAUCAGAGAUCAUUUUUAUUCUGUGACAGCUGGCCCAAAUCUAAACUGGCUUCUUUCAAAUCCACAGCUUGUGUUGAAUGUUUACAUUUCAUAUAUCCACACCAAAAAAUGAAUAUCAUUCUGUUUCAAGCUGAUAUAUUUAAAUAGAUUUUUACUUUGUAAACUAUCCCUUCAACAUCACCUACUAUCAUUUCAAUUUGUUGUGAUAUACGAGUAACUUGGUAAAUUAGCUUAAAAUUAAAAUGCAUCGUCAAAUUGAUUCGUUAAAGUGGAACUGUCAUUUCUAAUGAAUUUGCAUUUCUUUGUUAUCUCACCCCGUAAAUGCUAGUGAAUUAUUUUCAGGGGUGUAUAAUGCAGCAUAAGUAUGUAAAACAUACUUAUGUCUGCUGCAGUACCAUGUUCAAGAUGUCUUUGCUGCUCCAUGAUGUCUUUAUGAUUGCAAACAGAAAACAAAAAAAAUCCACAGGUAUCCUACGCCAAAAGGAGAUUAUAUUUACCAAACAGAUGAAAACUGAAAAAUAUAUAACUCUCUACAUCCGGACUACUUAGUGCCAAUUUCAUUGUUCCACAAACCAUAUGAUCCACAAACAGUAAUGCAUCAAGCCGCACUCAAAAGGCAAUAAACAUAUGGAGAAUAUUUCCUUGCUUGGGCUGUUUUUAUAACAAAAUCAUACACUAAGCAUAAUCAGACCAAGUAUGUGCAGAAAGACAAGAAGUAAAACAAAGUUAAUACACCUGAACAAAGAAGGGGGAACAAAAAAAAAAAAAUUGGACGCGUUUCACGUCUAUAAUAUUACGCUUUCUCAACAUGAAAAAAAUAAAAAAUAAAUGUCAUGCUUUUAAAGGGCUAAAGCAAGCAUGUCAAAAUUGUGGCCCACAAUGAAUAUUUUUGCGGCCCACCUGCCAUGGAGCUGCUUUCCUGUCUGCCCUUCGUGCUCUGGCGGCUGCAAGUGUGCUAGGUCCAUGGUGGCCGCCAGCAGAUGUGUGUUACAUUAGGGGGAGGGCAGUGUAUUAAAUUAGGGGAAGGAGAGGGCCGUGUUUUAAAUUGGGGGAGGGAAGGGGCAGUGUAUUAGAGUGGUGGGAGUGCAGUGUGUUAAAUUAGGGUAGGGAUGCAAUGUAUUAAAUUGAGUGAGGGAGGGGGCAGUGUAUUAAAUUGGGGGAGGAAAGGGGCAGUGUAUUAGAGUGGUGGGAGUUGGGGAAGUAUGUUAAAUAGUGGGCAAGUCAGUGUAUUAAAUUGGAGGAGGGAGGGGGGCAGUGUAUUCAAUUAGAGUGUAGGGAGGGGGCAGUGUAUAAGAUUAAGGGGUAGUGUAUUAGAUUGGGGGAGGAGGCAGUGCAUUAGAGUGGAGGAUGGGGGACAGUGUAUUUAUUAGAAUGGGGGGGGGAGCCGCGGGAGGCUAUAUAUUAGAUUGUGGGAGACUGUAUAUUAGAUUGGGGGAGGCUGUGUAUUGGAAUUGGGGUCAGUGUAUUAGAAUGGGGGGAGAGGGCAUGUGACAUUUUUUUCUACAGUACUUUUCUAAAUAAUAAUAACAUUGCUGCCAGCCACCCCAUGUUUGUCUUAUUAAGAGGCUAUAAGUAUGUAGAGGCAGCACCCCUUACUGUCUCAACAGAGAAAUUUGCCUUUUAGCUGAUACCGGCAAGGUGAUUUAUAUGUUAUAGCCCUAUUCAGGGUAUGUAGGGGUUUAUAAAACCCCUUCCUGUCUCAUUAGAGACGUUUACACUUUGUUUGAUACCAGCAAAGUUUAUUGUAUGUGUAGAAGCCCUAUAAAGGGUUAAAUAUGAAAGGGUUUAUAAAAUACCCCUUCCUGUCUUAUUGGAGAUUCUUGGCUGAUAUCAGCAAAUCUAAUGGCUAGAUUAGGACUCACCUCUUGAGGCUUGCCUUGACGUGGCAGGUGAGCUUAUAUAUUCAAAUGGCGAUUGGAAUAAAACUAAAGAGCCUCCAUUUUGUUUAAAUGUACAUAGGGAUUUAGGUCAGAGCGCACGUAACGUUCGCUUUGUUUUUAGCUCUUGGAUACUAAACUACUGCUGUCGUAAGCGCGGUGCUUUAUAUUUGUGUUUGUAUACUUUUCUAAAUAAACCUGCAUUUCUAUAAAAACUAAAGUUUUUUUUUUUUUGCGGCCCACAUAAACUUAAACCUUGUUUCUUUGGCACGUGUUAGCCUUAGAGUUUGACAUGCUUGGGCUAAAGGAAACAGAGGGUACUAGCUUACCACCUCAGGUAACUUCUACAUACAAAGUAGGUGAAUAUUCCCUAAAAUGUGAAUUUUAAUCAGAAAUAACUUUCUGCCGAUGUUUUAUGGAGGUGGAAUUAAUUCCAAAUUAUAUUGAUAACAACUUCAGUUUCUGUUAAGAUACAUAGGAAAAUAAUGCACUUCCUGCAAACAAUGACAUUUUUUUCUGUCACAACGUCGGUAGGAUAUGAACAUCUUUCAACAGCAAACGCAUACGGGUACCUGCCAAUCCUGUCUUAUGCACAAGUAGAAUGCAUAGGUGCCUUAAUUCAUUGAAAAAGUCAUCGAAAUCAGACUGUGAGCCACAUUGGGACAAACCUGCUCAAUGCCGUAAGGCAAGCAUGUCAAAUUCAAAGUCUAGCACGGUCCAAGUAAACAACUUAAAUUUUCAUAGAAACAUAGGUUUAUUUUGAAAAGUACAGUAUAAAAAAAACAGCAUCCCCUCUACUAAACCACAGUACCCCCUCUAAUAAAUCCCAGCACCACCCUCUAGCCAACAAGCAGACUCCACAUACAUUGUCGCUGCCAGUAUGCGACUCCGGAGUCCUCUGGUAUUCCCCCAAAUGGCGCCGUCCGCACACUGUGACAAAGCGGAUCCUCCUGCUACUUCUUGAAACCCUGUGAAAUGUGAACGUUGGAAUGAGACGUGGCGUUGCGUUACGUCCCUCUGUGCACCUCUAGAUCUUCCACUGUCCAGACGUGGGCAUCUCAACACUGACUGACACACACACACACACACACACACACACACACUGACAGACAGACACACACACUCACUGACAGACAGACACACACACUCACUGACACACAUACAGACACUGACAGACACUCACUCACUAACACACACACAGACAGACACAUACUCACUGAUCGACACACACACUCACUGACAGACAGACACACACUCACUGACACACACUCACUGACAGACAGACACACACACUCUCUGACAGACACACUCACUGACAGACACACACACACAUUUACACAUUCUUGCACACACUCACAUUAUUGUAUUUAUCUUCUAUCUGGAGAUAUUUUUCUUCCUGCUGCUCACUGCUCCCUUACGCGUGCAGUUUAGUGAUGCCAGGUGCCAGAAUGAUGUCCUGUUCCGGCACCUGGCAUCACUACAAACAGUGCGCGAGGGAGAAGUAAGGAGCAGGAAGACUGAGUUCCUCCAGCGACCUCUCCUCCCCGACCGGGUAAGUUUUAGCAGAAUAGGCACCUGCAAUGUGGAGAAAGCAGGUGCCUACUCUGCUUUAACACUAAGCAUGUACUCGCAGCAUGCCGGGCCGCAAAGAUGUCCAUUGUGGGCCACGAGUUUGACAUGCUUGCCGUAAGGAGUAUGUCAGUUGAGAAAAGUGUUCUGGAAUUAGUCCAGUUUAAAGAUGUUUGAAAUAAAUUUGUGGAAGCUUUCCAUUAGCACUGACAUUUAAACUUGUUUUAGUGUUUAUUAUAGAAUUCUUAAAAAAAAAUUAUGUUUUAUAAGAAAUGCUUUAUAAGAUAUACAAUUAAUUAAAAGUGUGCUGGAUGGGGGAUUUCUCUUGUUGAAAAUUGGUCUACUUGGUUGUAUUUUCUUUUGGAUAAAAAGAUUCCAACCCAGUCUUGCUUGUGCAAUGUCAUUCAAAUAGUGGUAUAAGUAUGAUAUGGAGUUAUAUAUCCAGUUGACCUUAUAGGACAAACAUCCCCACACUUAUGCAGAAAUGUUUGAGAUACAAUGGCAUUAGAUAUACAACAUUUUAUUCACCUUCCCUUCUUACUUCUACUAGUUUUUAUUGUUAAAUGUUGAUUUAUUUACAUACCAAAUUAAUGUGAAAUAUUUUUUUUUAAAUUCUGUUCAAUAAAAAUUGUUUGAAAAUAUAUACAACAGCAAUGAAUUCCAGGACCAUUUUUAUUCUUUUUGGCUCAUUUGCAAAAACAUGAAUAGUAGUAAGUAAAAAAAAUUAAAAAAAAUAAGUUACUGCAUGCAAUAUCAAACAUCCUGGUGCAUGAGCAAUGCAGGUAAAAAAAACUCCUAUGUUUCAUGAAGGCAGCUUGAUUAUAGAAAUAAUAUGUAGCUCUGAUGCAUUUCAACAGGAACAUCAUAGGACUUACUGAUGUUUUUUUGCUAAACUAUGUAGCCUAGAAAUAACCUAUUAAGUAGGGAUCGAUCGAUAUUGAUUUUUUAGAGCAGAUACCGAUAAUCUGUUACCUUUCAGGCCGAUAGCCGAUAACCUCUACAUUUACCAUUUUGAAAAAAUACACUAUUUCUAAAGGUAAAUGCACAAAAUAUACAUGCUACAUGCAGUGGAUGCAGUGUGUUUAGACAGUGGAGCUGUGUGUAUUUGUGUAGUGUGUAUAUAAUGAAUGCAGGGUGUGUUUGUGUAGUGUGUAUAGUUAAUGCAGUGACUAUGUAGUGUGUAUAGUUAAUGCAGUGACUGUGUAGUGUGUAUAUAAUGAAUGCAGAGUGUGUGUGUUUGUGUAGUGUGCAUAAAGUGAGUGCAGUGUGUAGAGCGAAUGCAGUGUGUGUAGUGUGCGUAUAGUGAAUGCAGUGUGUUUGUAUAGUGUGUGUAUAUAAUGAAUACAGUGUGUAGUGUGUGUAUAUAAUGUAGUGUGUGUGUAGUGUGUGUAUAUAAUGUAGUUUGUGUGUGUAUGUAUAUAUAAUGUGUGUGUGUGUGUAUAUAUAUAUAUAAUGCAGAGUGUGUAGUGUGCGUAUAUAAUGAAUACAGUGUGUAAUGUGUAUAUAAUGUAGUGUGUAUGUAUAAAAUGUAGUGUGUGUAUAUAAUGCAGAGUGUGUAGUGUGUGCAUUAUACACAUACACUACAUUAUAUAGACACACACUACAUUACAUACACACACACUACAUUAUAUAGACACACUACAUUAUACACACACACUACACACUCUGCAUUAUAUACAGAGUGUGUAGUGUGUGUGUAUAUAAUGCAGAGUGUGUGUAUUUGUUUGAAGGGAUGUGAUUUGUGUAAAAUGGGGAGGGAAAGGCAUUUUUUAUUUUAAUUUUUAAUGUUUGUUUUAUUUUAAUUUUUAAUAUUUAUGUUUAUUUUUAAUAUUUAUAUGUUUUAUUAUUUUUUGUUAUCCCCCCUCCCUGCUUGUUGCCUGGUCAGGGAGGGGUGGAUACAGUAUUCCCUGGUGGUCCAGUGGCUUGUUAAGUACUGGGGGGGCCGGCAGGAAGCUGUUUCUUACCUUGCCAGCAGCUCCUCAGGCUCCUAGUGCAAAUCUCGCGGCCCUUAGUGCCGCACGGAGCGUUGCCAUGGUAACCCGUUCUGAUGGCCGCGGCCCGCUCUGACGGCCGCGGGUCUCGCGAGAUUUGCACAGGGUAGCUGGAGGAGCUGCUGGCAAGGUAAGUCAGCGCUUGCUGCUGCCCCCCCCCCCCACUUGUAAUGAACCUGGCGGUCCUUGGAGGUAUUAUUGGUGUCUAUGUUGGCCGAUACCAAUAUUGCCGAAAAUACCGAAUAUCGGCCGAUUAUAUCGGUAAAACCGAUAAUCGGUCGAUCCCUACUAUUAAGCAGUUGUUGAAUUCUGAUAUGGAGACAGAAUGCACAAAUACAUAAUCAUACACACACAAACACACACAUUCAGGAAUUAGGACUGUGCAUAUUGCUAUUUGUAAGACAUAAAAAAGCCAAGUAGCUUAAAGACAAAUUAAUAAAUUAUAUGAUAGUUUAACCAUAGUAUUUGCCGUCUAACCAUCUAUAUCUUACAGACCAAGUUAAACUGGUACAGAAGUUAGCUUAAUUUGAUUCAAUUACAAAUAAAACAUCAGCUGUCCUUAGUCUUCACUGACAUUCAUGAUUACUGUGAGACUGGCCUAGUUGAGAUUCUAAGCAACAGCAUGAAGUUUCCCGAUGGCAACUGAAGACAUGCAAAAGCAAAAAAUAUAUACAUAUACAUAUACACACAUAUAUACACACACACACACACACACAAGAAAUAAAUACAAAUAGAGCAGGCAGAGUACACGUGAUAGUCCUUAGGCAAAAGUAAAGGCCUUAGGCAGGAUCGUGCAGCCACCACAGAAUAUAAGUGGGGCACAGAUACUAAGCCACGAAGCACUAAAUAAAAAACACCAAGGAGCAAAGCCCAAAGCAGGUCACACGUAAAUAAGGCAGCAAGGUCAGAAUCACUGGAAUUGAAGUUUAGGCAGGAAUACUGCAAGCAAAGAAAACAAAAACUAUCCCUUACUGAGAUAGUGAGUGAUAUACUAAAGUGCCUGAAUAAAAGCAGCUCAACACAAAAAGUGGAAUACCUUAAUCCACAAUAAAGUGCAAAAUACAAGAAAAUGCAAAAUACAAGAAAAAAAGGUAUAAACAAUAUACCAGCAAGUGGAGCGCUAUAUUGAAUAUAUAUAUAAAUAAUGAGGGGGUAUACUCACCCCUCCAACAUAGUGAUACAAUGUGUCCAAAUGUACAUACAAAGUAAAACAACAAAAAGAGAGAAUAUAGUGCAGAUGGUUUACAAAAAAUAAAAAAAUGAAUAAUGGUAGCAAUUGGUUGAAACCACUCACGUGGGUUGGAGCCUAUAAGCUAUUGGCUCCGUAAGUGACUCCUUCUUGCUCUUGAGGCAGCAACACACCUCUUUAUUACAAAAAAUAAAAAAAUGAAUAAUGGUAGCAAUUGGUUGAAACCACUCACGUGGGUUGGAGCCUAUAAGCUAUUGGCUCCGUAAGUGACUCCUUCUUGCUCUUGAGGCAGCAACACACCUCUUUAUCUGCAAGCGAACACUGGAACGGGAGACACAGGACCAGGCAGAGACAUAAGGACAUCGGAACAGGAACACAGGAUCAGGAUACACAGGAUACAAGAUUCAGGAGCAAGGAGUCAGAAUCACGGGAACCAGGAAACAGCAGGUACAGGAUAAAGGAUGAAGGAUAAUGAUCUGACAGGGAGUGAGGGGAGAAACCAGAAUAUAUAGGUGCUAAACAAGGGCCAAGUGUAGUGCUUAAAGAAAAGAAAUGAGAAACAGUGCCAAACAGAAACAGUGGUGAGUGUGAGUACUGCACGAGAGCAUAUUAACUAAGGAGUAUCGUGACAACCAGGCUCUUCCCCUUCUACCUCCCUCGUCACUUGCAUUUCAAUCUAUAACGACCCUAAUGUCAUUCCCAACUCUCUUUGCCUCCUCCCCCCUCAUUAAGAAUCCAAUCCCCUACCCCUAGAAAACAAUGUUACCUCCGAAACCUCUGAGGAGUAAGUGACACAUGGAUCUGAGAGAUUAAAAGAGCCUGGAACAGACACAGGAUGAAACUUUUCAUCUUCUUUUGCCUCCAAACGAUUACUAAUUACAAACCUAUACCCUUAAAGAACAGGGCAUAACCAUACACAGUGAUUAAAAUCUGAUCACAGUCCCGACACACAAAAUAAGAUUGCACCCUCUUUGAAAAAGGCAUAGCCCUGACAACCUUGUCCCAGUUCCUUGCACACUCUGCACAUAUAACAGGAGGAACACUGCACCCCCUUACCAGAUGUUUUUGGUUAUUAUCAUUAUUAUUGUAUAUAUUAUUUUAUCUUCUUUCGAUAAUGUACACCUAAACUUUGUAUUCACUUUGAUAGACCUUAAUGUAUUGUCUCUACAAAGCAGGCAAUUACUACAUCUCUACUGACCUGGGGUGACGAACUAUGUUGUAAUGCUGCAAACUGCAUGAGAUAACCCACUCACCCAGCUCUCUCAAUGGUCAUGUACCAAUGGGCUGUUACCACUUGCAUACUAUGUACCAAACCUUCGAAACAAUUGUAUACCAACCUCUUUGUUUGUUUUCCAAAGUUAUAUUCUAUGCUUAUGUAAGUUACCAACUAUACUAGCAUACAUCUUUACUAAAUAGCAACUGGAUUGUAAACCUUAAAACAUUAAAAUAAAGAUUUUUUUUUUUUUUAAAUGAAAAGUCAGGAAAUGCAAAAUUGAUGGAGAAGGUAGCUUUAAUAGGAUCACAUUCUGGAAAAGGCAUCCUGGAUGAUGAGAGAAAGUGAUGAUUAAGAGAAUUAGAAAAGAAAAACAUAAACACUCUAGAAAUUAGCAAAACCAUAAUAGUACAUUAAAAAAAGGAUUAAAAAUAAUAUAAAAUAACAUAUAAAAUGUUGUUAUACAAUUUCCACAUCUUAUUUAUUGUUUUAAUAUAUGGAUGUGGAACGUCUAUAAAACCCCAAAGCCUGUCUGCCUAACAUGCUGUCCACUUCCAUCUUUAAGGACAAGUUAUCCAACCUAAAACCAAACCUUUCCAAAUGUGUACUGCUUAAUAUAACUCUACCCAAACCAUACUAAAGAUGCAAUUUCCAUUUAGAUUGUGCAUAAUAUUUUACAAUAAAGAUUGCCGGGAAAAUAAACAAAGAUUUUAAUAAUAUUGUCUAUAGAGCAGGGGAAAAAAGUAUGAAAAAAAAAACUUGACCUAACCCGAACUGUACCGAACAUUAAGUUUUUUGGACCCUGGACCCGAACACGGACAUAUCACUGUAUGUUCGGGUUGGAGUUCGGUGUUCGGCAAUUUAAUGGCGCGUUUUCAAAGGCUGCAGGGCAGCCAAUCAACAAGCGUUUGACUCGUGUGACCUUAUAAGUUAUAAGAUUGGCCAGUGCAGCAUGUGACCCAGCCUCUAUAUUUAAGCUGGAGUCGCGUAGCGCCGCACGCACAUGAGGUCUUAUUAGUGUACAGAGAGGAUGCUGCCACUGAUAGGGAUAGCUUAGGAAAGAAUUCUACAAACUAGUACAUUAGUGGGGUGCACUUCAUAUCUGAGAGUCAAAUAGAAGCUUCAAAUACCGCGGUUACAUCUGAGUUUUAAAAAGUGCAUUUUUUUGGGUGCUAAAUAGUACAUUAGUGGGGUGCACUUCAUAUCUGAGCAUCAAAUAGAAUCAUCAAAUAAUGCUGUCACAUUGCAGUUUUAAAACUUAAAAUUUUUGGGGUGCUAAACUGCUAAAUAGUAUUUUAGUGGGGUGCACUUCAUAUCUGAGAGUCAAAUAGAAGCAUCUAAUAGUGUGCUUACAGCGCAGUGGUAAACAUUCUUAUUUUCUGGGUGCUAAUCUGCUAAAUAGUACAUUUUGGGGCGUGCACUUCAUAUCUGAGAGUCAAAUCGAAGCGUCUAAUAGUGUGCUUACAGCGUAGUGGUAAACAUUCUUAUUUUCUGGGUGCUAAUCUGCUAAAUAGUAAAUUUGCGGCCUGCGGUGCACUUCAUAUGUGAGAGUCAAAUAGAAGCGUCAAAUAGUGCGCUUACUGCGCAGUUGUAAACAUUCUAAUUGUUUUGCUGCUAAUCUGCUGCUUACAUUGGAGUUUUAAAAAAAAAAUUUGGGGUGCUAUAUAGUAUAUUUGGGGUGUGCACUUCAUAUCUGAGAGUCAAAUAGUGUGCUUACAGCGCAGUGGAAAACAUUCUUAUUUUCUGGGGGCUAAUCUGUUACAAUACAGUACAUUUUGGGGCCUGCUCUUCAUAUCUACAAGUCAUGCUACAACAAAAUUUAACAAGUUUUAAAAUAUGUAUGGGCCAACCAGUGGCUGUAAAAAUAAAGUUUUACUGGUUACAUUCAUGACUACACACUCUAGUGAACAGGACCUUCAUGUAGUGUGUUCUUGUUUUUACAAUCAUACAGCAUCCUUUCAUGUGCUUUUCAGAUGUCAUAUUGUGAAUUACCAAUUUUUGUGUAGCCUGAUUUUUUUUUAAAAAGGUGAAAAAUAAAUGUUAUUGUGAUCACUUCAUAUACAGAAGCAUUAAUAUACAUUUCUAUAUUGUGUAAAGACACAACUACAAAGUUAAAAACCAAACACCAAAACAACGUGCCAGAUAAUUUACCUGUACAUGGCUAGUGUGAUACAAUAAGUCUACAUCUUAAAAAUGCAAUAAGAAGAUGGGCGAGAAUUUUUUUUGCAAAUGGAACUUUGAUUCGAAUUUACUACAUUGGUCACUUGUAAUAUUGUUUCACAACUACAACACUUGUUACACUGAUCUAAGUGAUAGAAAACAGAUUGAUAUUUUCUACACUAGAAACUACCAGAUAACAAGCUGCUAUAUUUAAACCAGUUAUCAAUAGCUAAGAGGUACUUAAACAAUAUUGUAAUUCUGGGGCAAUACCCUCACAAGUCAAACUGAGAGAUCAGUUUAUAGGGAAAACUGUUGCCUAGAUACAAUUUUAAAACAAUUUCCAUAUGUCAUUUGCAGACUUUACAUGCUGGAAAAACACAGGUGCCAACUGCUGUGGCAUUCUGCAGUGUGCAUACCGGCAAGGAGGGCAGGGUUGAGGAGUGGGUGGAAGAUGAUGUGGAGGAUGAUGAGGUCCUAGACCCCACAUUGAAUCAAGGUCAUGCGAGUGACGUGUGCAGUUUGGAGGAAGAGGCGCUGGUUGCACAGAGGCACCAGCACAGCAUUAGAGGGAGCAGGGUGCAAAAGCAGAGUGGCCGUCCCCUAGCGCUCAUUGGCAUGUAUUAGCUUGAGAAUUACCAGUUAUCCAAGUAAGACCCUCCCUCCCAGACCCUCCCACCUCCUGGACAGCUCACUACGAAUGCGGCUUCACAAUGGAUGCUGUCCAGGAGGUGGAAGGGUCUGGGAGGGAGGGUCUGCUGCUGAUUGGCUGGAAUGUGUCUGCUGACUGUGAGGUACAGGGUCAAAGUUUACUCAAUGAUGAGUCCGUGGCGAACUGUUCGUGGCGAACCGUUCGCGAACCGUUUGGCGAACAGUUCGGGACAUCACUAGUUCCAAUAUUUUGGGGGCUACCCCAAUUUAAAAAAAAAAUAUAUAUAAAAAACAGUGUUGGCUACCUCAUCCUCCUCCUCCACCGCUGCUUCCACCUACACCGCCACGGUCACCAACUCCUCAGCCUAUGGGUCACUUAGUAUAAACUAUGUACACAAUAGCAGAAGCUUGUGAAGGCCUUUUCUCCAUGCAUCAGGAGUUGAGCUCAGUUUGAACAAUGAAAGAGAAUAGCCUGCACGCCAACCCUCUCUCAAAUGGGUAAUUCUGGUGAUCCUCCUGAAAGUCAUGCUUUAGAUUUUGAUUUAUGUUCUUCAAAAGCUAAAAUCAAAGAUUCCAUCUAGUGCAAUUUUAUGGCUCAGCUGUAUAUUUAAUUUUUGGGUAUUUUAUGUUAUUUUAAGUGAUUUCCCAAUCCACAUUUGUUUGCAGGGCACUUGUCCUACUCUUACCCCCAUUUUACUUCCUUUUGCAGCUCUCUAGCCCUUUCCAGGAGUUUUUUAGAGGCAUUUUUGUGGCCAAAAAAUCGGGUCCCUAUUGACUUCAAUGGGGUUCAGGGUUUCGGGGUCAAGUUUGAGCCCGAACCCGGACUUUUUUUAAAGUUCGGCCAACUCGCCGGACCCGAACAUCCAGGUGUCCGCUCAACUCUAUACAUCAGAAUUUGAAAAAAGUUAAAUAAAAAUAUAAAUUGUUGUUAUACAAUCUUCCCAUGUCUUAUUUAUUGGUUUUAUUUACGGAUGCUUACUUAUUUCUUGGAGUAUCCCAAAAGAAUUCAGUUAUUUCAGAAGUGCAUCAAUACUGCUAUAUAUACUUGUUCUUCUCUUGUGUAGCACCAUCAAACGUAACAUGAGCAUUAAAGAAUGUGUGGAACAUAAAACAAAAAAUGUUCUCAUUAACAGUGUGAUUUUGCUGUAUUCAUCCAGGUACACAUUUGAGUUGGCAAGAAGAAACACAAAGCUGCCAGAAGUGUUCAUUGAUAAGCUGCAUGGUUCUAUUGUAGAUGUUGUGAAAAGAUGUUGUAUCUCUGAUAAUCCAAGCACUUGUCUGGACAGCAAGGUAUUGUGUAACGACCAUAUGACAACAUUGCACAGUUCAAGAAAAAUAAAUGUAAUGGAAUUGUUGAUGACUUUGCUCUGUAUCGUCCCACUUUUUUCCUAGCAGAGUGAUUCUAUAAUUGUACCACUUUCUAGGAGCACAAUCAAAGUCACAUCUCAAAAUCGGGAUUUGAGGAGCUAGAGGUUAUUAGAGCAUUGUGUAUGUGUCUGUUGAUUAAUAGACAGCUACAACUUGCAAACACAGAGUCACAAAAACUGCAAAACUACAUUUGGCAACAUUUCUGUUGAUAAAAUUAAAAUGAAUAUUCAACAUUGUGGAUGUUCAUUAUUACUGCUCUGACAUUCCCUCAUAUGUAUAUCUUAUGCUAUAGAUUGUUAUGAAAUAUCUAAUAUCAAUCCAUUUUACAAUAUUAAAUGAACACUAUAGCCUUAAGAAUACAAAUCUGUCCUUAGUGGUAUUGUGUUUCUCCCCCUCUCCUCGUUUGGCAUAGAAAUGGUUAAAAACUCUCGUUUACUCUACAUGUUCCAGCACUGAAAUUCCCUCGGCACUGCUUACCUCUCCUCCCCCAGUAGGGCCUCCUUCAUGAUGGGCCAAUCAAAUGCUCCACAUAGGGAUGCAUUGGGUGUCGAGUGCAGUGCACACAUUAAAGCUUUGCCAUAGAAAAGCAUUGAAACAGUACAUGUUUUGCAGUGCAGGGUUAAGAGAAAAGAGACUGCAUGAGAUUGAGAUGACGAGGUCUGGGUGACUGUAGCCUUCUUUUAAGUUCCAGAGUUCCUUUAUUUUCUAUACGCUCAACUAUCUAACUUUCACUCCUCUCUUUUAGUAUGCUAACUAGACUCAUCAAAUGUUUCUCACCUAUUCACUCAUAUGUGUUAUUUUUCAGAAAGUACAACUAGCAGAGGAAAUUAAUAAGUACAUAAACGAAGGCAAGGAGUUAUGUUCGGAGUACAAUAAUUACCCUUUCUUAACGUUCAAAGAUAGGUAAGAGGAAAAAAAAGGUAUACUUUGCUACCAUCAUGUCACACAAUUAUAGAAAUAUGAUACCUAAAUACUAAUGAAUACAGCAUAGAUGGCUACAUUUUGUGAAUAAAAUUGGUUAAAUGGGUAUCUAAACACCAAAACUAUUUAAUGAAACAGUUUGUUGUGUAGAAUAUGCUCCUGUAGUCUUAAUGUUCACAUGUUGCCAUUUAGGAGUUAAAUCACUUUUGUUUCUGUUUAUACAGCCAUAGCCAUAUUUCUCCUGGCUAUGACUCACACCAUCUGCAUGAAAAAAAAUAGUUCAUUUUCAAACAGUAUAGUGUGUCUACUUUACAAGUUUUUAUCUUGUGCUCUGUUAAUCGAACUUUAAAGAAACACUAUAGGGUCAGGAACACAAAAAUGUAUUCCUGACCCUAUAGAAACAUAGAAACAUAGAAUGUUACGGCAGAUAACAACCAUUCAGCCCAUCUAGUCUGCCCAAUUUUCUAAAUACUUUAAUUAGUCCCUAACCUUAUCUUAUAGUUAGGAUAGCCUUAUGCCUAAACUAUAGAGUUUACAAAUACCCUCUUGCUUCCCCGCCCCCCCCUCCUUCCCCCCCAAAUAUAGUAAAAUCUUACCUUUUAUCCUGUCUGCUGCUGCUGGCUUUGCCCAGAUCUGCCUUCUUGACUGACAUCAUCAGAAGGGUUGAUCUGAGCCAAUCACAAUGAUUUCCCAUUGGAAAGCAUUGGGUUGUAAGAGAUUUUUAAAGAGGUAGAUCAGGGGCAGAGCCAAAACAAGGCAAACACAGCAUUGACAAAUCAGCAUCUCCUCAUAGAGAUACAUUGAAUCAGUGCAUCUCUGUGAGGAAGUUCAGUGUCUCCAUGCAGACAGCGGAGACAAUGAAUGUCAGUGCUGCAGUGCCUCUAGCAGCCACCAACUAAGGAGUGGUUAGUGAAAAUGUGUUCCUAGGUUGUAAUGUAAACACUGUCUUUUCUCUCAAAAGACAGUGUUUACUACAAAAAGCCUGAAAGGACUUAUUAUACUCACCAGAACAAAUACUAUCAGCUGUAUUUGUUCUGGUGAUUAUAGUGUCCUUUUUUUUUUCUCAUAUAUCUUUUUUAUUGGUUUUGAGUAGUACUCCAGUGCAUAAUACAUUUGCUGACGCGGCAGUACAUUGGCCAAUUACAGCAUUACCAGUUUGCAACACUCUUCAUACAUUAUAACACGUGCACUAUAACACGUAUAUUACGUAUAUUAAUACAGUGCUGACUUUUGCUUCACUUCGGCUUCGGGUUAUAUUGUUGCCUGUGUGACAGCUUGUUAGAAACAUCUUCGGCAUGGAACAUUGGUCACCUGUGCUCUCUAAGUUGGUGAGCCUACGUGGCCUAUAUACCUCUUUCACAUCAUGCAACCGGGUAAAAGAAGAAAAAAAAGAGUUAAGGGAAGGGUAACAUUCAACUUGAACUGUAUCAUGUGUCCUACUUGACCUGGGUUUUGCAUGCUGUGCACACGGCUUUGGUUCCGCUACAGGACCUCUUGGUCACCAUGAUUCGUGGUCCCCAUUCCAAUCACCUUGAACUUAAAAUGCUUUUAUUUAGUGUCCUAGUAUCUAGUAUCCUUCUGUUCUGUCCUUUGCUCGGACGCUUAGCCACCCUCCCUAAUGGAUACUGUGUUUCUCAGGUGUUCCCUGCAGUUUGUAUGCCAUCUGCUCAUAAAGGCAUAUGCUAUCCACCCUUUUUGCUACCUCCUCUUGAGUAGGAGGCGUUUCGUUUUUCCACUUUGAUGCCAUCGCAAUUUUGGCUGUGGUUAGUAUGUUUAUGGCAGUUGUGGUUGAUGAGUUUCUCGUUGGGUUGUUUGCGGGGAGCAUAUGGAGCAGGUAGUGUGCCGGAUUCAGUGGUAUUGUCAUGCUAGUGGCUUCAUGUAUGAGCUUUUGGACAGAAGUCCAGAUCGGAGUUAUGGCUGGGCAUUCCCAAAAUAUGUGUAGCAGCGACCCUGGUGUGUGUUUGCACCUCCAGCACAACGGGGAGGUGUUGGGGAACAUCCUAGCCAGUCUUAGGGGGACUAAAUACCAGCGUAUUGCAAUUUUGCAAUAUGCUUCCCAUAGAGACAAGCUUUUGGCCGCUCAUUUAGUGAUGUGAAAGGCUUCAUGCCAUUGUUGUAUAGUGAGUGAUUCCCCUAUGUCUUCUUCCCAUUUUUCCAUAUAAGAGAGUUUGUGCGCGGAUUUCCCUCUUUCUAGUGCAUUAUAGCAUAAGGCUAGAGGUUUGAUGGAGCGGGAUGUCAAAAUGUACCGGACAGAAGGUGUUUCUAGUUGUUGUGGGGGUGCUUCUGAUUUGGUGCGUGUCUGUAGUAUGUUCUUGACCCUUAGGUAUUUGAAAAUGUCCCUUGAUUUUAGGAAGAAUUCACUUUGCAGGGUAGGGAAUGUUUUCAGCCUGUUUUGGUCAUAUAAAUCCCUUAUUUUACGUAUCCCUAGAGCUGACCAUGUCUGGAGCGAGAGGUCAGGGAAACUAGCCUGCAGUGCUGUGAGUGGUGCUUCCUUAAGUAGUGUUUGUGUGUCUAUUACCUCUGAGGCCCAUUGUUUCCAAGUAUUCAGUGUGGUUUUUGUGCACCAUAGUGCGUCUUUCCCCAUGUUCUUUGUUUCGUGUGACCAGAGGGCAUUGGGCAUAGUGGACGGGUAUAUGCAGGCAUCCACAAGAGCCAACCAUAGAGGGGUUUGUUCUGCGCCUGAGGUUCUAAUUAAUCGUAGACCUUGUGCUAGUAGAGAUGCUUGAUAAUAGUUGCGGAUGUCUGGGACACCUAAACCUCCUCUCGUGUAUGGUAGGCUAAGUUUGGCGGUGGCUAGUCUAGGAGGCUUCCAUUUCCAUAUAUAGGCGUUAAUGAUAGUUUGGAAUCUUUUCAGCAGUUUGGCCGACAGUGGUAUGGGAAGUGUACGGAAGAGAUAGAGCACAUGUGGCAGAACCAUAAUUUUAAUGGUAUUAAUGCGCCCCAGCCAUGAUACCUCCAACCCCUCCCAUCUACUUAUUUGGGAUGUUAGUUUGUGGAUCACAGGUGUGUGGUUUUCUGUGGUUAGGGAGUGUACGGUCUUUGUCAGUUUUAUCCCUAAGUAUUGGAUCAAUUUAGUUCGCCAUUCGAAUGUAUGUGUCUCCUCCAAUUUAUUAAUUGUGGCUCUUGGUAGUCGAAUGGGGAGUGCCUGGGUCUUGGCUGCAUUAUUUUUGUAGUAUGUCACAAAGCCAUACGCGUUCAACGUUGGUCUAAGGGCUGGGAUAGAUUGUACCGAGUCUGACUAUAGUGUCCUUUUAAUGACACACAGGAAGUUUCUGCAGACUUUAUAAAGCUAUUAACAGAGCAGGAGAUAUAAAAUUCUAAAUUAAACAGAAUGUGCAAUAAAGGAAGUUUAAACAUUAGAUCUCUCAUUGCAGCAAACGUGUAAGUUACAUGCAGGGGAAGUGCAACUAGGGCAACAUAAACAAAGUGACUUAACACCUAAAUCGCAGAGAAAAGCAGUUAAACUGUAGUGGCAUUAUCCACUAAACCAAAACCUCUCCAUUACGCUAAAGUUAUGUUGGUCCUUAUAGUGUGUUCAAAUUAUAUUUUACUUGAAGGUUAACUUUUGUAUUGGUAAUACAAAGGCUUAAGCUACACUAGGGGUAGGCAACGCUAUGCAUGUGGACUACAUCUCCCAUAAUGCUCCUACAGCCAUAAAGCAGGCAAAGCAUCAGGGGAGAUGUAGUUCAUAACAUCUGGAGGGCUCAUGUUUGUUAGAACAUUGGAAAGCAAUGCAAUUUUUCAUUGUGCUAAUGUGGUACAGGUAUUACAGGUAUAACUGUGAAAUCGUUUGAAAGAGUGGCCUUCAACCAAAAAAUGAAAUGCUGACCUAGUUGUAAAAAGAAUAGAGGUUUAAAGAUGGGUGCAAAAAGUUGCUUGGGCUAUAUGUCCCACCACAUCAUUGGUGGAUCCGGGGGGGGGGGCAAUGGGGCAAUUGUCCCCCCCGAGAAUACGAGGUUCUCCCUCUCCCCUGCCGGCUAAUGCAGGGCUGGCGCUGUCCAAGCGCCAGCCCUGCAAUGUGCCUUCAUGGACCGGAGUGGAGAUCAGAGAUCUCCCUCUCCUGUCUGCAGGCACUGUUUGCUGGCCGCCGCCAGGGCAGGGAGAGAGAGAGGACCCGGGGGAGCUCAGUCUGCAGCUCCUCCAGGUCCUUCUCUCGCGAGCAUGGAGCGUUGCCACGGCAAAGCUCUGGAUCUCGCGAGAGUGAACUCUAGCCCUUGAGACCGGGGCUACAGUUCACUCUCACCACAUGGGCCACCAGGGAUUCCCCACCGGACCACCAGGGAUCGAGAAAUGUCCCCCAUCCUCCCUAAACAAAGGUAAGAAGGGAGGGGGGACAUUAUGUAUAUUUUAAAUUUAAAAAAAAUAAUUAUUUUAUCAAACUAAAAAAAAAGCCCCCCUUCCUUAUCACACACAUACCCAACACACACACACACAUACACUGCCCCCACACACACACACACUGCCCACUCACACUGCCCCCACACACAUACACUGCCCCCACACACAUACACUGCCCCACACACACACACUUCCCCACAUACAUACACUGCCCCCAUACACACACACACAUACACUGCCCUCACACACACACACUGCCCCACAUACAUACACUGCCCCCAUACACACACACACACAUACACUGCCCACACACACACAUUGCCCCAUACACACACAUUGCCCCCACAUACACUGCCCCCAUACACACACACAUUGCCCCCAUACACACAUACACUGCCCCCAUACAUACAUUGCCCCCACAUACAUACACUGCCCCUAUACACACACAUUGCCCCACAUACAUACACUGCCCCCAUACACACAUUGCCCACCAUACACAUACACUACUGCUACCACACACAUACACUGCCCCCAUACACAUACAUACACUUCCCCCAUACACACACAUUGCCCACAUACACUGCCCCCAAUACACACCCUACACACACAUUGGCCCCACACACACAAACUUCCCCCGAUACACACAUUGCCCCCCACUCACACUGCAACGCACACACACACACUGCCCCCCUAACACACAUUGCCGUCCUCACGUACACACUGCAACUUUCACACACACAUACACUGCUAACACAGUCCUUCUUACACAAACACACACACACUGCACCCCUGCUCCUAUGCCCUACUACAGCCCUAUUUCCAAGCAGACCUCAGGUAAGUUGUCAAACUGUUCUUAAACGGUUUGACUACUUACUCUGGGAGGGGGUCCAGGCACUACUGGCACCAUAACCACUACACUGCGCUGCAGUGGGUAUUGUGUCUGCAUUAUUUCUCUAAAUAAUCUGCAAGUGCCCCUCCCAAGGUCAGGCUCUGGAUCCGCCACUGCACCACAUACUUUCCAAAAUAAUUUAUUUGAGAUAUUAAUUUAUUAACCGGUAGACAGACAGACAGACAGACAAACCCCUUCAUAACAAUUGCCUAAAGGACUCUGUCUACUUCUUUCUCAUGAAGUGGUUAAUUAUGAAUACGAUUUCUAACUUUUUUUUUCUUUUUUUCAUGAAGACUAAACAAUAAUAAGACAGCCUUAGAUUUUCUAAUGAAUGUGGCUUUGUUUGUUGUCACAGAUUAACUAAAACUCUCAGCAAGAAAGUUUCCAAAUUACCAUCAAGCAAGCUGGAUGAGUUAGUGGAACAGCGAGCAAAUCUAGCAUCAACAUGCUGCAUAACAAAUGCUCCUCCAGUUUAUUGCAAAGAAAAGGUAAGAAAAACAAGUGACUCAUGGAUAUAAUCUGAAAUGCCAUGCUGACUACUCAACAUCUGUGUCUACAACUGAUCUGAUCCAACUUUUAGGGGCUAUGUUCCUCAUGUAGAAUUGUGUCCUCUGUAUUGUUUUAUUACUCUUUGGAAAUGUAGGACUGCUGUAGAUAGCUCUCUCCUCCAUCACAGAGAAGAUGGGAUCGGAGCUAGAGAUAGCUAACCUAUUACAAAGCCACAACAAUAGUAACUGGAACUGAAACGGCUCUUUUGUAACAUGUGAAAAGGGUGAUUUACUAACCCAAAUGUUGAGAGUACAUUGAAACCAGUAUUUUCACCAUUUUAUUGAAGAUAUUUUAGCCAUUUUAUUGAAGCUCUGUCAAAGGAUAACAUAUAGUAAUGAAACAGAUUAUCUAGAGUAGACUGGUGUCUUAAUCUAUGUUGUACCCAAAAUAAUGUAUCGACCUCCUAUAUCAUUAAAGCUAGAAUACAGAUUGUGUUGAAUUCAAAAUAAAAAAAUAAAUAGAAUCAUGUCAGACUGAUCUUAAUCCAUUUUUACUGCUUUGUUUAUAUUAUACAUUAACAAAAUGUAUGCACAAAUUAACUAAAAAUACAAAGUAAAUUACAUUUGUAGGCCCUUUAUUUGCAGUAGAUUGAUGCUUAUUCAUCAAUUAACUCUGCGCAUACACUGAAGUAACUCAGUCAAUCAUGAUGCCACCUUAAAUGAGCACUCCAAGCACCAUAACACCUAUAGCCUUCUGUAGGGGUUGUGCUUUUUGGAGUGUCCUGGUGCUCAGGAACAGACUAACAGCAAUUUGAGCCCUCAAGCAAAAGAAGGCCCUGGUCCCUUCCUUGGCAGAUUUAUAGAUCUUCUCACCAGUUGUGCUUCUUCAUUUAUGCUUCAAAGUCUCCCCCACCCACACAUUCCCCUCACCUUGUUCCCCACCCAUGCACCUAAAUUCUCCCACCUUAUACCCUCAAUGUUUCUCACCGUGUACCCACAACCCAUUUUAAUCCUCUCAAUUUGUCCCCUGAUAUUCCUUCCACAUUGUGUCCCCCACAAACCCAAAUCCUCUCUCGCAUCCCACUUUAAUUCAUCUCACCUCCCCCAAUGUCACACAACUCUUUUCCACUAAGUAGAGUACUGCACAUGCAUGACUUUAUAAAGAUGUCUGUGCUAGCAGCAGUGGUGGGAAUAUUUAUGUUAAAGCAGAACAGUCUGCAUGGAGGGGAAACACAUCCAAUGGCACACAGAGUGUCAAGCCCUUGGUCACAAGCUGUGUGGCUGGUGCCCCCUCACAGUAAGCAGUCAAACUGUUUAAGAACAGUUUGAGAACUUACCUUGUGUACCCCCAGGCAUCCACUGUGACAACUCUGGCGCUGGAAGCUCCUGAGCUAAUCCUGGGGUUGCACAGAGGCUCAACAGAUGCUCUUAGCCAGUGAGCCCCCUUGCGCAGAACGGCUUGGCUCGGUGGACCCAAUGGAGCUCUCAGCUAUUCAGACUUCCAGUGAACCUCAAGUAAGUUGUCAAAACAUUCGUAAACAGUUUCACUACAUACUGUGGGAGGGCACCAUAACCACUAAUGUGGGCUUUUGUGGCUAUGGAGCCUCUAGAGGUUGCCUCUAACCUGCUUAAUUCCUUAAAUACACAGAAGAGCUUAAAGGGUUCAAUUAAGGUUUCUGGAAAAUGUAGUUCAUUUGUAAGCUGAACAUAACUGACAGUUGCCCCCCAAGAUAGUACAAGUAUUUGUAUGACAGAGGGUAGCAUAAGUUCCCUCAUGGCAUAUUUACUUUAUGGGGUGGACCUAUAGCUAGAAAUUUUUUUGUAAAUUGCUGCAGUUAUAAUACACUACAAGCAAAAAGACAGAAAGACAGUAGGAGAUAGGUAUUCACCAAAACCGAAAGAAGAAGCAUAUGUCAUGAUGCUUGGAGUGUCCCUUUAAAAGGAAACUAUUUUUGCUUUAGUUUUUUUUUUCUUUUUUAAGUUUACUUUAUCUGAGAGUAAUGGAUUAUUUUGAUGGGCAUUUGAAAUUGCUCUACAAAAUGUUCCUAUUUCUGCAGGUAUAAAAUUGUUUCAAAAGCUGAAUGUAUAAUGCUACUUAACAAGGCUCAGUCGCUCUAAAAAAAUAAUCCUCGCGUAUUACAGGAUAUCUCAUACCUACAUAUUUAUAAAUCUUCAAAUGUGCUUAUAGCGUAGACAUAUUCAACACCAUUUUAGAUACCUAAGCUCAUUGAAAUUAACCUGAAAAUAAUAACACAUACAUAUCUGCAGACUCAGAAGAAAACUUAUUUAUAAACAAUAUUAAUAACACCACAGUAUUACAAAAACCAAAGGGGGCUUGUUCAUUAAACAGUGAUUUAUAGUGAAUUAUAAACCAGAUUGCAUAAUUUUGCAUAAAAUAGCCAAGCUGUAAUUAUAGCCAAGUUGGAGAAAUGUUUUUUUUAUACCAGCACUUUUUACCUAAGGUUUGUAACUGGUUUUCAAUACAAUACUUGGUUCAUAAAUCAGUGUUUAAUGUACAGGAAUCAAUGUAAAUUCAAAGUGAUUCACCCACAUGAAUAAAGGGUUAAAACCCCUUUAUUUACGUACCUUUUCCCAGCGCCGAUAUCACUUGGAUCUGCCUCCUCCACCGUCCUGCAAUGAGCAUGCGCCAAAUACCACAUGCGCAUUAGGCCUCUCCAUAGAAAAGCAUUAACCCCUUAAGGACUGGACUGUUUUUGCGAUGUUGUACAUUUGCGACCAGGCAUAUUUUUACACUUUUGUGGUGUUUGUGUUUGGCUGUAAUUUUCCGCUUUCUCAUUUACUGUUCCCAUACAAAUUAUAUAUUGUUUUUUUCAGGACAAAGGGGGCUUUCUUUACAUACCAUUAUUUAUAUAAUCUCAUGUAUUUUAAUUUAAAAAAAAUAAAAAAAUAUGAUGAAAAAUUGAAAAAAAUACAUGUUUUUUGACUUUUACUUGAAAAAUCUUUUACUCAUCUACAAAAGCGAAUGAAAAAACUGCUAAAUAGAUUCAAAAUUUUGUCCUGAGUUUAAAAAUACCUAGUGUUUACGUGCUUUUUUGCUUUUUUUUGCAUGUUAUAGGGCUAUAGGUACAAGUAGGAUAUUGCGGUUUCAAAACAUACAUUUUAAAAUUUAUCAAUAGUGACAUUGUAACACUAUUAUCUGUCAUAAAUCUCUGAAUAACACCCCACAUGUACAUAUUUUUUUUAAAGUAGACAACCCAGGGUAUUCAAUAUGGGGUAUGUCCAGUCUUUUUUAGUAGCCACUUAGUCGAAAACACUGGCCAAAGUAAGCAUUCAUAUUUGUUUGUGUGUGAAAAAAGUAAAAAACGAAAUUGAACGCUAAUUUUGGCCAGUGUUUGUGACUAAGUGGUUACUAAAAAAGACUGGACAUACCCCAUUUGCAAUACCUUGGGUUGUCUUCUUUUGCAAAUGGUAUGCCAUCAUGGGGGUAAUUCUCAUUCCUGGGCUACCAUGCGCUCUCAAAGGCAACGUAACCAGCCUGGCCAUUUUCAAUGUAAAAAUAUUUGACCCAUAUAUUUGACCUUGUAACUUUCAAAAAUGCUAUAAAACCUGUACAUGAGGGGUACUGUUUUACUCGGGAGACAUCGCUGAACACAAAUAUUAGUGUUUAAAAACUGGAAAACGUAUCACAACAAUUAUAUCAUCAGUAAAACUGCUGUUUGUGUGUGAAAAAUGCAAAAAAAGUAACUUUCACUGAAAAUAUCAUCGCUGUGAUAUGUUUUACUGUUGUGAAUCACUAAUAUUUGUGUUCAGCGAAGUCUCCCGAGUAAAACAGUACCCCCCAUGUACAGGUUUUAGGGUGUCGUAGAACGUUACAGGGUAAAAUACAGUGCUAGCAAAUUCAAUUCUCUGGAAUUUCGGCCUGGGCUGGCAGGCAGGUCCCUCAAAUUGCAAUCAAUAAAAUUACUGAAUUAUGUAAAAAUAUUACAUAAAUACGCACGUAGAUUUUAAAUAUAUAUGCAUAUUUAUAUAUUUGAAGUCUACGUGUAUAUUUAUAUAAUUAUUUAUGUAAUUUUGUAUAUGGACGUAUGUAUAUUUCUUAUUAUUUUUAUUUAUUUUUAUAUACAUAGAUAUAUAUACAAAUUCAUUCUAAGUGUAUUUUGAUAUAAAUAUAUAUAUAUUAAUUUUAAAAUACAGUUAGAAUAAAAUUUCAUAUAGCUAUAUAAUUUUUUUGUAAUUUUUUAUUAUUAUUUUAAAAAAAAUUUAUUUCAUUUAAAUUACUUAUUAUUUAUAUUUUAUAAUAAUAUAUAUAUACAAUAUAUAUAGUUAUUAUAUAUAUUAUAUAUAUACGUGUGUAAUUUAAUUAUAAGUGUAUUUUAUAUUAAUAUAAGUACAUAUUAAUAUAAAAAUACACUUAGUAUGGCAUUAUAUAUAUAUGAUAUAUAGACAUAUAUUAUAUUGAUAUAAUAUAUGUCUAUAUAUCAUAUAUGUAUACACAUAUAUAAUUUUUUUUUUUUAUUAACACUAACUUUAUUUUUUUUUCUGAUUUUACACUAGCAGGGAGACUGCCUGUCAGCACAGACAGUCCCCCUGCAGGCAGACACUGGACACCUAUUGUGACCAUGUGAUCGCUGUGUUAAGCGAUCACAUGGCCACAGGGGUCCUAAUCUGCCGUGGGGAGACUGUCUGGGCUGCAGGCAGUCUCCCCACAACCGGAGCCACGCUGAUCGCCGCCGGGGGAACGACGGCGAUCAUGUAAGUAGCUCUGACCGUUAGGACGGUUCAGGACCGUCAUCGGUCGGCAACGCAAAAAUGCCGAUGACGGUCCUGAACCGUCCUCGGUCCUUAAGGGGUUAAAUCAAUGCUUUCCUAUGGGGAAAUAGCUAACGUUGGAUGUCCUCGUUCAGCGUAAAAGUCAAUUAAGAUCCAGGAAGGGCCCCCAGUGGCUGUCUGUUAAACAGCCACUGGAGGCAUACUUAGUGCUGCAGUGUAAACAUUGAAGUUUCUCUGGAACUGUAAUAUUUUGCAUUGCAGCACUAAGUGCAAUAGGGACACUGUAGCCAGACCACUUCAAUGAGCUAAAGUGGUCUGGGUGCCUAUAGUGUCCCUUAAAUACAUUUAAACAUUUUACUUACCAUUUUCUAGCACAGAGGCUUCAUCAGCACUGCUCAUCUCUCCACCUCUCACAACAUCGAUGAGGCAUGGCUUCCUCUGUGAUGGUCCAAUCCAACAUACCCCUUAAAUUAGAAUUAGAGACCUGAUGAGCAUACCAUGUGAGUGCCGUGCAUUCACCCAAGCUUCCCAAGCAUUGUAUUUUAAUUGUUUCCUAUGGUAUGACAGCCACUAGACAGCCACUAGAAAUGGAAUUAACCCUAAAAAAAAUUGCAGAUUGCUACAGUGUAGGAUUGAAAGUAUGGGGCCAAUGCACCAAGGCCACUUAAUUGAGAGGAAAUGGUCUUUAGUGGCCCUUUAAAUUUAGUCUAUAAUGCCUCACUUACCUACAAGUAUCCUCCAUGAAAGAUUACCAGCUUCAAGGGAAAUUUUUUUUUCCAAGAACCCAUUUUUUUUCAAGAACCCAUUCCACCCGUGUAUGUCUGCAAAUGUCCUGAAAAUGGCAGCCAUCCCCACCCGUUCAAAUAGUAAAGUUAAUUCAAAGAUUAUAAGCAGGGAAUGAGUUCUUCAUACGUCGCUUUUAGCAUUAAAGAGAUUACCAUAAAAGAUAAAAAAAAAAAACAGCUUUAUUUUAGAAAUAUAAUACUUAACUGUAUUUAUUGUAUGUGGGCAGUAUGCUCAAAUGCAGAUAUUCCUUUUUUUUAGUAAGCUGUUAGCAAGUCAAUCACAGUUUUUUAAAAAUCUAAAAUUCUGAUUAUUUGACCAUUUGUUUUUAUGUAUUUUUGUCAUACCCACUUCCUUUUGCCCGAAAAAUUUAUUGUUGCUUUUAUAAAAAAUACUCAGUGCUGUCUAAAGCUGUUUAUUUCCCUAGUAUUUCUAAAAUAGAUUGAAAUAAUUCUUGAAAAAUAAAAAAUUGUGUGUAUUUGCAUGAUAGUAAGUUUUAUGGCUGCCUGAAUUGUAAUCUGUAUUCAAAAUACCUAUUUUAUAAUAUAUGUAUGUGUAAGCUAUGCACUCCAUGUCACAAAUAAAUGCUAUGCAAAUAUUAAAAAAAUACCUGGUAGUGAAGAGGUUACAAUAUCCUUAUCCUUGCAAAGGAUGCAACAAUAUUAGAACUGCAAAAUCUAAAAACAGGGUAUAGUCUGGCACGAUUCGUCAACAGAUAUGCACAGUGCUGGAACUGGGGACUCAUUUUCAAUAGAAACAAGCAGUGCUAUUAUUUGAGUAGACAUACACACACUAAAGGGUAAAUUCAAAGGGCAUUUCAAAAUGUCUUUAAUUGUAUUUAUUUAUUGAAAGAAUGUUUAGGAUACAAAACAGUGGGUACAGUGUAUGUGCAGGCCACAACCCAUCAUAUCUGUAAUUAAAAUGAAGACAUGCAUAUCCGAGAUGAAUAAGCACUGAAGACAAGAAUCAUAGUGCUAACAAAAAUUCUGUGGUCAAUGUAUUAAAGGUGCACAAAGAAAAUUAUCAAUAAACAAAAUAGAAUAACAAUAAUAAAGAAAUAACCAAUAGAUAUUGUAACGGAACUCCCUGUAUCCCGACUGGGUACCUCCGCCAAAGGACCGCUUCCUAGCUGGAACAUGGGACAGACCUCAGCAUUUCUGCCCACAGUCGCUGUGGCUUGAUUGGGGUCCCUGAACUGCUACCUCCUGGUGGCCUCAGUGGGAUGGCUUCCUAGCCUUGGGGGAACGUCCAGAACACCCCUGGGACUCCUGCACAUCUUCUAGAGUGGAAACAAGCAUGGCGCCCAGCUACACUGAGGCAGAGUUUGACGAUAUGCUGAAGAGGCUGCUGGCUUUCUAUGGACCCAACCCCGCUGAGAAAAGCAUACAGAGCACAAGGAAAAUAGUGUCCAAGUACCUGCAGUGCACAGCAGAGCUGGCAAGCGAGUUGGCACUCUGGGAGAGACUGCAGUGGCAGGGUGCAGUCCAGGGAGAGAAGCAUGUCGCCCUUCCUCCCCAGCAGCAGAGUGUAUUACUGGGAGCAGAGACAACCGGUUUCCCUGUCCAGCGGCAGCCUGCAACCCCAGUGGAAGAGCUGGCACCAGUGCAACUGGCCUCUGCCCUACCUGCCUCCCCACCAGCUCCAGCUGUCAGAUACCUAAUCGACCCCCACGUGGCACGUGGAGAUGGAGGUAAUAAUACAUUAAAAACCCCACAAAAGGUAUAUCCCUUGAUAGCCCUGAUCUGGGUGACCAACAUAUUCAAAAAUCACCCAGAUCCGUUCAGGAAUUUCCUGGAAGUCAUUUGUUUGACCGGCCGCACGCAUGGUCCCAUGCCCAAAAUAGUUACAGAGGAUAAGGGCUUGCAGUCGGUCUAAUGCGGUAGUUUAAAAACAAACAAACUACCGAACAGAGUCAAUAGUCUUACCCUGGAGCUUGUUCCCCUUGUUCGUGGGAACGUUUCCAUUGAACAGUGUCUUUCUGAAUGUUGUCAAACCGAAUGCAGGUGAUCAUGGAAGUCCAGCGGUGUUCAGGAGUUUCAGGAUCUGAAAAUAGUUCCAUGAACUCGACGACCAAAAACCACUGCCUGCGUUCAUGCGAACAAGAUGGCUGCCACAUCGUGGUCAUCCAUAGGAAUUGCGACCACCCAGACGAACACUUAGAACACUGAGGUGGAAAUUGUUACAAAGUAGCAAUUAGGCUUAACAAGCUCCAGGGUGAUCUCCUGUUCGUGCGGCUGUUCGGUUCACGAACCAUAUAGUCCAAAUACACAAAUGGAGACUUUUAUAUCACAUUUUACAGGGUCCAUAGUCUGUGGGCAGGAGGCUGGCUAGCAGGCUCCUCCAGUAACUCGUGGCAAACUCACUUGAAACUCACUUGGCGUUUGUCACAGAUAUCAUCUCCAGUGAACAGGCAGGAGCAGGCAACCAAGUGACUAUAUGUAAGGUGUAUCUGUAAAAUCUAAGAAUAAUCUUAGAAUAUGCGUAAGGUUAUCAAUAAAUUAAGUUGGGGAGGCAAACUGGAAGGUAGAUGCACAAUUUACCCAUAUUUUACAGAAUUGAGGUAGGUAUGAUAUCUUCAUGGUUGUCAAAAUGUAUAGCACCGUACAUUUAGAAGCUCACUGACAGUGUCAAGGGAACAUAUCUAAUAAAGCAUAGUCUAAUGGAAAAAGCAGCUCAGCUUCAGUUACCUUUUACACCAAUGUCUGUACAUGUUUCCAAUGUGGGUAAAGUGUUUACAUAACCAAAAAAAUAUGAACAAGGGAUCCCUCCUGUUACUGCCAUCUCCAACAUAGGUAUCUGGGAAUAAUUUUUGCUAGGCAUUAAAAAGUUUCUGUAUGCAUUCUAGAGGUACACUUGAUCUGGGAGCCUGAACUUAGCCGUUGCUACUUGGUAAAAUAUUUUUUCUGUGGUCUUGCUCCCAUUUAAUCCUGUAUGGAAUUUUACCAGGCAAUGCCAUUUUGGCUACCAAGAAGUAACAGAUUGAAAGGGGUUUGCCCAAUGAGGUUUUCCCCAGAAAUAAUUUCAUAAAUGAAUUCAUCUGGGCAAGAAAAGGAAAUAAAUAUGCGCAUGCUAGUUUUAACCACAAAGGAGCACAGAGUUGAAAAACUAUAUAGUGUAAAUGGUACUGAGGUUCUGUAGUAUGUACAGAUAUGUGGUACCCCUAGACUCCCCACCCUUAUUGGCAACCAGCAGUCUUUAUGUGGGAUGUUUGCUUUCUAUAUGUGAGCGUUCAACACCAAAUAUGGUUAAUAAUUGAUAUAUAGGUAGGGUUCUGAAUAAGUGUAGAAUAUUUGGUAAAACCUAAACACUCAUGGGGCUUCAAAGUAAACAAAAGAGUGAGUUUAUUUUAAGAAACCGUGCAUUUGCAAAUAACCAAUGUUUCGGUCCAACUACCUUGACAUAUUAAGAAAAGCUUGGCAGUAGGGCUAAAAUGGUGAAUGUAUGCUGUUGCGCAACUGUAAAAUACAAAUGACAUUAUCUUCUUGAUUUUGAAGUUCUAUUGUUUUAGACCAAACCAAGUGUUUGCUUGAAUAUCUGCCCCUGUCCAAAUGGUUUAAAUGUAAUAAAGCGUGCACGCCGAAGAAAUCACACUGACACAGAAAGGUUCAGUUUAAUGAAAAGUGUAUUGUCAGGGGGCGGCGUAGCCCCUUAAAAAGGCAAAGAAUGCAAUGUAUGCAAAUACAGAAAGUAAACUUUUCAAUUGGUUAAGUGUUAGGUGUUUUAGUAAAGUAAACAUUUAAUUGGUUAGGUGUUAAGUGCCUAAUCUUGAUGGACUUCCUCUAGAGGGUGUUGAUGUCAUCCUCAUCUUAGGUGUAACUGCGGAUGGAGACGCCAUCUUACUACACAAGGGUCUUGGUCGAUGGGAGGGGGGUGCUAUAGCAGCCAUUUUGAGUAAUAAAUGAACACAGGUAUACAUAGUAAAUAGACAUUUUACACACAUUAAUUUCUAUCCAUCACACUAUUAGUGUGUUCUUCACUUUGACUGAGAUCAUCAAAGGCUAUCGUGCAUGUGUGGCAAAACACGGAGCAGCCAGUCAGCGCCUCCAUGUAGACCCAAUCUAAUACACUGCCCUCUCCCCCCCAUUCUAAUACACUGCCCCCAAAUCCAAUAUACAGCCUCCCCCAAUCUAUUACACAACCUCCCCCAAUCUAAUAUACAGACUCCCCCAUCUCACUCUAAAGAAUACACUGCCCCCAUCCCUCCACUCUAAUGCACUUCUCCCUCCCCCAAUCUAAUACACUGCCCCUUAAUCUUAUACACUGCCUCCUCCAUACACUCUAAUUGAAUACACUCCCCCAUUCCUCCUCCAAUUUAAUACACUGCCCUGCCCCUCAAUUCAACAUACUGCCACCCCCUACCACUCUAAUACACUUGUCCUUCCCCCACCCAAUUUAAUACACUAUUGUGGCGGCAGAGAGGUUGGCGAACAAUGAGAUGUGCAUGAAGAGCUCUGGAAAGGCUCAAAGUUCCCAAGCAGCCAUGAAUAAUGCCUCCUUGACAUGAUAAAAAUGGAUGUGAAACACAUUGCCCCUGGCUACAUCAGCUGAGAGAUGCUUUAGUUUUGUCACUCUGUCAGUUGGGAUCAGUGUACAUUUCCCAUUUCCAGAAUUUAUAAUGAUAAGCCAUACAAAUACCUGGACCAAACCCCUAAAGCACAAUUCAAGGUAAUAUAGGCAUGCAAUCAAAAUACUUGAACAUACAAAAAUCAGCAUAAACUAUAAGAAAAUGGCACAAUCAAACCCCGUAUUAAGUGUUACCUUCUAGUAUCAAUAGACAGGAGUAGAAUAACAGUGCUACCCAACAUUUUGGCAACAUAAGCCCUUUAACAGUUACCAGCUCUUUGGAUUUCUGUCUUUAUUCUCACCUGGCUCCCUGGAUAUCCAUCAAAUCCAUGGGUGGGGAUCAUUCCACCAAAGUGCUCCAUAUCAGAGCAGGUUCACGCUCUGGAAAUUGUAAGUAGAAUACUUACCUGUAUAAUAUGUGCAUUUUAUAAUUGGACUACACCAUUGGUUUUCCUAUCUGUACUUCCCUCCACAUAUAUUACUGACUGCUGUUCAAGAUAUCUGACAUCAUAUCCUUGGAUGGGGAUUGUUCUGUCCUCGCGUGCAAUGUUAGAGCUAAUUGAAGCUCUGGAAAGUGUGAGUGUUCUAUUGGCACUGUGUUUAUAUCUACUGCAUUUCUUCCAGGAUUACACUAUUGUCCAUUUCUUUGUUAAAGAUACGUCUCACAAUUAUCCUCCUUCGUUGAUUGUAUGUAUAAUCCUUUUUAAUUACUUUUUAAUCCUUUUUAAUUACUUUUUAAAUAACCAUUUGUUUGUAUUUAUCUGCUUGUUAUUCACAAGGUGUGGGAACUCCUUGUAGGUGGACUGCUGCUAUUUGUGAUAAGAGAACACUAUACAAAUUAUUUUUUGUACCUAAGUAUACUGUCCCCCUGCGGGACCAGAAGGAUGCCAUCUGUCUCCCAACGAUAUCUGAUUGUCGUAUCUCUCAGCCUUUUGGCCACCGGUGCCAGUUGUCUCUUCACCGCCUGUACUGCCAAUGGGAGAUCACCAUAUAUGGCUAUGGCACAGCACUCAAAUUGGAUACUUCCAAGCUCCCUGGAUCUGGACAUGAUGGCAGACCGCACUGAUAGAUCUUUAGUCACUACAAUCACAUCUCUUGGUGCAGCAACAGCUUUGCGGACCCUAAAUGCUGAGACUAUCAAUCCUGGGUCUGUGCUGCCUCUGAUGCCCAUAGAGGCUAGGAGGCAAUGGAGAACGUUUAGUACUGCUUCCCUUCCCCUUUACUGCUGCAUUUCUUACAGUAUUACACUAUUGUACAUUUCUUUGUUAACGAUACGUCUCACAAUUAUCCUCCUCCGUUGAUUGUAUGUAUAAUCCUUUUUAAUUAUUAAGCACGGCUCACCAUUUGUUUGUAUUUAUCGGAUAGUAUACUUACUCUAUCCUCUCCUGAGAACCAAGAGACUUUUCUCCAGAAACUGAAGGUGCCUACACCAACCUCAGUGAAAGCCCAGAAGAUAGGGACCAGCGCACUGCGGCAGGUCACCCUCCUCAAUCAAAGUCCUCAUUCUGAACUACCACGAGCAUAUCUUAGACAUAAUGCAGUGAUGGUGACUCCAUGAUGCUCUAACACCCCACCAGAAUGGCAAAGAAGUCCAUAAAACUAGUAUCCCUAUAUGUAAUGUGUUAUCUGAGCUGUUAAUUGUCUAUUUUUCUUUGUCUUACCUUUACUUUCAGCAGAGUCUUUUGCUACAACCUCUGCCCUAUCCAGGCUGAGACAAACCAAUAUUAAUAGACAUCACCUACCUUAACCGCCAUAAUACCUGGCAAUAUAACAGAUGUUAUGUAAUGUUAUGCUAUCCAUAGUUGCUUAAUACUGGCUACAUAUACCGCCUCGCAAAUGCUUUAAAGAUGUUUUCCUCUAAUCAUUUUUCUCAUACCACAAAUCAGAUGUAUUUUGAUUGUGGAAACCAAUAAAAUACAAAUUGUAAAAAAAAAAAAAUCAAAAAAUUUAAUUCACUGUGAAUUUUAGCCUUAGUAAAUAACCCUGACGAUACUGGUUUUAGAUGACACAUUAUCAGUAGACUCCCAUCGCAGUGCUGGUAUUGGAACUGAGAUAUGCUAUAUAGCUAUCCUUAGUUAAUGCUUUAUUUUUCACCCUGAAUGCAUUGAUUUUGAAAAUAUGACUGAUCAUGCAAAACAAUUUGUUUUAUUGAAGGAUAGUGAUCAUAUGAAUCCAUUUAGUAUAACAUAGUUAUUUGGUUCCUUUUUAAAUCGUAUCCAUAACAGAAAUUACCCAAAUGGCCCUGAUCAAAAGUAUACAUACCCUUGGAUAUUUUGCCUUGUUACAGACACACAAGGUGACAUACACAGGUUAAAAUGGCAACAAAGGUUAAUCACUGUUCAAUCACCUAUUAUGAAGUGGAAUAUUCAGGGAUCUAUCGAUAACAAGCCAAGGUCAGGUACACCAAGAAUGAUUUCAGCCACAACUGCCAGAAGAAUUGUCCGGGAUACAAAGAGAAACUCACAGGUAACCACAGCAGAAAUACAGACUGCUCCAGAAAAAGCCAGUGUGGUUGUUUCAAGGAGCAUAAUACAACGAUACUUGAACAAAAAUGAGCUGCAUGGUCAAGUUAUCAGAAAGAAGCCUUGACUGCACCAAUGGCACAAAACAGCCUGGCUACAAUAUGCCUGACAACACCUUGACAUGCCUCACAGCUUCUGGCACACUGUAAUUUAGAGUGAUGAGACCAAAAUAGGUCACAAUCAUAGGCGCUAUGUUUGGGCAACAAGGCCUAUAGUGAAAAGAAUAUCCACACUGUGAAACAUAGUGGUGGCUCACUGAUGUGUUGGGGGUGUGUGAGCUCUAAAGGCAUGGGGAAUCUUGUGAAAAUUGAUGGCAAGAUGAAUGCAGCAUGUUAUCAGAAAAUACUGGCAGACCACUUGCAUUAUGACCUACAUUAUUAUAACCUACAGUUGAUCAAUCCCAUAAGAAAUAAAAGAAAUGUGUUUUGGUUGCUUACUCAUGUUUUCUUUAAAAUUGGUACAUAUAUUACCAAUUCUCCAAGGGUAGCAAACUUUUGAGCACAGCUGUAAAUAUGCCUAUUUACUCUUGCAUGUUCAUGCAAAAGAAACUCAAAAUUAGUUUAAUGCAUUCUGGCUAAGCUUUAAUAAGGGCAUUCUCAAAAAGUGUUAAAUAAAAAAUACUAUAGAAAUAAAAACAUAACAGUGUAGGGAUUGAACUUGCAAACACCAGUGUCUGAUGUGAACAUGUACGAAGUUUGAGUUAGAUGUACAUUGGACAUCCACAGAGAAAAAAAGGGCACUUUACAAACUACUACUAGGAGCAGUAUAAGCUGUCUGACAUACACUCAGACUGGUUUUUUUCACAAAGAACCAAAAUUCUAUAUAUGCUCAGCUACUCUCAUCAGCUAUCACUUGUUAUCAGUUAGUCUGUGCUGUGGUGCAAAAAGGAGUGGAAAAUUAUAGUACAGUAUGUUUCUAAUGUUUCUAAUACCCCACCUCCAAUAGUCUGUAAGCUCGUUUGAGCAGGGUCCUCUUCAACCUAUUGUUCCUGUAAGUUUUCUUGUAAUUGUCCUAUUUAUUGUUACACCCCCCCUCUCAAAAUAUUGUAAAGCGCUACGGAAUCCGUUGGCGCUAUAUAAAUAGCAAUAAUAAUAAUAAUAGGUUUUAUCAUUUAUAAUGCAAAUUUGCCAGUAGUAUAUUCUUUUACAACUGGCCAUGUGUUAUGACCCCUGUGCCCUCUGGAUGCCACUGUACACAUUCACAACGUGCAUCAUUCUGGUGUCCUUUUUGACGUGUACCGCUCCACCUUGCCUCCUUCUUAUGCAGGCCAGUCCGUGCCUAUCCAGCAAAGCUAGAAGCAUAUGAUUUUGAUGCAGUCAAUUAUAGCAGUUCUGAGCUUAUUUAAGACCACACCAUCCAUGCAUCUGCCAUUUAGUGGUCUCUGUUACUCGAGAAUGCAUUCUAAGUGUAUGCAUUUUGUUUUUUACCCGGCUUUGACCUCGAUAAUCUUUGAUUUGGCUCUAAUUUAUUUCACAUUAUUCUGUAAAACUUGACCUUGUUUCCUCUCUGUCUGUUCAACAAAUUGUAUUCUACACUAUCAUAUGCAAGUCAAGCCUCUUUUAUAACCAGUAAUUAUUCUUUUUUUUUUAGUACAUGAUACUCUUUGCUUUUGGUUUGUGUGUUGGGAGUGUUCAGCUUUGAAAUAGAUUUUUAAUCUGACAAUAAUGAUCUGGUUUGGUGCUGCCCUAAGGAUGAGCAUCCACUGUGACUCAGCAAGGAAAAAGGAAGUGUAUCACUUAGAAUGUACUGGAGAUGCCAUUCUAGUAUAGAGACAUAAAACAAUAUAACAUUUCAGAGGCACAUAGAUGUGGGUAACAAAAGGAUGAGAGCAAAUUAGCAUAUGUUGCAUUCCAUGCCAGCAGCCACAUAGCCAUUAAUACCUUUUACAGACAGCAAUAUAAGGCACUUGAUCACAUAAAUGAAAGGUAACAAAAAAAAAAUAACAUUUAGUUCUUGUCCUUGAGUAUAUGCACAACAUCUUCCAUUAGUAAAUUAGAUAAUAGUUUUGCAUGCAUAAAUACAUCAGUAGCUUCUGUUUGAAAACCACAUCUUAUGAUAGCUAUAUUUGUUUUGCAUACGAAUUUACAUCCUGUUACACUAAUGGAAGAUGUUCCCUUGUAUAAAUAACCACGUGCUAAAUGGUUUUUCAUGUUAUCUUCAACUAGAUCAUUUAAAUGAGUGCUGUAGAUCAUCAUCUGUUGACAGUACUUAACUAAUCAAUUUUAGCUACAUAUCGGCUGUACCCUCACCCCGCUUUAACUUUGCAUAUGAUACUAUAAAUUGUGAAUUUGUGCUUAUUCUUUAUUAUGUGUAUAUGCUGCUAUUAUGCUAAUACUCCCACCAUUUCUAUAAAAAUGUAUUUUAUAGAAAUUAAAUGCAUAGUUUUAUUUGUCAAUCUCUUGAAAGAGAUGUGAAAGAAGUUUUCAUUACAUCUAGAAUUUAUAGUUCCAUGCUAGCUUUGUCUAGAUAUAGCACUGUACAGUGGGUGGAUCACGUAAUUGUAACCAGACAAGUUGGACGCACAGGAACAGAGUGGGGUUGAGGGUCCUGAUGGAUGAGCUUACAUGCUAAAGGGAGUGGGUUAUAGUGACAUAUGAUAUAUAGUAUUAACUGAGGGCUUGAGUGUUGUUGUUUUUUUAAAGUUUUUUUUUAUGACAGUUGCAGGAGAGGAAUCUAGGUGCAGGAAGGGAAAGCUAUGAACUGUUUAAUUGAUAUGCUUUCCUGAAGAAGUGAGUUUUCAAUGAUUUUUUGAAGGAAUGGAGACUACAGUCCUACAGAAGUCUUGAAGGCGAGCAUCAGAGGUUGUGGUACGAACAGAUGAUAGACGUAGAUCUUUGGCAGAGCGUAGGGGCACAGACGGGACAUACUUGUGUAUUAGGGAAGAUAUAUAGGUUGGAACAGCAUUAUGUAGAGAUUUGUAAACAAGUACCAGAAUUUGAAUUGCGCCCUAUAUCUAAUGGGAAGCCAAUGUAAGGACUGACAGAGAGGGAGGUGUGGGAUGUGUGGGCGGACAGAAAGAUGAGCCUCGGCCGCAUUCAUUAUAGCACGUAAGACCACUUAGCAACAUUUUGCUAUAGUCAAGGCAAGAGAGAGAGAGCAGCAUGGACCAGCACCUUAGCCGCGAAAUGUAAAAGGCAGGAUUUGGUGAUCGACUGUACAUGAGGGGUAAAGGAGAGGUCAGAAUCAAAGAGAACACCUAGGCAGUGAGCCUGUGAGGUAGAGAUAAUUGACUUGGAUGGAGGGAGACACAAAAUUAGCAACACUUAAGUGAGGGAAGACCAGAAGUUCUGUUUUGGACAGGUUAAGUUUGAGGAAAUGAGUAACCUAUCAGAAAUAGUAGAGAGGCAGUCAGAGACACGAGUCAAGAGGAACAGUCAGGGACGUAUUAGCCGCGAGGCAAACAAGGCAUUUGCCUUGGGUGGCAUUUUUCAGGGGGCGGCAAAAACGCGGUCUGCUCAGCUACCUCGCGCGCCGCAUAGUGAGGCUGGGAGCCGGAAGAUGACGUCAUAUUCCAGCUCCCAGCCUCACUCUGCGGCGCGCGAGGGAGCUGAGCAGUCAGCUCAGAGGAAAAGCUCCCUCGCCAGCCGCCCGCCCAGCAGCCAGCCCAUCAGCCUGACCGGCAGCCACUGGACCACUAGGGAGAAAGAGGAACCCUCCCCCCAGCACUCCCAUAGGUAAGGAGGCUGGGGGGGGGGGUUAAAUUAAAAAAAAAAGUGUUUGUGUCUGACUGUGUGUGUGUGUGUGUGUCUGACUUUGUGUGUGUUUGUGUCUGACUGUGUGUGUGUGUGUGUGUGUGUGUGUGUGUUUGUGUCUGACUGUGUGUGUGUGUGUGUGUGUGUGUGUGUCUGACUGUGUGUGUGUGUUUGUGUCUGACUGUGUGUAUGUGUGUGUGUGUGUGACUGUUUGUGUGUGUGUGUGUGUGUGUAUUUAGAAGGUGGGGCGGGGGGGAAGGGAUGGGUGGGGGUGGCGCAGGGGGAGGGGGGUGCCUAAGUUUUGUCCUGCCUAGGGCAGCACAAAACCAGGAUACACCACUGGGAACAGUGAGAGAUCAGGAGAACACAGAUAGAUUUGAGUGUCAUCCAAUAGAAAUUAUAUGAGAAGUCAAAGAAGCUGGUGAGUUCAUCAAGGGAGCCAGUAUAGAUCGAGAACAGGGGACCAAGGACAGAGAGUUGGGAAACAUCAACACAGUGCAGUUGGAGAAAAGAGGCAGAGCCAGAGUAAAAAAAACUCUGAAAGAUUGCUAGCAAAGGUAGGAGGAGCACCAGGUAAAAGCAGUAGCUCAUAGACUGAGAUUGUGGAAAAUAAGAAGUAGCUUUUGAUGAUCAAUAGUGUCAAAUGCAGCAUGAAGGUCAAGGAGAAUUAGGAUAUCAGAGUGACCAUGAGAUUUUGCAGUGAUUAGAACAUUGGAUAUUUUGAUCACUGCAGGUUUUUUUUUUUUUUUUUUUGUGGUGCCUUUAAGGAACAACAUGCAAGUAAUGACAUUUUGACAGAUCCAAGAUUAGCAUGUAAGAAAACAUUAUAUGUCAAGAUUUCAGAACCAUUUUUGAUAAUAUUGUAUAAAUUAAACAGAUAUGUCUAAGUGUGUGUUCAAAAAAUAAUGCAUGUAUCAUUGCCAGUACAUGAGCAUCAGAACAACGUCAGCUUGUCUGAGCAAUAUGGUACAGUGCAUUCAUUGUAGUUGCUGCAAAAGAUAUCAGGACUACUACCUGUAUGAGGCUUUUUAACGCUAACACAGAAAUACAUAUUUUUUUGUUAAAUUGUUCUUUGUGCUCGCUCUUUUACUUGUUUGUGUGCAUGUGUAUGCAUUCAAUCAUAUCUAUUUCAGUGGAAAAUGUAAGAACAAAUUAGUUUGACACCUCUGCUCCAGUUAUUGUGCAUGGAUUAUUCCUUUAAUUUUCUGCUCAGCUCCCUAAGAACAUAUCUGUCACACCCCCAUAGUCUCUAAAAACUAAAAUACAAGUAAUUUGGCAAGCAAACAUGGAAAGAGGUAUUUUGGUGAGUUUAAAAAAUCGUCACAUACAAAUAGAAUAUUGGGACAACUGGAUAGAUAAAUUAGAACUGUUUUUAAAAACACCAUAAAGGGCCUCUCAAAUAGAGAAAUGGAUUGGAACUGGGAAAAGGAUAAGAGGAAUGGCAUAUGUAAUGUGUUGGAAAUAAGAUAGGAACAGAUGGGUUAAUCGGGUGUAUAUUAAAACUUGAUCGAAUAGUUGACGACAGUAGUCGAGACUAAGGGGCUCUCUCUCGGUCCACAAAUAAAGACUAGGUCUAUUAGAUAAGCGAGUUUUAUUAGGGUUAAGAAAUUGAUAAUUACGAUAAGGGUGGGUAGGGGGGAGGAAAUAGGAUAAUAUAGGAGGUAAUAAAGGUUUAUCCCAAUGGUUUAUUUCUUUUCUUCUCUCCUUUUGUGGGAGAUAUAUAUUUGAUGUUAUAUGAACAAAGCAAUACCAUAUUAAUGAUGAUAGAGGGACCUUUAAGCUACAUACACUUUACAAUAGUGUUAACAGCUACGCAGUGUUAAGGUACCUAUCUGAAAUAAAAAAAUAAAAUUAAAAAAAUUUCACCUAGGCCUGUUGCCCUGGCCAUCCCACACUAGUGCCAACCUGAGGUGUGCUAAGAAUACUUCCACAGUGAGAAACCUAAUGAUUCCCUCCCAGUCUAUGUUCCAUGCAGUUCUUCCUCCUUUCCUCUGUGAUAUACAAUGACGGUGGUCUAUUCAAUCCACCCAAGCAGCAGACAAGGACAACAGUCAGACAUGUAGCAAUAUACUUAUAUGUUCACUUCUUUUCAUGUAGGCUGGGUUACUUCCAGCUGUUCCUCACCUGCAGUUGUGCGAGUGGCUGAACUGUGCAAAUACACUAAUAACGAAGUUAUUUUAGAAUAGAGGAGAAUUGGCACAAGAGGCAGGGUUAUGGUACAGAAAUCUGCAAAACAUUUCUUUCUUUCUUUUUUUUAGCAAAAACAUAAAGAUUUCUGCAUGUAGAAAGCAUUGUUUAUUAUCAAGUCAUUAAAAAUGUAAAAUGCGUUGUGUCAGUGCCUGGAGUGUCGCUUUCAUAUAUGUGCAUAGAAGUUAUAUGAGAGAGAAAUAGAGAAUGGUAUUUCUGAAUGUUUGAAUUUGUUUACAGUAUUUUCUGUUUUGCAUUAGUAUGUAUGGAAUGAAUGUUGAAUUUAAAAGGGUUAAAAAUGGUUAUACAUAUAUAAUAAUCACAGGAGUUUUAUUGUAUUGACCAUAUAAUCUGUAAAUUAUUUUUCAUAACGUUAAUCUCAAAUAUUUCUAUUAUGGUCCAAAGACAGAUUUAGAGAUAUGAUCCAGACCUGUAUCUCGUUAUUUAUUGAAUCUGUGGUUGCUGUUUGUCACAAAGGAUAAGUAAAGAAAAAGGAUAAUUACUUCAUUGUAUGUUUUGAUAUUUUAAAGAUAUGAAAUAUGUGGCAAAUGUAAUUGCAGCUUUAUCUCAAUGCUUUCAUCUCAAUGCUUUCUCGUUAUUUCACUGACUUUUUUUUUUUAAAGAAAAAAUCAAAAUCAAUAAUAAAUUAGAGAUCCAAAGCUUUAGAUUCCACAAUAAACAGAAAACAAUAAUUUAAGACAGCUGAGUAACAGUCUAUGUCAGUGCUAUAGAUUAUGCCAGGCCCACAGAGGAAUAUGAAGUCAUAGGAUGCAAUGAUGUACUUAUAGUAAUAAAAAAUAAAAAAAAGGCCAAUUGUGCUAUUUAGUUUUGAAAUGAAUGUCUUACAGUUUAAAUACAGCAAACAUAUAUGUUUACUUUGAAUUACUUUCACAUUGUAAUUAAUAUAUAUGACUAUUUUGUGUACAGUUUGUAUAAUUCAAUAUUUUUAUUUUCUUACUAGAUAAAUGAAGCUAUCGGAAAACUGUGCACUCAGGAUCAAUGCCUUUUGCAAUAG